GAGCGGACAAGGAGGAGGAAGGGGGGGGGAUUAGUUGGAGCUGCGCGGGGGCCUGACGGGACAGCUGGAGCCGCCGCCGCCGCCAACUCCCGCGCGGAGCAGGCGAGGCUGCUGGGCAGGUGAGUGGGGGGGGGGCUGCGGGUCCCGGGGGCGGAGGCCCCGCCGCCCGAAGGCCCCCGUAGACAUCCCCCGUCGUCUCCCUGGAGCCCGAAAAGCAGCAGCAAGAGAGGGAGGGGCGAGCUGGGCCUCUGUGUGCAUCGAUAGAGGUUGGGAGGGCGGCCAGUUCACCUCCCUGUUCGGAGGCUGGGGGCGUCCUUGGGAUGGAGGAGGCGGCGGCGGCGGCUGCGGGGUCUGUGCAUGAUUUGGGUACGUGCAUGUGUGGCUUCGGUGUAUUUAGAGAUAACCUGCGCAUGCAUGCGAGCAGAGAUCCCCGUUCCUCCACGGACUCCUUGUGUCUCUCCUGACACGCGCAACAUGAAUAUCUCGCAUAAGCAACGCGUGGGGGGACGGACGCUUGAACGUGGUGGCUCCCCUUUUCGAAGGGAGCUUGGGCAGGGUCGCAUGGUGGGCUCCUUUUUUAUGGUGGGUGGGCUUGCGGGGAAUGGAUGCAAGGAGGGAUUUUGCGCCUGCUUUUGGAAGGGGAGCAGGUUUAAGGGUGCAGACGGGUGUGUUCACACCCGUGUAUGCGUAUGGGGAAAUAUAUGUGUGUGUGUGUGUGUAUAUAUAUAUAUAUAUAUAUAUGCGGUGCAUAUUGAUCCACAAACCAUCCCCUUCUCCUCCGGUGUUGGUUUUAUUCUUUUGUUUUCAGAGAUAGCCUCAGAGCAGGCAAGCAGAAAACUGUUAAAUUGCUGGUUGAUGGCCAGGGUUUUAGAUCAUCCCCCCCCCCCCCGAAACCACACAUUUUUGGUUUGUUUCUGGCUAGCAAAGAGGCAAAUGACAGUAGGUCCUGCUUGUCAUGGAAGUUCGUUGGUGUAGUUGGGAAAAUAAUUGGGUGUAGGGGGGAGACAUGGAGAGUUUUUUCUUCGUCUUUCCAUGUUAAACUGGCUCUCUCCCUUUACUACUCCUUCAACGUGCUUUUUUUUCAGGGUGUGGAGGGAUGAAUGGUUUGGGUUGGUUGGCUUGUAUAAUCGUAGAUCAAUUAUUUAUUUCAUGCACCAGUCACAAGUCUGAAAGAUAGCAGCAGCACAGGUCUGUCAUAGUGUAGCAUGGUGCAAUAGCAGAGGAUGUUUCGACUUCUGGUCUGGGAGGAGGCUUGUAUGGGGUAAACAGCAAUCUUGUAAACAGAGUACUAAUGCUCUUGAUUCCCUGCCUAUAAAUGCUUUGUAUUUCAUAGCUCCAGCCUGUUGUAGUGAGUCUCUUUCUGUGAAUAAUGGUUGUUAAAGGAAGAUGGAAACCAUAUGGUUGUGUGUGUGCAGAUACAGUUAUAUGUAGAUACUGUACUUUCAUUGCUUUUAGUAACACACACACACAAACAUUUUGUGACAGGUUGUCCAGCCAGCUGAAAAGACUGAUUUGAAAAGGGAAGAUGUCUUCUGAAUCAUUUUGUUUGGCUGCUCAGACCCGGUUUGAUUCCAAAUGGCUGAAAACAGACUUACAGGUAGGAACUCCUCUUUAGUGUAUAUAAUAAUAUGAUGUGUGUGUAACUUGAUACUCUCUGUUCAAAUACAAUGCAAUCUAUUCUGCUAAUAAAAAAAAACAAAGCCAGGAGAUUGUGUAUAAUUCGCUUGUUAAUUUCAUACUGACCUGACAAUUGCACAAUAGAGGUGAAAUAUCUUUUUGUUAUAUUGGAUAUGUAGAAUUUUGUUUACAGCUGGAUUGAAUUACAUUUUAUGUUUUCUGCUGAAUGUUUCAAAUGGCUAGUUCUUUCCAAAGUAGACGGUAUCUUAAGGUAUGCAUCAUAAGAUUACUAUAAGUAGUUUUGGUGUAUUGCUCACUUGAUUUAUAUAUAGAAACUCUAUGCUACUCUAGACUAUGGAAAUCUGAUGAAUUGCUAUAGUUAGUGGUAAGAGACUUCAACUGUCUAAAUGUGAGUUUUUUGAGUGAUCCUCAUUAGAACUGAGUAGUCUUGGAUGGGCUGUGAAUUUGGGUGGGUUAAGAAACCUGGAAUAUUGCCCCACUAGAGACCCCCUCUUUCUGUGUUAGUUGAUAUUUGGUCUUAAAAAUUUGACAAAAACUGAGAUGGCUGGAAUGCUAUGGAUUUACACAAUAAGAAAAGUCUUGCUGAAUAUCUGUUUUUAUUUUUUAUUUGUAUUGUUUCAUUAUAUUCCAUGUAACAGUGAUUGGGUUGUAUCCAAUGCUGCUUUUGCACUCACACAGCAGACUUCCACUUGUACAGUGGGGUUUUCCCUACUUUGCUGCCUUCUGUGCACGCCCAAAAUCUGCUCCAGGGGGUUUGGGGAGAUUCUGAGGCAGAUUUUGGGGACACGUGAGAUGAGAGGAAGGGGAAGUUCUGUUGCACAAAUGGAACUCUGUUCAUGCAUUAUUGGAUACAACCCUCCUUUUAGUCCUUUCCUUACCCCCAUUGCAUAAAAUUAGAAGAGUGAGAUUGGGGAUUGGGUGAGUGCUUUUUAAAUUAAGUUGAACAGAACUUAAAAGUUGCAUUGUGCUCCUCUAUUCUAUGCAUUUUUAGCUUUCUGAGUAGAGGCUGGGUCAGUUUCUACAGCAAUGGACAUCACUUUUGUUGUUUAGUCGUUUAGUCAGGAUGGAUAAAUUGCCAUAGUCCUUUCUACUUAGUGCUUCCAUGUAUUUUGGACAGGAUAGGAGGAAUUUUUUCUUCUAAUAAAGGAUGCAAGGUGUACUGUAACUUGAAUGGUAUCUGAAUGUGAUGUCUGUCCUGAAUGCAAACUGUAGGUUUUGAAUCUUAAAUCAAGUUUAGUGUGACCCGCUUGAGAAUGAAAGAGAGUCCAUUGAUGUCCUCUGUAUUUUUGUGUUUGAUAGCAUCCUGAUGACUUUAUGGUAGCUAAAAUGAGAUAGAUUUCACUUUUCUGGGCUUGUGGGAUGAAGCAAAUCCAUUUUCAGGGAUAGAAUGUUUUACAAUGGGUCCUCCUUAUCUCUUUUGUUUAUGAAGGAAAAUAUUAGUGUGAGCAUGAAAUUAAUGAGAUGUGCGAAGUUCAUUCAGAUUUGUUAUUAGAUUUCGGGUUUGUGCUUGAGAUUUGUUAUUAGAUUUCAGGUUUGAUGAUAAGAAGAUUAAAGGUCAGAUGAGAGACUGUAGGUAAAUGACAAACUAUAUCUUUUGUGUACAGAAGAUCCCAAGUUCAGUCUCUGGUAUCUCCAGGUAGAAAGAAGGAUGGAAAAGCAGGUGGCGAAAGAGAUCCUGGAUAAACAAUUCCAGUGAAGUAGAUAAUACUGAGUUGGAACUGUGGGGUGUUAGACGAGGAGUAAUACCUCUAGUGGGGGACAUGUUGUUCUGCUUCUGGGGUAGUUUGUCCACCUUUGGUCCGCUCCCUGCACUCUGCUCUCCCCUGUAGCUCCUAGAAGCUGUCAGCAUGUGACAGCAGCCACACCCUGGCAAUAGCUUCAACAGACUGGCUAAACCAGGGUAGCCAAUGGGUCCCAAACCCUCGGUGAGUUAGGGACUGUAUGUGAAGACAGGCUCUGGCAUAUUGAGUGGAUGAGAUCAGUGGUGGUUCCAACAAUCAGAAGGUGGUUUCUGCACAUGCUGUAGAGGGAAGUGAUGGGCAAAUGAGGCUUGUAAACUUGGGAAGGUAGCCCAUCUAGGAGAAUGAAAACUCUGAUCCUAAACCUCCUCUGGGUUAUCUUUGAGAGAAGGUCACUUGCUCUGCUUUCCUUUGGAGGCUGAGAGGGGGAGGUCUUGUUGUCUGGGCAGCUCAGGACCUUCAUACACUCUGGCCAGGGUCGUGCCCUGAGGAGGUCACCUUGGUGCAGCUAAUGCAGCACUUUGACUCCACCCCUGGAGGCGCACUCCAUUUAUCCAGACAGAUGGAUGCCAACAAGAACAAGUUUGACCUGUAAUAAGAAAGUGUACUAUGUUCCUCAAGUAAGAAAGCCUACUUCUGAUAUAUACAGUAGUCAAGCUUACCAUAUGGUGAGGGCUACUUUCUUGGUAGGUUUUAAACUGGAAGCAUUUGGGUCUCUUAAAUAAAACCCAGAUUGGUCUUAAGUAGACAAAUGGAGAUUCAAAAAUCAUUGAGGGAAUUAAUGCAUUACCGCGCAGUCUGAGACUAUAGGCCGCAAUCCUAUAGGUUUUGUGGCCUCAGAAUUGCAUGCACUGCCCCAUUCACAGCCACGAAUGGGUUAGACUUUUAUUUUGCUGCUUAGCCUUAGAGAUUCCGUAGCAUUUUCAGGUUAAAAGGGAAAAUGAGGUGCAUAUGCCUUAAUCCCCUGUAACUUGCUUCAACAUAGUUAGACAAUUUUCAUCCAUCGUGGAUGACCAGGCAAGUUGGUUAAUUACCAACCUGCUGAAGAUGAUAAAGGACUGAUAGUUGCAUCAUAACUUAAGGUAGGCUUGGCCAUGUGUCCCUGAAUAAGAAUAGAGAUGCCAAUAUAUCUAUUACAUUAAGCAGGAGAGAGCUUUAUUGCCCAGCUACAGUAAUUAUCUGGCAGGGAUGAAUUUUGGACAACCAAGUCAGUGCAUAGAAGCUCACAAAUGAUGUAGAAAAUUGAUUUCAAGUUGAUUUGGAAGGCUAAUAUGGGAAGAGACAUAGGCAAAUAUGUUACAUUUGAAUGGACCGUAAAUACUAAUGUAAAAUAUUGUUCUUUUCUGUUUGAUCACUUGCCCUGUUUCCUGCAGAAGAAACAACAUUUCUUAUUUCUCAGAUGCACUAGGAAGUAUAAAACCCUUGAAAAAUAAAGCUGAAGCUAUUGUAAUGUGGUUAAGUAAUAGGGGUGAACAUGCAAGGCCUCACAACGAACUGUUGCAAUGUAUCUGUGGCAAAUGUGUGUUUGUUUGUUACCCAAGGGGGUUGAAAUAAAACCCAGAUGUUACCUUCAAAGACAGGAGUCCCUGCUCUAAUGUAGGUUUACUUCUUGUGUCUGGUUUUUUUCUUUGAAUUUUUAAAAAUUUGAUCAUUUAAAGGUGCUUGCGAGUCAAUAGAGCAUGAGGCCUCUGUAUGCAAUUGAUGGCUUGAUUUAGUCAGAGGGGGACCAUUUUUCAAUUGACCUUUGUUGCAACCUAAGAGGUUUGCAAUCUGGCUCCGAAACAAUUCCCUUUCUCAGCUCAGAGAGAAAGUGAAGGACUCACAUUUCUCAAGGAAGAGAAAAUGAGUCAAUUCAUUUGUGUAUUGCUUCUCUCUCUCUCUGUGUGUGUGUGUGUGUGAAAGAGUGAGUGGGGGGGAGGGCAUGAAUGUGUGUGAGAAUGGCUUGUGUGAAUUUUGGGUCUCCCUAUUAUGGAUAUUGUCCCCAUUCACUUUGUAUAUUUUUUUGAGGGGGCAGGGAGACUUUCAGUUAUGGGAGCCUUCAUCUGCAUACUGGUGGUACAGUUGAGACACAGGUUUAUCACCUCAUUUGCUGCUUGUAAAAGUAAGCUUAGCUGCUGCUACAUCUGCCAUAACACAUUUAUUUUUAAAUUCUUCAUAUCGCUGAGGUUAGUGGAACACUGAUGACUCCUGUGGUGUAGAUUGACAGCUCAGUUCUAAAUUUAACUUAUUUUACUAUGGCCUUGUUUUCAAAAUGUAACAAUUCAAGAUUCUAAACUUUGUAUCCAUCUUGUAUCACAGGCUCUAAAAAUGUUAGAACAGUGGUGCCUAAUGAGCUCAUUCUCAGUGUAGAAAGCUUUAAUAUUCUUUGAGUAUUGAGAGGCAUGUAAAUAUCAGCUUGACUUCUAGAUUCCCUCCAUGAGCAAGGUGACCAGGUAAAGCAGCUUUUGUAAAUAGGAAGAGAUUUGUUUCUCUUUCAGGCUAGCAGUGUGUUGCAAACAAGUGAGAAAGUGGGCUGAUAAUUUUUGUGGAUUUAUUUGUUACAGUGAAAAUGGCUCUAUCCUAUACAUAUUUCUGACGUGUAUUUUUCUUGUGUGUAGGGCAGUUGUUCCCAAUUAGCUAAGUACUGUGGAGCCCUGUUUUUCAAAGCCGAGUCAUGGACCCCCUACUUUUGAAAAUGUUGGUAUCUCUUUGAUAGUUUUUAUUAUGUGGAUGGUUCCACCAUGCCCUCUAAUAUGUUCCAGUACAAAACUGGGAUGUGCGUUUUUUGGGUGCCGUGGUCUCACAUGAGACGUGCGUCUAGCUGCAAUUUCUCAUGUUUUGGGGCACCGUGCUCUUGAGUGAGAGCACGGACCCCCAAAAUGGGAUAUCCCGGACAAUUGAUGGGUGUGUGCCAUGAAUCCCCUGGGUGGGUUGCAUAGACCCCCAGUUGGGAACUGCUGGCGGAGGGCAUUCUGUGUAUCUCAUGUUUAUGCUAUCCAUACCAUGUGAUGUGAUGAGUGUGCAUGGAUCUGUUUUGCUACUGUACCUGCUCUGGAAAUCAGUCGCUGGAAGUCAUUCAUUGGAGUUUUGUACCAUCUGUUUGCAGAAUGCAGGAAAUUGCUUGCACACAGAUAAAAUCUGUGUAACAAAAUUGCCACGUGUGGUGGCCCGCAUAGGCAUUUGUGUUGCAGCCUUGCCAGUAGAUGAUCUAGGUUGGAUGCACUCGUCCAAAUCGUUAGCAUGCUUGAAUUCCUGGUGCUAUUUCAAAAAGGGAGGUGGAACUAUACAGACUAGACUUGAAUCUUUAAAUUUCUAUAGAUAAAUGUCUUCCCAGCCCUUUGAAUUGCAGGCAGACAAAGUUUAAAACAGUUGCUUUUAUUGAUGAUUUUAUGUGCCUUUUUAUUCUCUUGCUCUUUUUUGGUAUUGUUUGUAUCAUUGUUAGUCACCUUGAACACUAUUUGGUGGAAAGGGUAAAAAAAUAAUGUUUAUGAUAUGACAUCCUCCCCUUUUCCUCUAAAAGCUUGCUUUCACCCGAGAUGGACUCUGUGGCCUUUGGAAUGAAAUGGUCAAAGAUGGGGAAAUUGUAUACACUGGAACAGAACCCUCCCAAAAUGGUGAAGCUUCUCCACGGAAAGGUGGGUUUCAUUGUGUUGUCUAUCUGUAUAGUUCAAUAAAGACAAAUGUGCCUAAAUUUUUAUUGAGGGUUUAUUUGUAAUGAAUUCAAAGGGUGUGGAGGCUAUGCCUUCCUGCUCCCUAUGUUGCACUCUUUGUAUGGUGGCUUUGUAAUCUGUCUCUUACUUUUGGUAUGCAUGCCAACCAUAACUUUUUAGUUUGAAGAUCUUGACAUUUCUAACGAAUGACAACAGUGUCAAUAAUCUAUCUAUCUAUCUAUCUAUCUAUCUAUCUGUUGGGUGCUGAGACAGACUUGAAAUCCCCUUUCUGACAACAGUAUAAGAUUAAGACUGCAAUCCUGUGCUCACUUAUGUGGGAGUAAGCCCCACUGAAAUGAAUGGGACUUCUGAGUAAACAUGCAUCAAGUUACACGGUCCGUGUCAGAGCUUUAUCAACUAAUGGGAUUUGCAGAUCAAAGUGGGUAAGAUGCUGCUGCAUAAAAUAGAAAGUAUGCUCAUUUAAGUUAGACUUAUGUGAGAUAAACUUUACUGAAGCAUGCCCACAGUACUGCUUCAUUUCUCAGAUCCAUAUCAACAUCAUUGGCAAGCAAGCCUACUGAAUUUUUCAGAAUCUGAACUUGGCAGGCUAAGUUGUAUGUCCUGAAGACUUGUCCUUCAGUUACUAAUCCCUUAAAUGCUUGCACUAUUGUGACUCUAAUGACAAAUGGUAUAACUAUGAUUUAUGAGCAUAUUAACUCAUGUGGGGAGGGGGCAUACCAAGUUUUUGAUCAGAAAUAAAUCCUUUCUGGGAAUGAUGCUAUUAACAUUUUGGCAAUAGAGUAGAACUGCUAUUUUGCCCUGUAGGUAGAGGUUAAAUUAAAAAAACACCUUCUUUGCCAGUAAGAAGUGCAUUCCUACUUAUUACCAUGGUUUAUCAUUUCUAAACAUUAUAAUUCCUACAAACGUCUUCAGUAUUUCUGAUUGUGGUAAUUUUUUUCUGGGAACUGAAGUAAAAGAAUUUUCUUUCCUAGUGUCAUAGAUCUUUGCAGCCAUACAUGAUAUGGUAAUUUCAUUCUCAUUGCAUUCUGAUUUUAUGCCUAUCUGCAGUUAUUUAUAUUACUCAAGAUCAAAAUGAUUUGCAAGUAGUCCAGUGUAAUCUUCUGCCUUUGUGUGUGGGUGAAGGAGCAGAUCCCCCCCCAAUGCCAUAUUGCAAACUACAGUGGUGCCUCGCAAGACGAAAUUAAUUCGUUCCGCAAGUCUCUUCGUCUUGCGAGUUUUUCGUCUUGCGAUGCACGGUUUCCCAUAGGAAUGCAUUGAAAAUCAAUUAAGGCGUUCCUCGGCAAACCGACUUCCGACCCGGUCCGGGGACAGUCUGUCCCCGCCCCUCUUCUGAAGGCUGGGGGGGGGGGGCAAGGGCUUUUCUUCCCACCCCCAGCAUUUUAAAAAACCCCGGGACAGCGGAGGACUUCUCCGCUGUCCGGGCGAUCUUAAAAUGCUGGCGGGCGGCAUUUUAAAAUCACCCCGGGACAGCGGAGGACUUCUCCGCUGUCCGGGGCAAUUUAAAGCCCCUGGGAAGGCAGGCAGGGGGACAAAGACUUUGCCCCCGCCAGCCUUCAGAAGAGGUCCUGGACCUCUUCUGAAGGCGGGCGGGGGCGAAAGUCUUGCUCCCCCGCCUUCAAAAGCCCUCCGGGACAGGCAGGCAGGGGAGCAAAGACUUUCGCCCCCGCCCGCCUUCAGAAGGUCUUCCCUCCCCCCGCCCGGCCGGAGCACCGUUCCGAAGCCGGGCGGUGGCGGAGGUCUUCCCUCCCCCCCCGCCCGGCUUCGGAGCACCGUUCCGAAGCCGGGCGGCGGCGGGAGGUGUUCCCUCCCCCCCGCCCGGCGUCGGAGCACCGUUCCGAAGCCGGGCGGCGGGGGGAGGUCUUCCCUCCCCACCGCCCGGCUUCGGAGCACCGUUCCGAAGCCGGGCAGAGGCGGGAGGUCUUCCCUCCCCCCCCGCCCGGCUUCGGAGCACCGUUCCGAAGCCGGGCGGCGGCGGCAGGUGUUGCCACCCCCCCCCCCGGCGUCGGGGCACCGUUACGAAGCCCGGGGGCGGCGGCAGGUGUUGCCUCCCCCGCCCGGCCGGAGGAGCCUUCCGAAGCCCGGCGGCGGCGGGAGGAGGUGUCCCCGCCCCGCCGCCAGGCUUCGGAGGAGGUCCGAGGACAGUGGGGAAGACGCGCUGCGCUUCCCGCUGUCCCUGAGAUUUCCCUAUGGGCUGUCGUCUUGCGAAGCAAGCCCAUAGGGAAAUUCGUUUUGCGAAGCGCCUCCAAAACGGAAAACCCUUUCGUCUAGCGGGUUUUCCGUCUUGCGAGGCGUUCGUCUUGCGGGGUACCACUGUACUUUUGAUGGCACCCUCGAUUUCAAAACCAACUGGGUCUUGUGGUUUCUUAUCCCCCCAAACCCACAAUCAGUAACCAAGGUUUGUUCUUUGCUUAAUGUAUCAAGAAAUUUUUAAUGUCUGAUGUGGUAGCAGCAAGAACAGGAGAGAAGCAUGUCUUUCUCAUUAAACCAUUGUUUUAAACAAUGCAAACUAGGCCAAUGACGCCUUGGGUUUCUAAGUAGAAGAGAUCACAAUGUGACCCAGUAAAACAAGAGCUAUAACAUCUGUGGCAGUGUUUUCCUUUCUUCUCCAUAUAACUAGAAUAUUAGAGUGAAUCUGAGAGCAUAAGAUGACCUUUUUCAAUACUGGGGCUCAGAAUUCUGAUGCAAAAGGAAUGGCUUUACAAAAAUGAUUUACUCAGUUGCAUUUAUGUUCUUUUUUUUGUUCUAUAGAUGAAAGCAUUGAAGGUCAGACUGGAUCAAAGAAAGAAGAUCAGAAUGACAAAGAGAGGAAAGAUGAAGAAGAUGCACCAUUACCUACAUAUAGAGCCAAAUCAAUUGUUGAAAGUUGGGUUUGGGGCAAGCAGCCAGGUAAGGUCUUUCUGGUUUUCCCCCAACAUGGCAUUUACUGUUGUAUUACUGUGUUGUAUGGUGCCCAAUAUAUAUUUCACGAAUUGAUUGUUUCUUAAUAAAGUCUUCGGAUUUUGCUGAUAAGUUUUUACCGGACCAUUUUAAAAAAUCCUUUAAUUUACAAACUUCUAUACAUCUUCAUUUAAAUGCUUGUGUAGCAAUUUGUUUCCUUUCAGUUAAUAUGCAGAAGGCAGCUAAUACUGUUGGUGUUGUGCAAAGAGAUUAAUAAAUCAAUACAAAACAGAAAAUUGACAACUGCCUGUCAAUUGAUGAUGGCAGUCGGGAGUGAUGAGAGGUAGCAGAAGGGAUGCAGACAGUCUUUGGCCCUGACAGUUGUUUGAAUAAAAUUAAAGCUUCUUCUUUAUUUAAGCAGACAGAAAUUUGGUGGCUCUGCUCUGGGGUGUGUCAGUUAUGACUUGGCCGAGAUUUCUGGAAGCAUUGAAGUAUGUGGUCUUGUUGCCAGGGUGAAAUGUUUUAGGAUUCUGUCUGAUGGGUGAACAGGGAAUCAAGGAGCAGGUAUGCCUUAAGACCCUGAUGUGAGCAUCAUCUUGAACUCUUGAGAUGUGCCCUGAACCAAGACCUAUUGCAACAGUAAAGUCUCCAGUCAUGCUUAAAACUGCCACCUAAGACAACCUGUGAAGACCCUGUGCCUAAAUUAUUUACUUUGCUACAUGUUAAACUAGUUUACUUCUCUGUUAAAAAGCACUUUGGUUUUACUGAGUCCUAAGGGCAUCAACUUUACGCGCAUCUUUUAUGAAAGAGACUACUUGAUAACAUACUUCCUGUAAAACAGCUUCGUGUACAAGUUAGCAAGGAAAGGUGAUCAUUGACUUUGAAGGAGUAGUACUAGCAGCAGAUAUUAUUUCGUGCUCAGUUUUGUGGUGUCCAAGUAGCCAUUAAUAGUAGUUGAACAAUGACAGUUUUGGGAAAAGCCCUUGCUACCUGAUGAAAUGACAAAAAUGGGUUUGGGCUCAGUGUUUUACUUCUCUGCAGAAUUUAAUGGACAGUACAGUGGAGAUAAAAUUCUCGGUACAUGGCUACAUAGUCAGAAUUGGUUUUGCUAAUUAAUAAAAUGCAGGUUUUGUUGCUAGUGUUGCAACACAGCAGCUCAUGAAGUCUUCGAUUUGACAGGAUAGAAGUGGGCUUUCUUUUGGCUACAUAGUAUUUUGGUGUCUUCCUGUUGCCAAACAAAACAAAUAGUGUCAGGAAAUCACGGUAAGUGCCCCAUUUUAACAAAGUAGUCCUAUGAAGGCAUUGUAAGCAAUUAGCAUACCAGCUGUAAUUGAAAUAUUUUAAGGCUAUCUUGAAGCAAUUUUUCUGGAAGGUCCCUAGGUUGUAGCCUAUAUUCAGUACAUUGGGGCUACAAUUUCUACUACAACCAGUGGGGUCAAGUAAAUGUUUUUAGAAUUGGGAUCCCAGUUAAAAACAGCUUAUGUAUAAAUACAUGGUCACUCAGAACAAAUCUGGGACGCGGGUGGCGCUGUGGUCUAAACCACAGAGCCUAGGGCUUGCCGAUCAGUAGGUCGGCAGUUCGAAUCCCCAUGAUGGGGUGAGCUCCCGUUGCUCGGUCCCUGCUCCUGCCUACGUAGCAGUUCGAAAGCAUGUCAAAGUGCAAGUAGAUAAAUAGGUACCACUCCAGUGGGAAGGUAAACGGCGUUUCUGUGCGCUGCUCUGAUUUCGCCAGAAGUGGCUUAGUCAUGCUGGCCACAUGACUCAGAAGCUGUCUGCGGACAAACCCCGGCUCCAUCAGCCUAUAGAGCGAGAUGAGCGCCGCAACCCCAGAGUCGUCUGCGACUGGACCUAAAGGUCAGGGGGUACCUUUACCUUUUAAGAACAAAUUUAUGAAUUAAACGGUAUUAUUUUCCCAAUUAAAUUAUUGUAUUAUUUUAUCUUGCCCAAGAAUAGGAUACAUAGUUUUUUUUAAAAAAAGAAAUUACUAAUCUGAUGUCAAAGGUAGGUAUGACUACCGUAAAUGAUUCUAGUAUGACAAAGCAUAUCAAUUAAAGUAUUCAAUACAAAUACAUUAUGUUGAAGUGAAAUUAUCCGAUUCUCAUCAUUGCCAUUUAAAAGUCCAAACCCACCAAUACAGUGGCUAUUUAUGUAAUUUUUUGUGCUCUGUUGCUAGGAAAUGGGCAUGUUGUACUCUGGGCUUUAGCUAGGUUGUAGGGCCGAUCUCACUUCGCUGGGAAGAGGGCCAAAUUUUGUAUCCUGGCAGUAACAAGUGAGAUGCUCCUCCAUAUUGCUAGAGCAACUGGUCGAUGCUUCUUCAAGCCAAAAUAACCAGGGCUACAACAACAUAAUGUAGAGGUUUGGUAGAGGCUGAGAUCAACUUUAAAAAAAACAACAACUGCAGAAGGUCCUGCUCCCAGGUACCCCACAUUAUGUCUAGUUGCAUCCUGUGGUAGACAAGAAAUCAAUUAUGUAGAACCUUAAAAAAAAUUUUUUUUUUAACAUAAUCUCAAUAACCUGACAAAAAUAAAUAUAAAACAGUAUUCAAAUAACUGGAGGUUGUAGUCUAUCUCUUGUAUGCAUAAGCAUGAAUUAAGUGUUCCAGAUGGAGUCAUACUGUGUGGGUGGCUCUCUGUUGUUGUCUCUUGCUAACAUAGGUGAUGAAAUUGUACCAGACGGGCAUAAAUUUAUCCAAUUUGGUUUGACCCUUAACCUGCAUCAGUUUAUACACCAGCUUUUCUGCCAGUGGUUGUGUAGAACCUCUUCUAACAUAUAAAAAAUGACAUACUUAGUAAUUUUUCGUCUCACAUAUUUGGUUGCUUGCUAGGUUGGGCUUUUUUUUGUUUUUUUUGCAACUAACUGAAAAUAAAUUGAAUUGCUGUUCACUUUUGAAGGGUUCACUUUUGAGCUUGGAAUCCUAUGUGUACCACACAGGAACUUUGAGUCAGCAAUUAUUAGGUUGCAGUGGUGCGGACCAGUCCAUUUUCUUCACUUCCUAAAACAAAUGUGGAGGCUGCUUCACUUGUGAUGUUUAUGCAGCUCUGCUUUGAAAAUAUUGGAUGGAAUUCAUCAUAGCACUAAGGAGAUUGUUCUGUCAGUGGAAGCAUGUCUGCAUGCCCGAUUUUUAGUGAUCUCCCCUUUUCUCCCCUUCUAUACUGUUCUGGAGGUUGCCCUGACCCUCCAGAUAGGAUUUAGGGGGAGGCACCUUUCAAUCCCAUGAGUACAAGUAAAUUGUUUUCAGUGAGGGCAACCAAGGGUUGCUAGCUUGGUUGCAAAGUGUCUGUCCUCAUUGCAGAGUCCCCAGUUGACUGAAGGGAAAAGCAUGUGCAGAGUGCCAGCUGAAUCGAGCUCUUGAGUAACAAUAGUAGGUAGCACUUGGUGUCUUUAGUAUGCCAGGUGAUGCCCACUACAUUGAAUUGACCUGCAUUUGAAUUCUCAGACAGGUUUAUAGUCUAAGGCAGUGUUCUUCAGUCUUGAGUACCCAGGUGUUGGAUCACAACUCCCAUCAUGCCUGACUAUUGUCUAAGUUGGCUGGGCAUGUAAAACUGAGCAACUUCUGGGGACCCAAGGUUGACCAACACAAGUCUAAGACUUUUGCCUGGGUUUUAAUGCAGUGAUAGUUCUCCAUGCUGGAGUGAUAUGCCUGCUUUAGCUAAGAAACAUGCAUCUCUUUGAUGGUCUUUAGUGACCUGGAAAAUGGUUGGUAAUACUUCAGGUAGGGUCUGCCUGAUUUGUCAUACUUUGAGCAGACCUUUGGAAAUCAAUGGGAUUGCAUUAAUCUAUUGAUUUCAAUUGGUUUACUCUGAAUAUGACUUAGUAGGAAGCAACCUCUUGUAAAUAGCUCCUAAAAUCAUGAGAGUAGAGACUGGCGUUUGCAGCUAUGUUUUCAGUACAUACUGCAAAUGGUUAGGUUUUUUAAAUUUUUUUUUGAGGGGGCAAGGCGAGUCAAUGCUGAUACAGCUGGGCUGCUCGCAGUAGAUUUGGAGCAAAACCAGGCCUGCUGCUGAUACCGGACAGGAAUCAACUGUUACGAAACACUGACAUGCAGAAGGCCAUGUGCUGCACUCUGUUCCCUUGGGAUUCUGUUUACAAAAUAAAGUCUGCUGAUGCUAUGGCUACAGCAACAAAUAAACUGGCUCUGUUCUUUCAUGCAGUCAUACAGUUAAAUUUCACUGGAUGUUUUGAAAUGUCCCUUACAAAGGACUUGCAUCAGUUUUAAUGUUUACUAUGCUAAAUUCAAGGAAAAUCUCAUGUUCUUCCUGAUCUGGUUUCAGUGUGGAUGCCUCACACCUUAUCUUGUACUUUCCAUUAGGCUCAGUCAUGUGUCUUGGAAUCCAGGAAUCUGGUUUACAGCACAUUGCAGUCAAUGUGACUGCUAAUAAUUCUGAGUAUACAAUUCUGGUUUCGUUUUUGGGGCCACGGUUGUAAAAAGACAGUCUAUACCUAAACACAGCAGUGGAAAGGACAAAUUGAAAGUGACUUGAGCAGAAAAAUCCUGUUGCAAGGGGUUCCCCUGCAUAAAUUGACAUUGAAUAGUUUGCUUCAUUUCACAAGAUAGGAAAUAUGAGCGGCAUUGCAUAAGUCUUGGGUGCUGAACAAUGAGAUAAAAGUCCUUUAGUCACUUGACAAAUUUUGGUAGAGAACUCAAUCAGCAUGACUGGAAAUUCCCCCUGGAAACAUAAUUUGUGUAAUCUGAAGAGCUAUAUUUAAAGUUGCAAGAGAAGCAGUUUUAAUUGUUCAAUGAGCCAUUUUUAGCUUCAGAUGAAUCAUGUAACUGUUCUAGACUAAUAUUUUGAGGUGUGGAGUUUUUCCAAAAUAUGGAUCAGUUGGUCAGGAUUAACUAAAAUGAUGUUUAAUGUUUUUCCGCUAGCAAGUGCUUCUGGGGUCAAACUAAAUGAAACAGAAGCUCCUGUCUCUCUUUAAUUUAUUUCUUAAGAACCGGGGUGGUGGUGGGAGAGCUGGCCUUCAUAUAUAAAUGACGAGUCCCCUCUGGUUUCUUUUCCGUAAUGUCUUCAGGUUUAAACUUAAAUUAUAAAUAUGUUUGUGUAAUCUACAAUCUUGGGCUCUGUUCUGCAGCUUUUUAGAGUUGCCUUUUAAGUAACAGAGAACUUAAGAUAAUUAACAUCAGCUUAUAAAAUGCAAGUAAUGCUUAUUGUCCCCACAUACGCAGGCCUCUUAGCAGUGUCUUUUAGUGUCUGCCAGUGAUAAAAAGAAACCUUCUGUGUGGUUUUUUUUAGAGUGCUUGAAUGCUGGAGGAGAUGGUCACAAGCAGAAAUCAUAAGUGAAAUGAGAAAGGUCUAGUCUUAAGGAUUUACUGCGUGUGUCCUUGCUGAAUUGAAAUUGAUCAGUCAUUCAGUAUCUACGUUGAAGAGCACCUGGGAAUUGAUAUAAAUGCCAUUUGGACCUAUUUUUGUUUCAAAUUAUACCACUUGAAGUAGGGCCAACUUUGCUGUUACAGCUUGCUAUAGCGCAAAGAUUUGAAAUGGCAGCAGCCUUGAUGGUAAAAUUGCACUCACCCAUCAUGUGUUGGCGUCCUGGCCGCUGUAUGCCCUCUUGUCCCUCCUUCUCAAAGAGUAGCUCAAAUAUCCCAUUCAGGGCAGAGAAAAUAUAAAUGUGAACACACUAAAUGACUUCUUGGAAGUGGUAAACAGCUUUCCUUUAGCAACCCCUUUAAAAGAACAAGCAAAUUUUCUCACAGGUGGCCAAGUCGCAGCAUGGGUGCUGCAAGAUACAAAGCAAGUAGAUGCUUAUGGGACACCUCGAGAGCAGAUGGCAAGUCCUUGCUGGCUGUGGCAGGGAAUCAGGCCCAUAUUUCUGCCUACCCAGCCAGUGCUGUUUGGCUCAAUUACUCUGAGGUGGGAGAGGGGGCACAUAUGUACUGCAGCUUGCUUGUAAGUGGCCAAGUCUCAUUCCUUGCCUUGCUAAAAUGAUUAAUGUUCUAGUUAAAUUAGUAAGAACCGCUAUGGCACGUGUUUCGCAAACCACCUUUACUGGGUUUGAAGUACCUGAACGCUGCAGAUCAACAAGCCAUACUAGAUUGGGGAAAGCAUAAAAAUGAUAAUCAAACAAAACAAUUUGCUUUUGUUCUUGUGUAGUGGUUUUUCUGGUACUUUGAGCCUGCCAGAUAUCCUUAUAUCUUGAGUGGAUUGCUUGUCACUAAUGGGGAGCAGACCUCUAGUGUGUUUGGUGUCCAUAGGAGCUAUUAAAAUACACUUCUUAAUUUGUCUAGAUGGGAAAAAAAUUAGCUAAUAUGAAAGGCAGUUACUAUACCUGACUCAUCCAGGCGUUCAGUACCUACGAUUAAGAUUAAUUGGGGAGAGCAUGUCAAGUAAGUCAUGCAACAUCUACUCACAUAUUCUGAAAUACACAUGGAGUCCUAUUGAAACGUUCUCUUGAGAUGUGUGUAAUCCUUUUUUAUAAGGAGUGAGUAGUAUUUCAUGCAUGUUACUAUUUAAUGAAGGCAGAUGCUGAAGCUAAGCAGGCUUGCAUCUGGCCAGUGCCUGAAUGAAAAAUGCCCCAUAACUUCCUGUGCUAUACCUUGCUGGAAGAAAUGUAGGAUAUAAAUGAAAACAAUUAAGUAUGUGCCCUUUCAGAAUCUUGGCUGUAUAUUGUACUGCAUUGUACAUCAAAUGUGAAAUAUUGCUGUUCCUAAAAUGGAGGGUGUAUUAUUUCUUUCCCUUGCCAUCAAACAGUUGUAUGCAUCAUGCCGAAUGUUUCAGAUGAGUAAUAUAGUUCUUCUGAUUCUUCUAGAUGCGAAUGAGCUGAAAGAGUGCCUUUAUGUACUUGUGAAGGAGCAGCAAGCUCUAGCCAAGAAAACAGCCACCACCACACUCUCUGCUCUGAAGCUGAAACAGAGGCUUGCUAUCUUAGAGCGCUAUUUUAUUGCAUUAAAUAGGACUGUUCUUCAGGAGAAUGUCAAGGUUAAGUGGAAGAGCAGCAAUAUUCCCCUGCCUGCAGUGGACAAGAAAAGGUAGUGUCUUUCUCAAAGAAAUCUCUUCCCCUGCCUUUCCCCGUCACAUACUGGUUACUAUUUCACUACAGUUUUGGUUCCUCAGUGUGGGGAAAUAUCAGCUGCUAAUAAUCUUUAUUUUUGUAUGGACAAGAAUAUUAAUGUGUUAUGCAGCUGUGAAACCAAAUUGGUUGCAGAGUGGUAGAGCGGCAGUUUCCUAGCCGUAUACCAAAGAUGUUAGUGCCCUGUUUGGAUAUUUUGGGGUAGUCAGGAUUGAUUUCUGGUGUUAACAUUUUGAAGAAUAUUUGUAUAGACGCUUAGUUUAAGCAAGAGGUACAUUAUUCUCUAAUCAUCUUUUUGUUGGUUACAGUCCCAGACCUGUAGGCAAAGGUGUAGAAGGUCUUGCCCGGGUAGGAUCCAGAGCUGCCCUUUCAUUUGCCUUUGCAUUCCUUCGGAGAGCUUGGAGAUCAGGUAUUGUUGGAAGACGCUGUAUAUCUUAUUAGGCUGGUAAACAUUUUGCCAUCUAACUGUUGUGUUGCAUUUAGGUAUUUUUCAGGGAUAUCUGUCUAUCUAUCUAUCUCUGUCUGUCUGUCAUCUACUCAGAGUAAUUUCCAUUGUGUUGAAUCAGAUUUACCUCCAGUUAAGUUCAUUCUCAUUAGCAGACACCGAACGAUGACUACUUGAGAAGUUGUGCACACUCAUGGUUUGGGCAGUGGCGGAGCUUCAUGCUCCGGCACCGGGGGGGUGGAGAGCAGGCAGGGGAAGGGCUGGCGCGCUUUCUGGGGGCGGGGCGCCCCGCCUAGGGGGCAGCCACAAUGGCACCCUACUGGGAUCGCGCUGCCAGGGGUGGUGCGCUCCCCCUGCACUCCUCUUCCUCUACCAGUGGGUUUGGGGACAUCUCUCAAGUUGCAGAAUGAGUAUAGGAACAGAGGAAGCGGACUUAAAAUUGACCAGUGAUCCAUCUAGCUCAGUGUUGUUUAGCAGCAGCUUUCCAGUGUUUCAGACGGGGUUCGCUCCCAGCCCGGCCCACGCAUGCUGGCAAUUGAACCUGGGACCUUAUGCAUGCGGAGUAGAAGCUCUACCAUUGAGCUACAGUUCUGCUUUGACAAGCACAAGCCUUGCAUAUGCAGAACUGGUUACUGUACUUUGGCUCCUUAGCCUUUUUUGCAAAGUGGUUUGUGGGUCAUCUUCAUUCUCUCAGCUUCCCGGAAAGAAGGCUUCUAUUACUUCUCUUUUAUAGAUGCAGGGUUAUAUCAAUGAUGUGGCAAUUCAAUUUAUGGUCUGGAUUUCCACUGUGUAUGUUUAGAUCAGUUGUGAGGGAUUGCCAUUAACCUGAAUUGCACUGUACUAUGAAACACCCUAACAUGGCUAAUGUUGUUAGGUGAGGAUGCAGAUCUUUGCAGUGAACUGCUACAAGAAUCCCUUGAUGCCCUACGAGCCUUGCCAGAAGCAUCCCUCUUUGAUGAGGGAACCGUAUCAUCUGUAUGGCUGGAAGUUGUGGAACGAGCAACCAAAUUUCUAAGGUCUGUUGUUACUGGGUAAGUCUUUCUCUAAAGAGUGCUUGAACUUUUUUUUUUUUUUUAAGCCGCGUUCAAGGUUUCAUACUGAACAAUAGUUCCUGUGUUCUUUUCUUGAAUAUCUAGAUAGCUCAGUUGGUUAGUGCAUCUGUCGGCCUAGAAAGCUCAGUUGGUUUGAGCAUGAUGCUGAUAACUCCAAGGUUGUAGGUUCAAUCCCUGUAUGGGACUGCUGCAUAUUCCUGCAUUGCUGGAGGUUGGACUAGAUGAUCCUCGGGAUCCCUUCCAACUCUACAAUUCUAUGAUCUCUAUGACCUAUAAGGAAACUAGAGUUAAGCAUUUGGGCAUCACUUUUUUAAUGUCUUGAAAUGGCAAUACGGUGAAUAUGAACUCUGGCUUAUACUUCUUUCUUUUUUAAAUGGCGUAUCCUUGGCUUAUUCAUAUAUAUAUCUAAAUGCAGGUCAGUGUGGAGUAAUAGCCUUGCUGCAUUUAAGGUUUGCCUGUAAAGAAAUUAGUAUUGGAGGAAUGAAAAAAAACAACCUGCCUUACAUCAAAUCAGACCUUUAAUCCAUCUGAUUCAGUAUUGCCUACACUGACAGGCAGCGGUUUUGAAGAAGGAUAUUUCCCUUUGGUACCUGAUGAAUGCCAGGAUUGAACCUGGGGUUUGCUGCAUGUGCUCUGUGGCCUGAGCUAUGGCCCUUUCUCUAAACUGGGGAAGAAUAAAAUCAGCGAAGUCACUUAAUUAUGUUGUGAAAGGUGUCUUCUGUCAAAGCACGGAAUACAAACUGGUUUUUUACUUUCAUAUAUUGGAAUAUUUGCCUUUUAAAUUUUUCCGCUUUUAAAUUAGGGACAUCCAUGGAGCUCCAGGGACAAAAGGAUCUGGAAACAUUCCGUUGCAAGACCAGCACUUAGCACUUGCUAUUCUACUAGAAUUGGCUGUCCAGAGAGGCACACUAAGGUGAGUAAUGCAAGGAUUUCAUUAGUUCAAAAUCUGUUCAUAAGUUACAUCAACACUACAGUCUUUAUUUCAUCAUUGUUAAAAUUUGUUUGUUUUUUUAAAUGAUAUUUAUUAAAGUUUCAGAUAAAAAGAGACACAUCAAUAAGAAAAGAAUUUAAAAGUAAAAAGAAAAAUACACAAUACAAAAUACAGAAAGAAAAAAAAAGAAAAAACAGUUAAAAACAAUUCCAUCUUUUCAUCACUACUUUUGAAUUUACUUAUUUUCUGGACCUCCUCAUACCUCCCUCUUUUGUAUUCCAAUUCAGUUUGUUUGUCCAGCAAUUCCUUUCCCUCCUUUUUAAUCCCAAUCCUUAAUCUUAAUAUAAUAUAACAUUAAAUUUUUAUCUAUUAAUAGUCAAUUUUCCAUUCUUUUAACCUUUUUAAUCCUCAUCAUUGUUAAAAUUUGGUAGCAGUGGGGAGUUCUUCGUGAAAUAGGAGCAAGGUGACAAUGGUAGCAAUGUUAGGUUUCUUCUACAACAUUUCCAACUUUGGUCAUUUCCCCCCUUCUCAGCCAAAUGUUGUCUGCUGUCAUGCUAUUGCUCCAACUCUGGGACAGUGGUACACGGGAAACGGAUAAUGAGCGAUCAGCGCAGGGAACCAGUGCCCCCCUCCUUCCUUUGCUGCAAAGGUUUCAGAGCAUCAUUUGCAAUAAAGAGAUCAGCAAUACCGAAGAAGAGCUUCAGGUAUGUACCUUUAUGAUGAGUUAGCCUGUGAGUCUGCACACCCAGAGCCGUUCAACGUGGAACAAUAUUUAAUUGAUGUUAAGGGAACGUAUUUAUGUAGCUUUCCUUCUCGGGGAUCGAACCUGCAGCCUUGGCGUUAUCAGCACCACACUCUAGCCAACUGAGCUAUUCAGCUGACUUUUCAUUUUUUUGCUCUAGAUGCUGUCCUACCCGUUGAGUCCAAACGAAAACUUCUUAAGGUAUCUAAUAUUGCCACAGGACAAUGAGCUGGCCAUUGAUUUAAGGCAAACGGCAGUUGUGAUUAUGGCUCACUUAGACCGCCUGGCUACUCCCUGUAUGCCUCCACAGUGCAGUUCUCCAACAUCGCAUAAGGUAACUUGCAUAUGCUGUCUACUAACAGCUUUCUUUGGAUAAAGUUAACUGGUAAAUUAGAACUUAACAAAUCUGAUUGGGAUCUCAAGAGGUGCUUAUGCUCAUUCAGAGGGCUCAGUUUAGCCCAGUGACAUUUUUUUUGCUUUAAGCACCUGGCUUCUGCUGCCAGAACCUGCUUUUGUAGUUUCCAAAUCAGUUUGUCACACAGCAUAGAGAGCUCCUUGGAUUUCUUGUUCUGCUGCUGAUUGUUCUGCACUGGAGGGUCUCAUAGUUUUCUGGAGAAGGUUGAGGGACUAGAGUGGAUGAAGGAUGGCAUUGCAAAGGCUUAGAGGUGCUGAAAUAUGGGUUGAAUCUCUGCCUGCUUCCCUUCCAAAUCCUAAUAGAUAGACAAAGCAGUCAAAUAUGGCGCCUUGUAACGUAACUUUGUCAGCCACUGACAUCAAGUUUUGAAAUGUGCAUACCAAUUUCCAGAGAGUAAAAUACUAUUGUGAAGUACAUUUAAAGCAAUUAAAUUGAAAUAACACAAUGCAAGUACUUUAAACCUAUUUUUCUGUUGUUCCAAAGCUUUCACCACCUUUAAAAAACAAAACCAUAUUUACUUACAUUCUCUGUUUUCUUUAGGUAGCUUUGAGUCCAUAAAUCUGGAGCCAAUUGAAAAAUUAGUUGAAGCACUGUAAUUUCUAGAGAUUCUAAGUUUAGACAGAUGUUUGAUAAAAGUUCUUAAAUUAUGACUUGCUUUCCAGGGCUCUUUGCAAGAAGUUAUUGCGUGGGGUUUAAUAGGAUGGAAAUAUUAUGCCAACGUGAGUGGUCCAAUUCAGUGCGAAGGACUUGCCAAUCUUGGAGUGAUGCAAGUUGCUUGCGCAGAAAAGCGCUUCUUAAUCUUAUCUAGAAAUGGACGUGUUUACACACAAGCAUACAAUAGUGAUACACUGGUAGGUGACUUCUGAUUACUUCCUAAUUUAUUUUUUAAAAAUUAACUUGUAGCUAAUAAAGUAAUGUUCUUGUUGCAGGUAUGAUGGAGCUCAUGAUAGCAAAAUCUCCUUUUUUCAGUUUGCCUGGCAAUGCAGUAUUCGUAUCUGUUUUUAAAGAAACUCCAUUGUUUCAUUUCUGGUGUUAAUGAAUACUGCCCUGAACUGUUUCCUGGACACUGUAUCAUUUCUGCCUUUGUAAUUGAGUAUAUGAAAUGCCUUUUGCAAAGCUGAUUUUGAUCAGUGGAUGUGUUUUCUUCCUUCCGAGCUUGACAUGAUAUGGAAGAAGUGUACAUUAUUACUAAUACCAUUAUUAUUACUAUUAUUUAUUUAUUACCUUCAUGCAUUAUUUGUAAAAAAGCAGCUGUGGGAACUCCCAAUAGGGGAGAGAAGGAGGUGUGACCUUCCUCUUCACUUUCCAGUUAUGUAAACCCUCCUGCUGUUGCCAGUACUCUGCUCUUAGCUAUGGGAAGGAUCAAAGAUGCACUAUUAUACAUACCCGUCUUCUCAUUAGUGGUGAAUAGCGGGUGUGAAAUAGGGGAAGCAGUUCAGAGGGAAAGAAGAUUUUAAUUUUUUUUAACUGAACAAACAGUAUUCCCCAGUGGUGCAGUCCUUAUCCAGUUUGAGGCUUGGGUUCAUGGAUUUCCCAUGUAGUUUGGAUCUUGUUGUUGUUGUUUAGUCGUUUAGUCGUGCCCGACUCUUCGUGACCCCAUGGACCAGAGCACGCCAGGCACUUCUGUCUUCCAUUGUCUCCCGCAGUUUUGUCAGACUCAUGUUUGUAGCUUCAAGAACACUGUCCAACCAUCUCGUCCUCUGUCGUCCCCUUCUCCUUGUGCCCUCAAUCUUUCCCAACAUCAGGGUCUUUUCCAGGGAGUCUUCUCUUCUCAUGAGGUGGCCAAAGUAUUGGAGCCUCAGCUUCAUGAUCUGUCCUUCCAGUGAGCACUCAGGGCUAAUUUCCUUAAGAAUGGAUGCGUUUGAUCUUCUUGCAGUCCAUGGGACUCUCAAGAGUCUCCUCCAACACCAUAAUUCAAAAGCAUCAAUUCUUCGGCGAUCAGCCUUCUUUAUGGUCCAGCUCUCACUUCCAUACAUCACUACUGGGAAAACCAUGGCUUUAACUAUACGGACCUUUGUUGGCAAGGUGAUGUCUCUGCUUUUAAGAUGCUGUCUAGGUUUGCCAUCACCUUUCUCCCAAGGAGCAGGCGUCUUUUAAUUUCGUGACUGCUGUCACCAUCUGCAGUGAUCAUGGAGCCCAAGAAAGUAAAAUCUCUCACUGCCUCCAUUUCUUCCCCUUCUAUUUGCUAGGAGGUGAUGGGCCCAGUGGCCAUGAUCUUCGUUUUUUUGAUGUUGAGCUUCAGACCAUGUUUUGCGCUCUCCUCUUUCACCCUCAUUAAAAGGUUCUUUAAUUCCUCCUCACUUUCUGCCAUCAAGGUUGUGUCAUCUGCAUAUCUGAGGUUGUUGAUAUUUCUUCCAGCAAUCUUAAUUCCGGCUUGGGAUUCAUCCAGCCCAGCCUUUCGCAUGAUGAAUUCUGCAUAUAAGUUAAAUAAGCAGGAGACAAUAUAUAGCCUUGCCGUACUCCUUUCCCAAUUUUGAACCAAUCAGUUGUUCCAUAUCCAGUUCUAACUGUAGCUUCUUGUCCCACAUAGAGAUUUCUCAGGAGACAGAUGAGGUGAUCAGGCACUCCCAUUUCUUUAAGAACUUGCCAUAGUUUGCUGUGGUUGACACAGUCAAAGGCUUUUGCAUAGUCAAUGAAGCAAAAGUAGAUGUCUUUCUGGAACUCUCUAGCUUUCUCCAUAAUCCAGCGCAUGUUUGCAAUUUGGUCUCUGGUUCCUCUGCCUCUUCUAAAUCCAGCUUGCACUUCUGGGAGUUCUCAGUCCAUAUACUGCUUGAGCCUUCCUUGUAGAAUUUUAAGCAUAACUUUCUAGCGUGUGAAAUGAGUGCAAUUGUGCGGUAGUUGGAGCAUUCUUUGGCACCGCCCUUCUUUGGGAUUGGGAUGUAGACUGAUCUUCUCCAAUCCUCUGGCCACUGCUGAGUUUUCCAAACUUGCUGGCAUAUUGAGUGUAACACCUUAACAACAUCAUCUUUUAAAAUUUUAAAUAGUUCAGCUGGAAUACCAUCACUUCCACUGGCCUUGUUAUUUGCAGUGCUUUCUAAGGCCCAUUUGACUUCACUCUCCAGGAUGUCUGGCUCAAGGUCAGCAACCACACUAUCUGGGGUGUACGAGCCAUCCAUAUCUUUCUGGUAUAAUUCCUCUGUGUAUUCUUGCCACCUCUUCUUGAUGUCAAGACAUCAAGAAGAGUUUGGAUCUUAAGGUUUCUAAAUAUAAUAGUUUCUCAGAACAUUCAGCUAUUGAAACUUCUCGCCUUAUUAAUUCAAUUGAAACUCAUUUUCUAAAAAAACAAAACACCAAAAAAGAUAUGACCUAUAACUUAUUUGUAUAAAUUUUCUUAAUGCUCAUCUGUUUGCUUCCAUUUUUCUGUAAGUCAUAACAUGUGUGUUUGGUUGUUGUUGAACUUCAUAGGGACCUCAGCUGGUGCAGAGUCUUGCUUCUAGAAACAUUGUCAAGAUUGCCGCACAUUCAGACGGCCACCACUACCUUGCUCUGGCAGCAAGUGGUGAAGUUUUCUCUUGGGGGUGUGGAGAUGGUGGGCGACUCGGCCAUGGAGACACUGUGUAAGUAUCCUAGAAUAAUGGUGACUUAUAUGCAUAAUGAAAUAAAAUAGAGUAGGAUAUUUGUUCUGCUUCUGCUGUGAAUUGGGUGGCAUUCCUUUUAAAACUUCAUUUUGCUUGGGUUCCCCCCCCCAUCACCCCUUUCCCCAUGUCUUUUCUGUAUUGAGCAUGCUAAAUUGCAGCUGUCUCUUUCUUUUGUGGUUCUGAUGCAUAUUGAUCUACAGUAGACUCACCAGGAAGCCUUCAUUUUGAAUGGCUCAAUAAUCCAGUAGCUGUCAAAUUUCUAUUUUCUUUGUAGAGAAGAGGUAACAGUCUGGAAGACAGCUAGCCAGACAGAGAGUGAGUGAAUGUGUGUGUAUGUGUAUGACUAAGUGAUUUUGAUGGCUCAGUUGAUAUUUCAGCUUGAUAGUUCUGCAUUCAUGGGUUGUUCUGAUACCACCUUUGGCUUCCUUCCUUCCUUCCUUCCUUACUUCCUUAAUAUUGGUUAAUUAUAUUUCUAUUCUGCCUUUUCUCCAUGAAGCUCAAAGCAGUGUACAUGAGGUCCCCCACCCUUUUAUUUUCAUAUCAACUCUGUGAGGUAGUUUAGGCUGAGACUGAGUGACUGGCCCAAGAUUGAGUAGGAAUUUGAAUUUGGUCUCCUCACUUUAAAACUUGCUCUCUUCUCUGCACACUGUGUUUAAUCUCAGGAGUCUUCAGUCAAUUGUGUUUUUCUGUUACAUCCAAUCCAUGAAAUGAUGCUUCCUGGGUUUGGAACAAGCUAGAAUCCUUGCCUGUUCUGAACCCAGGUUCUAUAGUUUCUUGGUUCAGACAUAAUGGGAAACUAUGUUUAACUGAAAUCUUCUGAAGCUAAACGUCUCGUGCUAAGGAAGGAAAAGAGACUCCCUAUGCAAGCACGAGACUUGUUUAUGUCUUAGCUUCUAAAGCCAAAAUAGGGCCAUUGGCCCAUUUGUCUGGGCAUCUCAGUGGCCUGGUUCAGACGUCACUGUAAAUUGGGGGUGGGUUGAUUUUUCUGUACCUGGCACUUGUGUACAUAGUAUAUAUUGCCUUCUUACAAUAAUGACUUUCAAUGCUUUCCUGCCCCCCCCUUCCCCACAGACCUUUAGAAGAACCGAAGAUGAUUUCUGCUUUGUCUGGGAAGCAAGCUGGAAAGCAUGUUGUACACAUUGCCUGUGGAAGUACCUAUAGUGCUGCCAUCACUGCUGAAGGAGAGUUGUACACAUGGGGGCGAGGAAACUAUGGCAGACUAGGUCAUGGUAUGUGCUCUUCUUUCUUUAAAUUGUUUAAGUUGUGAAGUCCCAAGGUUUAAACCUGUCUUGGUACAUAACUAGCACAGAAGCAUCUAAUUUUUAUUUUGUUCCAAAGGCUCCAGUGAAGACCAAACGAUCCCAAUGUUGGUUACUGGGCUGAAAGGAUUGAAAGUCAUUGAUGUCUCUUGUGGGAGUGGCGAUGCUCAGACUCUGGCUGUGACUGAAAAUGGUUAGUGGAACAACCAAUAGCAUCAUUAGCCUUACCAGCUUUUAGUUACACGUGGGAUGUUUGGGAAGCCAUGUGUCUCUUUCCUGUUUCCGUUUGGAUUUGUGUGCUAGCUUGAACUGUGUGCCCAACUGUUAAUAAAAUUGUUAGCCAAAUAUGCACAAUGGGUGCCAGAUUAAUUAUCUCUAUUCUCAGAAUAUUGUGAAGCCAGGUGUGCAGUAUUAAUUUCUAGCUGUCUAUCUGGGUAGAUUAUUUCUGUUUUUUAUUCCCCCCCCCCCCCCCGGUAUGUUUAUUUUGUUACGGCUCAUGGUCUAAAGAUACAAAGCUGUUGUUAUGUCUAAUGCAAUCUACUUUUCCAGGUCAGGUGUGGUCUUGGGGCGACGGAGAUUAUGGGAAGCUGGGGAGAGGCGGCAGCGAUGGUUGCAAAACUCCAAAACUGAUAGAAAAACUUCAAGAUUUGGAUGUUGUCAAAGUUCGCUGUGGGAGCCAGUUUUCCGUUGCGCUUACGAAAGACGGGCAGGUCUACUCUUGGGGAAAGGGUGACAAUCAGAGGCUUGGGCAUGGAACAGAGGAACACGUUCGAUAUCCCAAACUGCUUGAAGGUUUGCAAGGUAGGUGAAGAGGCAACUACCAGCCGUGUUAACUAGAAUAUUGUAAUUUUGAGAAAAUGAUGAGGUUAGCACCCAUUCCGUGCAAAUUGGUGGGGAAAAUAUUUUUAAUAUUUGAACCUUGGUCUCCCAGAUCCUAGUCCUGCGCUUGAAGCACUACACCACAUUGUCUUGUGGGCUUCUUGCUGGCAUUUGAUUGGCUUCUGUGAGAACAGAAUCCUGGACUAGGUAGGCUUUUGACCUGAUUGAGAAGGGCUGCCCUUACGUUAACUUAAUUUUUUAAAAAGGGAGACACUUGGAAAUUUUCGUUAUUGGUGCAACAAACACCACCAUCCCUUGCUGAUUUCUUCUUUUGUAGACAUUGCUAAAGAGAGAGCUCUCCUCUUCUAGCCAGGCUUUCAGAUGCGGCUGCAACACUGAUCUUUCUCAUUAUCUGUAUGUGUGUUUCCUCCCCCACCCCCCAGGAAAAAAAGUAAUAGAUGUAGCAGCUGGAUCCACCCACUGUUUAGCACUCACAGAAGACAGUGAAGUAUAUAGCUGGGGAAGCAAUGAUCAGUGCCAGCAUUUUGAUACUCUGAGGAUCACUAAACCUGAGCCUACUGCUCUUCCGGGACUAGAUUCUAAGCACAUUGUUGGCAUCGCUUGUGGGCCAGCCCAGGUAGGCUUCAAUUUUACUGGUUUUUUAUAUAUCUUUAGAUAUAUAAAAAUAUAACAAAAAAUAUAAAAACAUAAAAAUAUCUUUAGAUAUUCCCAUUAGAGUGGGAAUCCUUGAUUGUGAUGCAGUUUCUCUUCUCAGUUACUAUUUGCCUUUAAUUCUAGCCCCCCCCCCCCCCGCUUGGUCUUAAGUGUAACAUUGCUGCAUAUCUUUUUGUAUUUCCUUCUAGAGCUUUGCUUGGUCAUCUUGUUCUGAAUGGUCUAUCGGUUUACGAGUGCCUUUUGUGGUAGAUGUUUGCCCAAUGACGUUCGAACAACUGGAUCUCUUACUGAGACAAGUGACGGAAGGAAUGGAUGGCACUUCGGACUGGCCCCCUCCACAAGAGAAAGAAUGUAUGGCUGUGGCUACUCUGAACCUUCUGAGACUUCAGGUAUCUUAAUGGUUGCUGAACUAAGACUGAAAUUACAAAAUCUGAAACAAUUGUGCGGAUCACAUUGACUUUUAAAAGUGCAAUGGCCAUUGUAUUUUGUGUUGACUGUUGAUUCAUUUGUUAGGAAAAAACAACAACCCCUGUAAUUUGCCAAAUACUUUGCAGUGCUGAUCAAAUCAGAAAGCGUUGGUUGUUACUCCAGUUUUCCUUUCUGCAAACUGCAGUUUAAUUAGCAGUGAGUCUAUGUUCAGCCAGGGAAUUUAUUACUGAGCUGGGAUUGGAAGCUGAACCUAGAUCUGCAUAGCUCAAGGAUAACACUACGUUUGCUUUACCAUGCCUUACUGGACAGUUUGGAGAUAUUUUGCUUUUGUUUGCUAAGUAACUUUUACAGACGAAGGAAAUAUAUAUUUGGUGCUGCCAAACUGUGGUGCUUCAGCAAGUGUAUGAAACUUGGAAAUAGAAAAUGCUUCAGAAUACUAUUUCAUUCCUCCCUGAAUGGGUUUCAGCUUUAUCACUGAUAAAGAAGCCUCUCUGUGUUUUGUCUUUCAGCUUCAUGCUGCAAUCAGCCACCAAGUGGACCCGGAAUGUCUUGGUUUGGGAUUGGGCAGUGUCUUACUCAACAGCUUGAAGCAGACAGUAGUGACUUUAGCAAGUAAUGCAGGUGUGCUCAACACCGUUCAGACAGCUGCCCAAGCAGUGUUGCAAAGUGGGUGGUCUGUGUUGCUGCCAACAGCCGAGGAACGAGCGAGAGCUCUUUCGGCGCUUCUACCCAGUGCAGGUAUGUUUUGUGCAUGGUCACGUGGGUGGGGAAGGAAGAUGUUGCCUAAGCCGUUUUGUGCUCCCUCAUGUGCACGUGUAUGUGUGUGUUGACAUUCUAUUCAAGUAAGAGUUCUGUCAAUGUUUAGUUUCAGGGAAUGAAACAAAUGUAAGUCCAGGCCGUAGAUUCAUGAUUGAUCUUCUGGUUGGAAGCUUAAUGGCUGAUGGGGGUCUUGAGUCUGCACUGAAUGCUGCGAUCACUGCAGAAAUCCAGGUAUGCUUACUUUGUACAACUUGUACAUUCUGAUGAAAUGGAAAAGAUUACUGUUGGAAACCAGUUAGUUUCAAACAAGCCCCUGUUCUUUGUUUAACGGUUGUAAUACAAAUGUGAAUAUUUAUUUUGUUUUGAAAGGAUUAGAAAAGACUGCGUAAGUAGGUGGGCAUUUCAUGUAGUAGAUUAGAAAGCUGGCUGUGUCAUUCCAGAUCAAUCUUUCUUUUCUAUUGAUUGAAAAUAUCCAGAGGUAACUGUAUCACUUGUAACUUUUUGUUUAAGAGUAGUCUGUAUAGAGUAGUCUCUGUGUAGUCUGACCCUGCCUAGAAUUUGGUGCCUCAAGCCCUCAAAAGUUUAGACUUGUGCAUGAGGGUAAUAGGGUAAUAGCCAUGCAUAGCUGCAUAUUACACAUAGCAAAGCCUCUUCUGUAGCUGCUUUGAAAUCUAUGAAAAUAUCACUGGCAUUGCUGUGUCUUGUGAGGAGGGAAAUGGCAUCUCAGCUCUAUCCUGCUGCUUUCUUCCUGAAUAGAAGAACUUGGUCAUGACGACUAAUAAUAAUAAUAAUAACAACAAAAAACAUGGAUAGUAGAUCAGUAAUUCUGAAAAUCUUAACUUCUUAUGGCCUGGAUAGUUGAUGUUGCCCUAUAGUGGAAGGCUGUUUUCCAUUUUCACACCUCUUGUUGAUAUUGAGAAAUGUGUGGCUUAUAAAACCAUAGCCAUCAUUCUUCAGAUGAAGAAAUUAAUGCAGCUAUCUUUUUGGACAAGUUUCUCCAUUACGUCCAUAUAGUUCACUUUGAGGAAGUGAUGGGCAGUGGCGUAGCGUGGGGGGUGCAGGGGGGGCUGGCCACACCGGGCGCAACAUCGGGGGGGGGGCGCUCGCACUCGCAGCUCUCUGCCCCUACCUGGCUCACUCACUCUCCACGGGUUAGGGGGCACAAAUUACUUGCCUUGCCCCGGGUGCUGACAACCCACACUACGCCACUGGUGAUGGGAAAAGAUGGGACAGCAUCUUUUCAAUGACAAAUAGUUCCUUUGUGCCUGAUGCUUUCAUUUCCACAUUUAUCCAACCUACAUGGGUUCAGGAUUCUUUUAGCAGCAACUUAUUCAUUAUUUUUGUGUCGUUGGGUUCAGCUGUUCAUUCUACUCAAAUUAUUUCCAGUGCAGUCUCUAUUGCUUUCUGUUCCAUGAACCAGCCACAUGGUCCCAAUACCAGUGCCAGACUGCUAACUUUACUGCAGAAGGAAAAAUCCAAUAGAAUAUACUGUAGUGUGCAGGAAUGCCAUUAAUUCAGGCUUACGUGGCAGAACAUUCUGUGUCUUUUUUUAGUGGUCACGACUCCCAAUCAUUUCAGCUACAGUAUAGAAUGUUUGCUGGUUUCACUUUCAACUUUUCAUUUUGUAGGAUAUAGAGGCAAAAAAAGAAGCCCAGAAAGAAAAAGAAAUUGAUGAACAGGAGGCAAAUGCAUCAACACUUCACAGGAGUAGAACACCAUUGGACAAAGACCUCAUUAAUACUGGGAUCUAUGAAUCUGCAGGAAAGCAGAGCUUACCUCUGGUUCAGCUAAUUCAGCAAUUGCUAAGGUAGUUUUUCAGCAAGGCUGUUUACUGAAUCAUUACCCCCUUCCACAUUUUAUUCUUUUAAAAAACAAAAUAGAAAACCUCUGUUCUCUGUUUCCUCCUAUGCUGCUUUUUUGUUCCUGGGCAGUCUUUUUUCUUCUUUUUUUUAAAAAAAUGUUUACUGUGUGGUAAUAAUCAAGGUAUAAGAAACUUAGCACGGAGAAACAGCAGACACAUUUGUGAGCACAUAUUUAAGGGAGUAUGUGCUAGCCUGCCAUUUUGAGUGGCAAAACCGCAUGGACAGUUUUCUUGCUGCUUUUGAAACAGAGAGGAUUUUCAAAAGCAGAUUGUAAUAUGGUAUCAGGGUUAGCCGUUUUAAAAUGGAAGAACUGUUCUGAGAAUAGCCAAGCCCUUAAGCAUACCUAAAGUAGCUUUUUGGCUUUUGGCCAGUGUGCUUUAUAUUUUCUAGUUUGAUACUAUUUUAUACCUAAGAACACAUAUCCUACAUUAAUGCAGUAGAUUUAAGUAAGAAUAUCAUAUUGCCCAACACUUCAGCAUAGUACUUCUUUUACAGCAGCUUAUUUUGUCAACACCGAUGGAACUGGGGAUGAUGUAGAAAAAUAGAUAAUCUUCAUUUUUUGAAAAACGAAACAAAUUGCUCUUCUGAGACUGUCAUGGUGCCAACGUAGCCAAUCAAAAUGCAUGAGCUUCCUGACCCCCAAGAAUCACAACAAAAUUUUAGUUCAUGCCUAGUUAGUUGUUGCCUGUUCAUUCAAGAUGUCUUUUAAAACCUUCUUUAAAACAUUAUUCCCAUCAGAAACAUUGCUUCCCAGACGAUAGCUAAACUGAAAGAUGUGGCUCGCCGUAUUUCUUCCUGCUUAGAUCAUGAACAUUACAAUAAAGAGAGGUCUGCUUCUCUAGACUUGCUGCUGCGUUUUCAGCGUUUGCUUGUGAGUAAGCUGUAUCCAGGCGAUAGUGUUGGCCAGAUCCCGAAUACAUACAGUAAGUAGUACUUCUUUUUUUUAAUGGCUAUUGCUAGCAUGCUGUUGACGUCCGUUUAAAAACUGUGUUAAAUAGCCUUUUCAAAUUGCUACUUCACUCUGCAAGUUAGCUGUGUUUAAAUGCUUUAAUAGUUAAUAAUAACAAGCCUUUUUCAGGUUUUGACUUUCCAGAUGUUGCUUAUGAUAUUUAAAAAUAAAAUGGUUCUUUUAUUUUCUGACAGGUCCUGAGCUUUUAGGAGUUGGUUCUCUGUUGAAGAAAUACACAGCCCUUUUGUGUACACAUAUUGGAGACAUACUGCCUGUAGCUACUAGCAUUGCAUCCACCAGUCACAGGCAUUUUGCAGAAGUAUCUCGCAUUGUAGAUGGAGACCUAACAGGUACUGACUCGUCUUGUCCUUUGUUUUGGAGCCUGUCUACAGGGUUAACGCUUCCAGAGUUUUGCUGAACGUCUCUAUUUCCCCUUAGGUGUCCUCCUUCCAGAGUUGGUCGUAUCUAUAGUACUUCUUCUCAGUAAGAAUGCUGGGCUCAUCCAAGAAGCCGGUGCGAUUCCUUUGCUGGCUGGUCUACUAGAGCAUUUGGACAGAUUCAACCAUUUAGCUCCUGGUAAAGAGAGAGAUGACAAUGAAGACUUGGCUUGGCCAGGAAUAAUGGGUAUGUUCUUCCUUGCAAACGUUUAGAAUACUUGCUGGAUCUUUCUAGCAGAGCUCCUAGCUUGUCUUUGCAGGUAGGCUUCAAAAGCUUUGUCUUGGCACAAAAACCACUUUGGACAGGUCACACAAUUAUGUAGUAUUUUCCUUGCUCUUCGAAUCCUCACUCUUUUGGUUGGACCUUUUGGUUGUGAACCAUAGCAAUAACAUGUAUUUUUUUCACCUGUUAGGUUCAUUUUUUACAGGACAGAAUUGCAGGAACAACGAGGAAGUGACACUAAUACGGAAAGCCGACUUGGAGAACCACAAUAAAGAUGGCGGCUUCUGGACAGUGAUUGAUGGCAAAGUGUACGAUAUAAAGGAUUUCCAAACCCAGUCCUUAACAGGAAGCAGUAUACUCGGUGAGAUGUCACUUUGCUAACAAAACAUAUACCAAACAGAGUCCUAUCUUGUUCGGUUGCCUCCUUUAACAGUUUGUUCCCUGGUUUCUUUUAGCUCAGUUUGCUGGAGAGGACCCAGUCGUAGCUUUGGAAGCAGCUCUGCAAUUCGAGGAUACAAGAGAAUCGAUGCAUGCCUUCUGUGUCGGCCAAUAUAUGGAGGUAAGAGGGUUUCCCAAACAACUGCUAGCGGGCACAGAGGACACCACCAGGUGGAAUUGUGUUCCUCCUGUUGCUUGAGGCAGGGUCUUUACACCUACUCACUCUUAAUCAGGGCUUUUUUUCAGCCGGAACUCACCGGAACUCAGUUCUGGCACCUCUCAGGUGGGCGCCAUUUCCAUUAUAAGAGAACAAGGGAAGAGUUCAUGGUGAGUUCCGGCACCUCUUUUUCUAGAAAAAUAGUACUGCUCUUAAUUAAUUACCUUUGUGAUUAGACAACCUAUCCAGUUUUUAUGAAUUCCUGAUGUUGAGGUCUGGUUUUUUUCCUUAGUUUUUAAGAAAGGAAAGACACCCCCCACCACAGCCUUUCCCAAGCUGCUCGUUGAUUUCCCUCAUAGGCCUGUACAAAGACAACACAGCUACAUUUCUAGCGUUCAGCUGUGACUGUGGGGUAGGACAGUUAUUAGUCUUUCUCUGUGGUUGGAUCCCUUCCAGUCCUUUGCCCUUCCUGUGUCUCUCGCACAUUACAAUUGAAUACCAUGUCCAGGUUCCUGAUGAUGUUUUUGUUAAACUCAAAACUCUUCAAGUAGCUGCACAUCACUUGAUUAUGAAGAGGGUUUUUUUUCCCAUGGAUCGGGAAAUUUGGUAUCAGUCUUUAAAUCUGUCGUUCAGUAUGAUAUCACAGCUCUUUUGUUCUUUUCUUUUUUUUGUUCUAGCCUGACCAAGAAGUGAUUACUACGCCAGAUACUGGUAGUCUAUCAUCGCCUCUCAUAGACACUGAAAGAAAUUUAGGGCUGCUUCUUGGCCUGCAUGCUUCAUAUCUGGCAAUGAGUACACCCCUUUCUCCUGUGGAGGUUGAAUGUGCCAGUAAGAAUAUCUUUAUUCCAAUUAAAUGUAACUAAUAUGAAAUUGAGGAUGUGCUCAUAGGUCCAUGUUUUAAUGUUAACCCUCUAACCACAGUGAGUGAUUUAAUGCUGUACAUCAGAGGUUUUCAACCUUUUUGAGUCCAUGGCUCCUUGGAACAACUACAUUCUUUCUGCAGCACCCCUGUGGGGCUCAGGAGCCCAGUUACGUCACCCCUUGCCUGCAGAGCUGGCAAUCUCUCACCUUUUUUUGAGCACCCUUCCUUGUGGAGUGUUCCUUUAGUCUCCUCUCCCCUCUCCUUAGGAGUUGUCCGGACAGCUGCUGCAGCCUUCCCUGGUCUCUGAGCUGCCCCCCACCCCGUCCCAAAGAGAGGUGCCCCCCAGAGGCCUCAUUUGCCUGAGAAGCUUAUAGCCAGGGCUGCUGCAAUAAACAGCUGUGCAAGCCUUGGGGAGGCAGAGAUGCAAGAGGGCAUCAGAGGAGGGAGGCAAAGAAAGAGGGACAGAGGCCAGUGUUGCCUGUGGCACCCCUGACCAUCAUUCAAGGCCGUCAUUCAGAGUGCCAUUGAACACUGGUUGAAAACCGCUGAUAUGCAUGCUUACUCAAAAAUAAGCCCCACUGAGUUCAGUGGAACUUACUCUGGGGUAAGUGUUUAUAGGAUUGCAGCCUUUAUAACACAACUUGCCCAUCAUUUUUGUGGGCCAGUAUGUAAAGCUGCAAAACAAUUUCUAUUCGAAGCAUAAUUCAGUUCAGUAUUUUUUUGGAUAGAACUCUGUGUAUGUGCAACAAGUUAUGUACUUACGUAAUGAAGUGAAAGCAAGAAGCAAACAAUCUUGGAGAAGGAUAAUUCUUCCAUAAACUGUUAGUAUACUACUUUGUUUCAAAACUGGCAGAUGGUCUGACUUGGGAGAAAUUAUUGCUUUCCAUGCAUGAGUAAAUGCAUGGGCAAGGCUGAAUAAUGAAAUAACAAGUGUCUGAUCCCCAAAAGUAGCUUAGUUAGAGUACAGUUUGAUGUGCAUUGCUGCUGUCUUAACAUUUUUUAAAAUGAUAGUUUGCUUUUAUUGUAUUUUAAAUUUUGUGUGCCACUUUUUAUGCUCAAGGUGGAGUAAAAUAAUGUGCUAAAUUUUGUUGAAAAUAUGGGGCUAAAUUACAUCUAUUGAUUAAGAUGAACUAUAUCAAGGUGUGGCUGAAGCUCAGUAAUGCAUUUGCUUUGCUUGCAAAAGGUCCCAGUUCAGUCUUUAGUAUUUCUGUUUUCAAUAAAACUUACGUUCAGGUAGUAGGGAAAAGACCUGCUGCCCAAGACUGGAGCGCACUGCCAGUUGGAGGAGAUUUUAUUGAUCUAGAUGGGUUAAUUAUUUUUCUUGUUUAGUAUCUGGAACUAAUUAUUUUUAAAUUAUUUGAGGCAAAAAGGGAGCUUCCACAAAACUGUUUCUGAAGGAAUCCUUUAAAACAUGCAUGCAUCAAAUAUUGCCUAUAACUUCAGGGUAGACCACUGAAUCCUCUUUUCUUAAGCAGAAGAAUUACUGCAAAAGCAAUGUGCUUCAAUGUCCUCCUAUUCCUUUCAAACUAUUCCCUUAAAAAGUAUGCUUGUAACACACUAUUUUAAUGUAUUUCUGUUCUUCUUGUAGAAUGGUUGAAGUCUUCUAUUUUCUCUGGAGGCUUGCAAACCAGUCAAAUACAUUACAGUUACAACGAGGAGAAGGAUGAAGACCACUGCAGCUCUCCUGGCAAUACCACCCCCAACAAAUCAAAGCUGUAUUCCCAUCGACUGACCUUGAGUGACCACUCACAGCCAUUUCUGCAAGCGAUUGCAGACAACAACAUCCAGGACCACACAGUGAAGGUAACAGUGCACCGUUUGAAGACAUAGGCUGAUGCUUCCUAACCUUCCCAGUGGCCAUAGCCCUCUAAGUAGACAAAGUUGGAUGGAUUAUCUCACUCUAGGUAGUGAAAUGGUCAGUGGGAUUCUUGGCAGCUGGGAACCUUGAGUCUCCUAGUUUAUAGGAAUACCAGGGAUUAUUAUGCAGUUGACCUCUGUACUCCUGUCCAGGGCCCCAAGGCAAGAGCUCAUUGGGUCAGGAUCUGCACUUUAUCAACCGGCAGUGGACUUUGUAUUUGGGAACAUUUGACUCUCACUAUUUUUUAUUAACCAGAGACGGGGAGCCUGAAGCCCUCCAGUUGUUAUUUAGCUGCCAUUAUCACUGACAGUUGGCUUUGCUCGCUGAGGCUUAUGGGAAUCCAACAAUCUCAGGGGAAGGCAUGAUUUUCCACUCCUGCUAAUACAGAUUUUUGUUACUUCUCUCUGCAUUGUGAGCUGAGUAGUUCCUGGCCUCCUUGUCAAUAAAUCAUAACAGGGCAAAGUGUUACCUUGCUAAUAGAAAUAGGAACACCUGAAUAAUUCAAAUAGUGUAUGUGUAGCAAAUCAUAUAAAAGGCCUGAUGCCUCUGGUUGGGUUUUUCUUUUUCCUAUUUCUCCUCAGGGCAUUUUUCAGUUCUCUUUUUGGCUGGCGGCUGCUUUUAGUUUUGCUGAUUGUUGCCUUGAUCCAUACUACUCAUUGAGGGUGUUGGAGUUACUGCAGCAGCUCUCAUUCAUCUCUCCUCCCUCCCACCCCCAAACCCUUUCUCUUCUGAGUAUGCCAGGAAAAUAGCAUCUGCCUUCUUAAAAAAACCAACAACACCAAACCAACCACCUCUGCAAAAUUCUGCCGAAUAACAUAAAUAAAACCAUGUGUGAAAUAUGAAGUACGCUGCUGUUCAUCUAGCUGCCACUUUUUCCUUAUGUUCGGUGUCUUUGUGUAUUAUAUGAAGGAAUGCAGUAUCUUUUUAUCCUCAUUGGUUACCAGUGUGGCUUGUUUUGGGUGAGGAAAAAUGGACUGUGGAUUUCCCACAGAUGGAGAAUGCAUCUAAGAAUGCUUCUUAAGUAACGCCUGGAAGAAAUAUUAUCUUUUGGGAUUAUGCCAUGGGUAGGCAAAUUAAGGCCUGGGAGCCAGAUCCGGCCCAAUCGCUGCCUAAAUUGAGCACGCAGAUGGUCCAGGAAUCGGCGUGUUUUUACAUGAGUAGAAUGUGCCCUUUUAUUUAAAAUGCAUCUCUGGGUUAUUUGUGGGGCAUAGGAAUUUGUUCACACAUUUUUUUCAAAAUAUAGUCUGGCCCCCCACAAGGUAUGAGGGACAGUGGACCAGCCCCCUGCUGAAAAACUUUGCUGACCCCUGGAUUAUGCCAUAGAAGGCAAAAGAAACUAGCAUUGUGUGGCAUACGAGGGAUGGGUUAUAUUAGUAACUUUUGGAGAAGCUUUGCCUGUUAAGACUUGUAGCUUUGUGGAGCCUUUAUUUGAAAUGACCUUAUUCGAAAGUAUAGUAUACAGAAAAUGUAAGAAGAGGAGCUGAUAUUUUUGGCUUCAGGACCAGGCCUGACUUUGGCCAUCCAUGUUCAAGUGACCUCCAGGUUUUACUUCUGCAAUACAGCAUAGGUGCACUGCCUCUUGAAGACAAUCCAGAAACCUAAAUGGUUUCCAAAUUUGGCUUCCAGCUUUUUGACUCCUUGCCCACUUGCUCCUGGGUUCAGUCAGCUCGUCAAAGUCCUAAAUCGGGUUGGGGGUGAAAGAGACUUUGGUUCUCCAGAGUUUGCUGAACCACAACUCCCAUCAGCCCCAGCAAGCACAGCCAUUCAGUGGUAGGGACUCUGGGAGUCAUAGCUCAGAGGGGCCAAGGGUGCCCACACAUGAUGAAAGGUUUGGGGCAAAAUAUUUAAAGAAUCUCCUCCUCCUAUAUGAAAUUGCCUGAGCGCUUCAUUCUUCAUUUAAGGCCUUGCUUCAGGUAGUGUCAUGAUCAGAAAUGUGUCAGGUGGGUUAUCCAAAUCUUGAGAGCUACCACUGGAAACACCUAUCACUGUCUGUAUUUCAUCAUCCUGUCAGAAGAAUUUGGGGCUGUUACAGAAUACUGCCUUUUGGGGGGCGGGAGACCUGUGGCCCUCCAGAUGGGCUCCAUCUCUCAACAGACACAUUCAGUGCUGCCAAUACUCGUGAAUGAUGAGACUUGUAGUGCAUCUACAUUUGGAGGGCCAAAAGUUCUCCACAUCUGCUUUUAUAGUGGUUUGAUGUUGCUCCUGUUUUCAGUUCUUUCUCCUCCUUUUCUUAAGCUUGCGUUGUUUGCAAUAGGGUUUCUUUUUUGCCCCACUGUUUUACAGUAUUUUCUCUCUCUGCAUGUGUCUACCUGUGGAGGAUAAUAUAGAUAUCUAUAUAGAUCUAGAUCUAUAUAUCUCUAUAGCUAUCUCUAAAUCUAUCUCUCUACUCUCUAUACUCUCUCUCUCUCUCUAUAUAUAUAUAUGUUUAUCCCACGGUAAAUCUUCAGAAUGCCACAACUCUUUGCUCAGGUUUUUCUUGUGCAGCAUACACACAGCAUUAUAGCACUAUCAGGGACUCUUAGUAGCUCAUAGGGACAGAGUUUGAAAUGGUUUGCAGUCAGAACAAGCUUGCAAAUAUUUGUUAAUGUUUUAUUAUUGUUAUAAAAAGUAACGUCUGCUGCAAUGCAUGGAUACUGCAGUGAUAACUUGACUAAAUGUGUUCAUUUUUGUGCAGGACUUCCUAUGUCAAGUGGAGAGGUAUUGCAAACAGUGCCACUUGACAACACCAAUUACGUUCCCUCCAGAGCACCCAGUGGAGGAAGUAGGACGUCUGUUGCUAUGUUGCCUUCUAAAGCAUGAGGAUUUAGGUAUCUACAUUUGACACACAAUUGUUCUAAAAUUCUUACUCUAUUAUUUUGAUUUUUUUUUUCUCCAAUGAGAUCUCCUCUCUCGUUCCCCCUCUUAAAGGUCAUAUAGCACUCUCGCUUGUUCAUCCUGCUAUGCUAGGAGUUGACCAAGUUAAACAUCGUGUACUUCCAAAAUCUGUAGCAGAUGUGUGUCGUGUUGUCUACCAAGCAAAAUGCUCGCUGAUCAAGGUAAGCAUCAGACCAAGGAAUCACUGGUACCCUUUCUUGAGACAUUAGGUGUUAGUGUUACCUUACUAACAGAGGGAUCUGUUUGCAUUGUCGUUUUAAGACUCACCAGGAACAAGGAAGAUCUUACAAAGAGGUUUGUGCCCCUGUUAUUGAGCGUUUGAGGUUCCUCUUCAAUGAAUUGCGUCCGGCAGUGUGUAAUGACCUCUCCAUUAUGUCCAAGCUUAAAAGUCUAAGUUCUUUGCCCCGAUGGAGAAGGGUAGUUCAGAAGAUAAUUAGAGAGCGAAGAAAAAAGAGAGGUAAAUGUUUUGAAAUACAAUUUCUUGUUGAAGGGAAAGAGACUAUUAUGCAUUUUGUCAGUUUGCUUGUGAGGUAGAAUACAACAGAUGCUUGCUUGCUUCAUUCUCAAGCAAGACUUGCAUCCCAUUAAAAAAAGAUUCCAUAAAUAUAUAUCUUGCUAGAUCUCACUUAAUACUAUGUGGGCUCUAUCUAAUUGCAAAAGACAUAGUGUAAUUAGGAAUUGGAGGGACACAGUUCAGGGAGAGGGGAAAAGAAGGGGUGUCUACUUGCAGUUGUGCGUCACUCUGAAUUCUUUACAUUUUUGUAAAGCAGUGUUUUCUAUGGAAGCUCCCAUUUUUCUUGGUAAUUAAAAAAAAUAGUUUUGCUCAUGCUUUUGGAAGUGGAUAAAGGUGACACAAAUUUGAUGUACAGUGGCACCUUGGUUCUGGAACACUUAGUUGUCAAACAAAUCGGUGUUCUGGUUUGUGAACGUUUUUCGGAAGCCAAACAUCCGACGUGGCUUCUGCUUGAGUGCAGGAAGCUCCUUCAGCCAGUCAGAAGCUGCGCCUUGGUUUUCGAAUGGUUUUGGGAGUCAAACGGACUCCUGGAAUGGAUUAAGUUCGUGAACCAAGGUACCACUGUAUUGAAGUAACAUUUUAACUAUUUUGAAACUGUAUGUAACCCACCCCUGGGGCCCAAGGGUGAAGGGGAGACUAUAAAUAUAAAUAAAUACAUUUAACAUGUUUCCUUUGUGUCUUGCUGCUAGUCCCUAAAAAAUCUGAGCCGUCUGAUGUAGAAGAGUCCAAAAUUGGGAAUGAGGAGAGUGAUUUGGAAGAGCCCUGUGUCAUACCUCACAGCCCUGUGACAGCUGAUAAAAGGCCCUUGUCAGCCAAAUCGCCCAAGGUAUGCAGAGUAUCAGGUACUAAAUAUGAGCCAGCUGCACAGUAGCUAACGACCAUUCAGAAUAUGUGAACGUGGCAGCUGAGUGUCAGGCGGUAUGUUUAGCAGAGUGGUAGUCAUGUUAGUUUGUCGCUGCGUAAACAAGUGCAUUAGUCUGUUGCUGCAAAAGCAGCUGUGCAAAGAGAGAAAUGAAUUACAUUAUUAACAGUGGUCGUUCACAAAACAGUAGAUAACACAAUAUGUAUGCAUCUUUGUGGCAUACGUGCUGUACUGAUGCCCAGUGAUUUCGCAGGCACUCUCUGUAGAGGAAAGUUGUGCAUUUGGAUAUCCUUGCUGAACCUUACUUUGUAUAUACAUGAUACGCAAGUGUGUAAGACCUUCCUCACAGUCACACAGAGAGGAUCUCUAGUUGGGUGUUUAAGUGAACUGGCUCCAAGUCUUGGAUGAACUUCCUUUGUGUCAUAAAUGUAGAUUUUAAAUGUCAGCAUUGGCCUUCCUUUGUAGCCAAAGGUAAUUCCUUCUACCUGUUGAAUUCUCCCUUUUUAAGUUAAAAAGUGUCGCACAUGAAUAAAUGCGGUGUACUUAAUAGGUCACAUUUGUAAAACCUUUCUUGGUUGUAGAACUUAGUGCUCUAAAUUUUUCUAUAUUAACGUGCCACUGUGGGGCAAGCACUAUUUUCAAACUGAUUUCUUAGGUUAUUAAGUUGAGGGUAAAUGUGCAUUUUGUUUUUUCUAGGAUAAAUGGCAGCCACUGAUGAACACAGUUACGGGUGUUCACAAAUACAAAUGGCUGAAACAGAACGUCCAGGGCUUAUAUCCCCAGUCUGCUCUUCUCAAUACCAUAGUUGAAUUUGCUUUAAAAGAAGAGCCCAUUGAUGUUGAAAAGAUGCGGAAGUGCUUACUAAAGCAGGUAAGGCAUGGCUCACUUCAUAUGGCAGGGCCUUGCUGCGUAAAGUUCUUACAUAGAUAAAAUAUUUACCUCCCUUCUCUCUUGUUUUGUAGCUGGAAAGAGCCGAGGUUCGUUUAGAGGGCAUUGAUACAAUCCUAAAGCUGGCAACCAAGAGUUUUCUGUUGCCUUCUGCACAAUACGCUAUGUUCUGUGGAUGGCAAAGACUUAUUCCGGAAGGAACCAACAUUGGGUAAUUUUCGUUCUCCCUUGCAUCUCACACUUUUGCUUCUUUAUACCUAAUCUGGCUCUUUGUUGUGCUGUUUAGGUGAAACAUAGGGGUUUCACAGGGGGACCUUGGGAACUAUGACGGUGAAAAAAAGCUCCAGUAUGGCACAGGUGGAGCACUAGGUGAUGAUGUUCAUGGUCCUGGUGUAGCAUUUAUGUGUCAUAGGAGCACCUUGUUUCUUAUAGUAGUAGUGGUGGGAAACCUCCAGCCUGCCAGGCGUCCCCCAUUUGGCCUGCAUUGUAUUUUGGCUCAAACUAUAGCCACUUGCCCAUCACUUUGACAUCAUAUAAUGUCAGGCGCAGGACAGAUGUAGCCGCAGCACCAAAUUCCAAAGUAAGAGUCUGCACCCCCACUUCUUCCUUUGCAGUCGCGGGUUUAAAUUUGAAUCUCCAGAUGUCAUAUGACAUUAGGUGAUGGUCAGGUGGGGGCAGCUGCAUGCAGAGUGGUCCAGAUCUGGGUUCAGCCCCCUGUCCAGAUCCUACCCUUCUCCUUGAGUUAAUGCAAAUGUGUACAGUGGUACCUCAGGUUAAGUACUUAAUUCGUUCCGGAGGUCCGUACUUAACCUGAAACUGUUCUUAACCUGAAGCACCACUUUAGCUAAUGGGGCCUCCUGCUGCUGCCGGAGCACGAUUUCUGUUCUCAUCCUGAAGCAAAGUUCUUAACCUGAAGCACUAUUUCUGGGUUAGCGGAGUCUGUAACCUGAAGCGUAUGUAACCUGAGGUACCACUGUACUGGGAAAGUCUUGCAAAGGCACAGAAGGUGGGGUUCUGAGAGGGUUUGAACAGCAGGUGGGCAGCUUUUUCUGGCUUGCGUGUGGCCCCCAACACUGUUGACGUCCUUUGCAGCAGUAUCCGCUUGCGAUGCAAAAUAGGUGUUAAGGUAGGUUACCGUUCCGAAAACACUGGAAAUCAUGGCUUGCUUGUUAUCCACAUAGGGAACCCUUAACGGACUGCUUAAAGGAUGUGGAUCUGAUUCCGCCCUUCAAUCGUAUGCUCCUGGAAGUUACUUUUGGGAAGUUGUACUCAUGGGCUAUUCAGAACGUUCGGAACAUCUUGCUUGAUGCUAACAACAGGUUCAAAGAACUAGGUGAGUAUUACCAAUACUCUUCUGUAAUUUAAAAUAAAAACUCCAAUUCGUUUACUUUUCUUUUGUGUCUGUUAGUUGGGUGCAAGUUGUUGAAUUUCCACCAAGUUUCAAAAGUAUUUUUUGCACAUCUUGCAGCCACCAAAUCAUGUAUUUGAUGCUCCUUUCUCUCCCUAACCACCUAUCCAAAGCUGGCUGUGGGACGUGGCAUAUUCAGGGAUGUUUUACGGUUGUACUUACGCUCUUCCAUGUUGCUUCUGGGGACUUUAAUUUCUUUGGAGGAAGAUGGAAGGAAGUGAGCCCUCUCUUCUGAGGUGCACAUUCUGGGUAGUACUUGUAGCUUUGGCUCAUAAUCUCAUUCCUUCUUUGAAGAUUUGGCUAUCAAACAAAUCUUGUGAGUGGCCAUACAUCCAGUGAAAUAUGGUUUUGUAUUUGCAAGCUUUACUUAGAUGAAGUGCUGUCAGGUGAAUCUGUUCUUUCCUUGGAGAGACUUCUGGGAACGUCUGAAAACAGAGGCAACUUAACUAGUAAACCAGUUCCAGAAGCAAACUAACAGUCAUCUCAAGGUCAUUUACUUGAGCCGAUAAGCAGCCAUUGCCUUGUGUGUGUCUGUUAAAAUAUAUCCUAUUUCUUCUAGGAAUCCAACCUGUUCCCCUGCAAACCAUUACCAAUGAGAACCCUGCGGGACCAAGCCUUGGGACUAUUCCACAAGCACGUUUCUUAUUAGUCAUGCUUAAUAUGCUAACCCUACAGCAUGGUGCAAACACCAUGAACCUUCUUCUCAAUUCUGGCAUGUUGGCACUGACGCAAACCACGUUGCGACUGAUAGGUACGUUUGCUACUUGGGAAAGACCCAUUUUACCUGUCAAUUCACUGUUGAGAAUAGAAUGUUUGGUCUGCUUUAGAACCCUUAGAAUAUUUCCUAUCGGAGGUGGUCUUGUUGUAAGGUUAAAGCUUACUGGGAAAUGAUGUACAAUGAAUUGAAAAGGAUGUUCAAAAUACCUUUUGUAAAAAAACCCCAGAAGCUUUUCUUUUGGGAAUUAUAGGGACAGAACUAUGUAAAUUGUAUAGAAACUUAUUCAUCUAUGCUACUACAGCAGCAAGAAUGCUACUUGCCCAAAGGUGGAAAGAAGCAGAAGUCCCAGUAAAGAAAGAAUGGAUACAAAAACUUAUGGAAAUGGUGAAACUUAUCGGAAUAAGAAAUCAAGAUAACAAACUUUUUAUAAAAGAAUGUGGAAAUGGUUUAUAGAAUAUUCACAGAUAAAUUGCAAACAGACGAAAUCAUUAGCAGGAUUAUUGUAAUAACCUGCAGUUUCAUAAGAGUAUAUAUUUGAAGUAGAUCAUUAAACGAGCAAAGUAAAUGAAUUUGGAUAUGCAGAAGAUAUUAAAAAGUAAAUUUAAGGAACUGCAGAAAGGAGGAGGGGAAGGAAGUCAAACUUUGAAAUGUUAAAUUGAUUGGAAAACUAAUGAAAUGUAUAAACUUGAAAAGUAUAAAUAAAAACUUUUUUAAAAAAUUUAAAAGUAGAAUAUUUCCUACCGCUGAACUAUGCCUCUUCGGCUUUGCACAUUGAACAAAAGUAUUACAUUCUUGUGGAGACUGCUUUGGAAAGCUGGAAUAAGUUACUACUUUUGAUAUUAGUUAUCUGUUAACAGCUGCAAGAUCUCAAGAUACCUCUCAUUAAAUUAGGGCCUAGUUCGGACAACGUCGAGGAAGAUAUGCUUGCUUCGUCUCGUGGUGUUUCUGCUACAGUCCUAGAAGAGUCCCGGAAGGAGACCACUCCAGUUCAGCUUCCUGUAUCAGGGCCAGAGUUGGCAGCCAUGAUGAAGAUUGGCACCAGAGUGAUGAGGGGGGUGGACUGGAAGUGGGGAGAUCAGGUACUGCUUGCCUAUGUCUGUCAUAUUUGCUGGAUUUCAGUUCACUCUAUGAUCUUAAUUAUUGGCCAUAUGUUUUUAAACUUUCCUGUAUUUCUGCUGCUCUUCCCUUCAGGAUGGCCCUCCUCCAGGCUUGGGGCGCGUGAUUGGAGAAUUGGGUGAAGACGGCUGGAUUCGAGUUCAGUGGGACACUGGCAGCACCAAUUCUUACAGGAUGGGGAAAGAGGGAAAAUAUGAUCUCAAGCUGGCUGAACCACCACCUGCUUCUCAGCCUACAACAGAAGACUCGGACACAGAGGAUGAUUCUGGUAAGGCUUUUUUUGUGCUGAACAAGUGGUAAUGUAGCUCCCAAGCAGUAAGUAAGUGGUUUGAACAAAUAGGCCUUGUUCUACUCACACCUCGUUUUUCAAGAAAGAGAUCCAACUAAUUUAGAGAAGCCAAACACUUAGUAGUUUUGUAGUUAUAGGUAUUCCUAGAACAUGCAUUCUCCUCUUCCAAUCAUAAGACAUAAGGGAUGCAGAGAGGUUAAAAACCUAGCUAUUCUGGACAUUGACAUUAUAAGAGUGGAUGGGGCAACCCAGCCAGAUGGGUAGUGUUUAAAUAAUAACAUUAUUAUUAUUAUUAUUAACCACCUUUUAACUUUCUGAACUUUCUAACAUUGCUCCAGCUGCUGGGAACAGAAUGUGGGGCUUAAUUUAUUUUGAGUUAAUUUCACUUCCAGUGCUGGUAUUUGAGUGGCAUGUUGGUAUACAGUAGCACCACCUCUUGCAUGCAAUUAACCUGUGCAAUUUCAACCUAGCUCAGUUGGAAUCUUGCAGAUUAAUUGCACACAAGGCGGAGAGCUCAAAAAGCUUCUUUUUCACCGGGUGUUCCUGGUGCUCAAAGAGCUUUUAACCUUUAGGCUUGCUUACCAAGCUCUGGAAGGCUCUCGCGAGAACUUGUGGAAAUGUGGACAGCCUUGCAACAUCUUGCGAGAGAACAUUCCAGAACCCAGUAAGCUCUUGAAAGCUCUCCGCCUUGCUUGGAAGGUAAGGAUGGCUGUGUGGUAGCGGUUCAGGUGUAUGCAUUUCUAUGUAUGUAUGCAUGUCAUCCCCGCAAUGUAAACCUCCACUCAAUACUGUAAUAUUAGUCCACUUAUGAUUUUUCCUCAUUGUGCCAUUCUGAAGCUGUGGAAGAUUAAUUUGCCUGGAAAAACAACAUUAAAUUGGAUAUUUCCAGUUUCUCUCUUUUUUUUACCGGUUUGUCCAAGGUUAAGGAAAUUCUGGCAUUUUUAAAAAUACUCGUAGGUUUAAAGUGAAAGUCAAUAUCCAGGGGUGUCUGUCCACCAGUGGAACAGGCACAAUUAGUGGAAUGGAUUCUCUCCUCCCUCUUCAGCCUGUUGUGUGUGCCUUCCAAAUAUGCACACAGAAGGGUUGGCGGGGACGACCCUCUAGAACAGAUUUGGGAGCAGUAGGGUAGGGCCGUACUGGGAGGGAGGGAGAGAAAAGGGAAUCCCUGAGCUGAAAUCACCUUGCACGGUGCUUGCUGUCACCCAGCGUUUAGUUGUGUCCAACUCUUCAUGACCCCAUGGACCAGAGCACGCCAGGCACUCCUAUCUUCCACUGCCUCCUGCAGUUUGGUCAAACUCAUGCUGGUAGCUUUGAGAACACUGUUCAGCCAUCUCGUCCUCUGUCGUCCCCUUCUCCUUGUGCCCUCCAUCUUUCCCAACAUCAGGGUCUUUUCCAAGGAGUCUUCUCUUCUCAUGAGGUGUCCAGAGUAUUGGAGCCUCAGCUUCAGGAUCUGUCCUUCCAGUGAGCACUCAGGGCUGAUCUCCUUAAGAAUGGAGAGGUUUGAUCUUCUUGCAGUCCAUGGGACUCUCAAGAGUCUCCUCCAGCACCAUAAUUCAAAAACAUCAAUUCUUUGGUGAUCAGCCUUCUUUAUGGUCCAGCUCUCACUUCCACACAUCACUAGUCACCCAGCGUUAGGAGACCUGAAUUAAUUCGCUUGUGAAAAUAAGGAGCUUGCAACGGAGCGCAUCAAUUUCAUUGUCUUCUGUCAUUUAUUUUGACUCUUGUUUCAGAAGGAGAACAAGUUGAAAGAAAUCUCCACCCCACUUCCAUGAUGCUGACAAGCACAGUGAAUCUGCUGCAGACUCUCUGCCUCUCAGCUGGGGUCCACGCUGAAGUCAUGCAGAACGAAGCAACAAGAACUUUGUGCGGGCUGCUGCGCAUGCUAGUUGAGAGCGGGACCGUAGACAAAUCAGGUAGAUACCUGCACCAGAUCAAAGUCUUGUUUUGUGUGCCGAGUCCUUCAUCCUCAGUGGAGCCUAUUGUGGCUCCUCAAGUUAGAAUGAUUUGCCUCAUCCCAUGUCUGCAGCAGUGCAUUUUAAAAAGUAUAUUUAAAAGAGCUUCACCAUUUUUUACCAGAGCAAACAGGCCUUUGUUGUAGAGCGAUUUUUGGUGCUUUGCUUUCUCCUGUGUUUUGUUGUUUUCCUUAGGUUUUCAUAGUUAUCCUGUUGAGUUCAACUAAAACAGGCAAAAGUACAUGAUAUUGCCCAUGCUUUCUGACGCUGAUAAAUAAAAUGAGCUAUUGUUCUAUUCUGCAACAUGAAAACUGUUUAUUCUAAAAAGCCGGUUUAACUUUAGGUGCUUUGAGGCAAAUAAUUCAGGUGUAAAUGCGCAAAUGUAGUAAUUUUAGGCAACUAAGAGGACUUAAGAGUGUUUCUUUUUUUAAAAUAAAUUCCAGCUUCUGUACCAAAUACAUUGGUUAAUAAAGAACAGCACAGGAGCUGGUGUUCACUGGGAUUCAUCCGAAGUAUAGCCCUCAUGCCUCAGAUGUGCAGCACUCUUAGUACGUCGCAAUGGAUAACUCUCCUAAUGAAAAUCGUCGAGGGACAUGAAUCGUUUACUGCUGCAUCUCUACAACGACAGGUAAUGCCUUUCACUGGUGGAGAUAUCCAGUGGGGUUUUUAACCCACUACAACUGAGUCAUAAUAGGGUUUGAAAGCCACACUUCAUGUCUGUGGCUCGAUUCAAGAUCAGACACCUUUCUCUUGAAAGUGAUGAAGCAGGAAGAAGACGCAGAAUGGUUUCGUUGCUGCAUUUUGCCUAGAUGUGAAAGAGGAAGUGGAAAUGUGGUUUGUUGGGUCCCUAGCAGGGGAUUAUUUUGUUUCACACAGUGGGUUGACAUUAGGCAGUUAUUUACAGCUUAUAUGCAUAACAUUACAGCUUACAUUUUAGGGAAGCUUUUAAUGUUUGAUGUAUUACAGUAUUUUAAUGUUUUUUUGGAAGCUGCCCAGAGUGGCUGGGGAAGCCCAGUCAGAUGGGCGGGGUAUAAAUAAUAAAUUAUUAUUAUUAUUAUUACAUACCUAAAGUCUUUUUUAAUAAAUCAUUUUGAAUCGUAACACAUGAGAAAAUGGCUCCAUGUUUUUUAGAAAGAGGAGCAUUGGUGGUUAUUUUGUGCAAGGAGGCAUAAGAGUGUCUGCCUACUUGCAGAAUUAAGUGUUCUUUCCUACUAACUUGAGAGACUUCUUUAAAAUAGAUAUGUUUUCAUCUUUUAGAUCCUUGCAGUGCAUUUACUACAAGCAGUCCUUCCUUCCUGGGAUAAAAGCGAAAGGUCGAGGGAUAUGAAAUUCCUGGUGGAAAAAUUGUUUGGUUUCCUUGGCUGCCUGCUUACCACUUGUUCUUCAGAUAUCCCACUGCUCAGAGGUAGGAGAAUAUUAUGCCUUCAGUGUUGUAUUCUUAUAUUUUUAACCAUAUUGAUGUCUGUCUAUGAGUUUUCCUCUUUUUCAAAUUUCCCUUUUUUUUUUGGCAGAAUCUACUCUGAGGAGGAGGAAGGCAAGGCCUCAGGCCUCUCUCACGGCCACUCACAGCAGUACUUUGGCAGAGGAGAUAGUGGCACUGCUGAGGACAUUGCAUUCACUGAGCCAGUGGAAUGGACUCAUAAACAAGUACAUCAACUCUCAGCUAACCUCCAUCACCCACAUCUUUGCAGGAAAACAGUCAGAAGGGGUAGUUCCCGCAUCUUAAAAUCAACUCAUUUUUGUUUUAAAUCUAGUAAUCGUUAAUGGAUUCUGUCAAACUAUUUAAAAGCUAUGAUAUAUUUUUGUGAAGUGAUUGCCUUCUUUAAUGUAAAUUUGGCUGCAAUAUCAAAUAUUAUUGCAUGUUGUUUUUCUUGAACUGCGAAUAUUUUCCAAAGGGAAGUCCUUGCCACAGUUUCAUUGUGCCUGUUCUCUUUUUUUUCCUAGGCUGUUUUGGAAGACUUCUUUCCCGACUCUGAGAAUCCAGAAGUGGGAGGCUUGAUGGCUGUCCUGGCAGUCAUUGGCGGAAUAGAUAGUCGCUUGCGGUUAGGUGGCCAAGUUAUCCAUGAUGAAUUUGGAGAAGGCACAGUGACACGAAUCACCCCGAAAGGAAAAAUCACAGUUCAGUUUUAUGACAUGAGAACCUGUAGAGUCUGUCCCCUCAGUCAGCUAAAACCAGUAAGUGUAUUAAAGUGACGCCUUGCUUAAGGUGUAAGCUGAGUACGAUGCAUUAUACGUGGACUGUUUGUUUGUUCGUUUUGGGAAAUAUUCUAAUAUUCUCCUGGCUGAUGAGCAGCAAUUUGUGCAUCCCAAAAAAGCUGAUUUUUUUUCUUUCGAGUGUCAUGCAUCACUGCUCAGAUAAGGUAAUAUGUUACCAAUAUUUGAGCAGCUCUUGUACAAGUCACCUUCAGUUCCACAUCUUUUGGGUAGAACUUUUCUGUUUGCUUUACCUCACUGUUGUUUCGCCCUGGGAAAGCAAAUUUUGACAGCCCCUUCUGCAUUGGUCUAGGAGUGCUUCUACCUUUUACAAGCACCCGGAGAAGGGAGGGAAUUCUCUCAGGUUGGAAGCAAAGAAAUGAACACAACUUACAAGGAAUUUAUACUAAAAUAUAUAUUUAAAAUGUCUGUUUGUCUAUAGCUCCCGGUCAUUCCUUUUAAUGUCAAUAAUUUGCCAUUCACUGAACCAAUGCUGUCUGUCUGGGCUCAGCUGGUGAACUUGGCUGGAAGUAAAGUUGAAAAACACAGAAUAAAGACUCCAAAUCAGGGUGUUUCAGGUAUGUUUUUCUUGAUUUAUAAAUACUAUGCUCACUCUAAAAGGAUGCUACUCUUAAACAGAUGAUGUCAAAGUGUGCUGAUUUGAAGAAUGUUUCUUAAUUGGUAGGUGUUUUAUGUUUAAUUUUAUCCCUAUUGUACCUUUAUUGCACACCACUUGGAGACUUGAAAACAUCUGUUUUCAGUCAAUAGAGCCUUAAGUUUGUAUUCUGAAUGAUAAGAAUGCAUGGAAGAAGUGAAUGGCAUUAAUUAUGAAUAUAUAAAACUAACACUGGGCUAAAGCAGUAGUGCCUCUUGGAUAUGAUAAAAAUACAGUUCAGUAUUUCUUUUUUCUGUUUCUUCAUAUCUUCAAGCUUUAUUUUAACUGUGUGUUAAAAUAUAAAGAGUUUCUACUAAUAAGCAUUCCAGCAGGAAUGGGAAGAAACAAAAAAGCACUGGUGAUUUUUAAAUGAACAGUGUAAUUUGUGAGUUUUAGGGCUGUACACUCCAACCCAGUGGUCCAACCUGAUCUGGGGAACACUUGACUUGGCCCCAAGUCAAUGGGUGUGUGUGUGAGAGAGUGAAGUCAUGCCAAAGCCAUGUUUCAGCCUACCAUCUUGAUCCAAAAUGGCGCCCAGCAUCCAAAUGCCAACCAAGACUGCUCCCCACACCUUGGGAUCUCUUGUGUCAAGUUUGGUAAUGAUAUAUUGAGAGCUGGCAGAAACUAUGCCCCCAAAUGGGCAAAGUCAUGCCAAAGCGAUGUUUCAGUCCACCAUCUUUGAUUCAAAAUGUUGCCACCGGUGUCCAAACACCAAUGAAGUCUGCUGCCCCCACAUUGAGAACCCUUGUGCAGAGUUUGGUGAUGUUAUCUCAAGAGGGCGGCUGAGCAGACAGACGGACAAACCGCUUUCUAAAAUAGAUAUUUGUAGAUCAAUUCUUCCUAUUUAUUUUGCUAAGAAAUGCCUAUCAUAUGUUUUGGACAGGCCAAAUAGACUUGGAUCUGCUCAGAUGCCAGCAGUUAAAACUGUACAUACUAAAAGCAGGUCGAGCUCUGCUUUCUCACCAGGAUAAAUUAAGACAAAUCCUGUCUCAGCCUGCAGUGCAAGAUGGCGGCUCACUUCCCACAGGUAAUAAUAUUCUGCUUGAUUACAAGGUUGAUAAGGAUUUUCUUACUUUUUUCUACUGUUGAAGUAGGCAGACGAACAGAGGAAAGGACUGGUUUUUUGUGCACGAUUGUCUUGACUUACCGUGAGUUCCUUUCUGGCAGGACAUACAUGGUGUUUUUUUUAAUGUUGAAAGUCAAAAAGGUGAAAGAAGAAGUAUUUUCCGUCUGUAACAAGCAAUUUCUUCCGAGCAGUAAUGUUCUCUAUAUAUUUUCAUAUGGUUUAAUAAUUGCAUCUGAAAGCAGAUACCCUGAAAGGAUAGAGCAAUAAAGAGAGCCACGCAGGGCCCAUUUUACUUCUAGGGAAUUGAUAUUCUUGUGUUUUAUGUGGAGAGUAUCCAGCAAUGAGUUACCCUGUUCCACUGAAACUAGGAAAUUAAUACGUCUUCAAGAAAUCUGAUACUUACCCAAUGUUAGUGAUGAUUGUCUCAUUGCCUGUUAAUUGCCCUAGAUUAUUAUUUUUUUUAAAAAAAUAAUUGAAUAAAAUCUCAGAUGGUAUAAACCCAUCAGUGGUUAUUUGAAAUCUUCCUCAAGCUUUCGCUGUGCUUAGCGAUUUCAGUCACUCGUGAGUAGAUGUUAUAAGUGAGUUGAAGCCCUUUUUCCAUUUCAGUUUUAACAUUUUUAUGUAACGACGUAAUAAAAAGAGAUAAUGGUAGUUCUGGAGGUAGACAUUUAAAUACAAAACAUCUCAGAAUUCAAAGCUUCAUUUCUUUGGAACAGAGAAUGUGAUGUACAUGUUCCUUUUUUAAAAAAGAAGAAGAAGAGGGGUUUGCAUUUGAAGUGAGACACCAUUGAAAAGUAAUCUGUUAUUGGAAGUGUAUUUCAGUUUCUGGUUGUUUCUGAAACUUAAAUCCACUUUCCUUGGCUUAAGAUGAUGGCGUAGUGACAUCACCUGAUGUUGGAGACUUGUCUCCUGAGGGACCUCAGCCACCCAUGAUCCUCUUGCAACAACUGCUGACGGCAGCAACACAGCCAUCACCUGUGAAGGCGAUUUUUGAUAAGCAAGAACUUGAGGUAAGAUCUGAGCAUUCUCCCAUUAAGGAGAAACAGUUAUUGUUUUAUUUAGAUAGACAAUAAUAGAAUAAAAGCUUUCUGCCAAGGCAAUUCAUAGUUUAAAGCAGUGGCUUGUAAUAUAAUAAGCUUUUCCUUCCUGAUCGUGUUUAUCUCAGAGACUGCCUACUGCCUCUAAUCACAGCGUCCAAUGCUGGUCACAGCUUCAGACUACAAGGUUCCUGGGUCAAGCCCUAGAUCUCCUGGUGCUUUGUUAGUUUGAAUGUGCCACAAGACCUGGCGUAAAUAAUAAAUCCUAUUAAUGUUGUACAGUGGUACCUCGGAAGUCAAACGGAAUCUCUUCUGGAAGUCCGUUCGACUUUCAAAACGUUCAGAAACCAAGGUGCAGUUCCUGCAGCCAAUCGGAAGCCGUGUCGGACAAUCAGAUUCCAAAGAACGUUCGCAAACCAGAACACUCACUUCUGGGUUUGCGGCGUUUGGGAGCCAAAACGUUCGACUCGCAAGGCGUUCAGGAUCCAAGAUACGAACUGUACUUUGUAAAUGUAUUACAGUUGCAAAAAGAUUUGUGUAUAUCUUCUUAUAGGCUGCUGCACUGGCUGUGUGUCAGUACCUGGCAGUCGAGUCUGCACAUCCCUCAACUCCAGUCUUUGAAGACUGCAGCUCCAGUGAAGCCACAACCCCUGUUACAGUCCAGCACAUCAGACCUGCAAAAGUGAAAAAACGCAAAGUAUCCCCUAUUCCACCGCUUCCUAUUGUGGUGCAGCUUAUGGAAAUGGGUUUCCCCAGGAAGAAUAUUGAGUUUGCACUGAAAUCACUUUCGGGGACCUCUGGAAGUGCUUCUGGGUUACCAGGUACUUUGCUUUUGUUUGUUUGAGGUUCAAGGAAGAACACGUUGCAUUAAGAUUUUGAGAAGCUGGAAAGUGCUUUGACGUUCAGUGAAUGAGAUAUUGUGGAAAUAGGGUAAUAUGAUGGAAAAGAGAAUGUGAGAAAGGGAAAAGGCAGCAAAAAGGACUAAAUUGCAGGUAGCCAGAAGGAAGGAAAGAAAAACAGAUGACCCCCAAGGUUGCAUACCUGAGAAACGGAACUAUAAGGGUUAACCAACAGUGAAAAGGGAUAGGAGGAUAUCACAGAAAAUGCACAGGGCUACACCUUCCCCACAUUUUUGAUGUUGAAUGAUUGCCAAAUGGUCUUAAGAGAUGAAAUUGAAGAGAGGUUGUGAAAAAUCGCCUGAAAAACAAGAAUUGAAUAUUUUGUUUUUUAAAUCUGGGGGAAUGAUUUGGUGCAGCCAAAGUUGACUGUAGGGUCGGUGAAGCACAAGGAGAAAAGUUAUUUUUUCUUGAACGUCAGGUCAAGUGAAUAAUACUGUUGAUGUCUGUAUUUAUUACGUCUUGCUGUAGGAGUAGAAGCCUUGGUGGGCUGGCUUUUGGACCACCCAGAUGUCCAAAUUACUGACCUCUCAGAUGGUGACACUGUAUCUGACGAGUAUUCAGAUGAAGAAGUAGUAGAGGAUGUCGAAGAAGCAGAAGCUGCAUAUCCCGUGGUAAGCGUUAGGAAUGGGAUCUUAGGAUUCUGAAACAACAUGUAGAGAGGCCAGUGUUCCUGAUAUGUCAGUCACAACUUUGGGCCAGGAAACCAAAAUGAACAUUCUUUGCAAUCAUUUCGGGAGUCUACAUUGCAGAGCACUUAGCAUUUAUAAUGUGCGUCAGAGUUAUGGAUUUUUAAAUUUUAUUUUAUUGCAGUCUACUGGUGCCGUUGUAACAGAAAGCCAGACUUACAAGAAGCGAGCUGAUUUCUUAAGUAAUGAUGAUUAUGCUGUGUAUGUGCGAGAGAACAUUCAGGUAAGCUUGACUACGAAGCCUGCAUUUGAACUGUAGUGUUCUCUAUUUGAAAAGGAUGAUAUUGAUGCAGCUGAAAUGCUGACGUGGAUGCACGUGGGAGGAGGAGAUAAACACGGAAGCUGCAAAUUGCUUUGAUAACUGCAAAAAGCUGCUUUAUUUAAUCUCCCAGCUGUUGCAAUCUGUUGUUGCUUUGCUCUAUUCAUAGAAGGCAUUGAUGGUCUUUGUUUCAUGGUAACGUCAAGGGGCUACUUCCUCCUUCCACAGUGUGUUUUCAGGGAUGUAACUGACUUGUACAGCAUCUGUUUUACAUGCAAAAGGUUCCCGUUUCAAACACAGACAUCUCCUGGCAGAGCUGGAAAAGACUCAUGCCUGUAAUCCUGAGCGCCACUACCAAUCAGUAUAAAAAGUACUAAGCUGGAUGGACGACCUCUGACCCUGAAUAAGGCAGCUUCCUGUGUUCCUAACAUUUUCAUUGGAUUAGAAAGCCAUUAGCUUGCGGUCAUCAUAGUAUUGUGUGAGGUGCUCUCGCUAGGCACCAAGUAUAGGCCUGAACAGAUCCCAUUUGGCUCUCCACCUCUGGAAUUUGGAUGAAAUCUUCAACCCAAACUCAGAGCUGGAGUCUUCCUUUUUGCCCUCCAGCAUGUGGUGUGGUUUAUAGACUGAAGCCACAUUGGGAUGAUUCACACAAUGCUCCGAAGGCGUUUGCUUGUGCAGAGAGGGCAUGUCUGACUUGCAGACCUUGGAUGCAUUGUUGUACGUGUGAACUACAAUACAUGAUCGUCCCCUGUUUCUUCUCCAGCUUUUUUUUUUUUUUUUUGAGGGCAGUGAUUGUGUGGAUCAUUGCAUUUUACUUGUGCAGGCCUGGUUCAAAAUAAUAGAAGCAAACCAUGCCCCCAGUUUGCUUGUAUAAGCUAGGAAUCGUGUGCCCCCCCCCCAAUGCACUAGCAGGGAGGAGUACAGAAGGCAAAAUUACAGACUGCCUUCAGAUGUCUUUAGAAGGUUUUGUGGUUGUUUAUCUGUUUGACAUCUGAUGAGAGGAUGUUCCACAGGGUGGGUGCUACUACUGAGAAGGCCCUCUGCCUGGUUCCCUGUAACUUCACUUCUUGCGUGUUCACGGCACGCUAUUAACUGGGCCAGUGAUUGCAAAUUCUCCUAAAUCACAGGGUAGUCUGUCUUGUUCAGGGUAGUUACUUUGAUACUGCAUUUCUGUUGAAGCUUCAGGUGGUAAAUAUUGAUCCAUUUUUUCCUCCUCCUAGGUGGGAAUGAUGGUUAGAUGCUGCAGGACAUAUGAGGAGGUUUGUGAGGGCGACGUGGGCAAAGUUAUCAAAUUGGACCGCGAUGGACUGCAUGAUCUCAAUGUGCAAUGCGAUUGGCAGCAGAAAGGUGGCACUUACUGGGUCAGAUAUAUCCACGUUGAACUUAUAGGCAAGUCAGUUACUUCAUUCAUUCAUUCUUCUAAUGCUGUCUUUUACACGCUCAAAAUCCAAAGACAUUAAUUUCAUUGCGUUUGCAUUUUUUAAAUAGGAUUCCCACCACAGAGCUCUCCAUCACACAUAAAGAUUGGCGACAAAGUGCGAGUAAAAACCUCCGUGACUACACCCAAGUACAAGUGGGGCUCUGUUACCCACAGGAGCGUGGGAGUUGUGAAAGGUAAUGUGUAUUCUUUAAAAGAAAAAGUUUGUUGGAUGGGUUUCACAGAAUUACGGACUUUGUUGUUUGUAGAAUUGUUGCCUGCAAGAUUAAUAUUGAACUGUUGGAAUGCUUAGCAAAUUCUGAUGAACAGGAAGUACAGUCGUACCUUGGUUGUUGAAUGAAAUCCAUUCUGGAAGUCUGUUCGAAUUCCGGAAAUAUUCAGAAACCAAGGCAUGGCCUCCAAUUGGCUGCAGGAGCUUCCUGCACUCAAUUGGAAGCUGCGUUGGACGUUCAGCUUCCAAAGAACGUUCACAAACCAGAACACUCAUUUCUGGGUUUGCGGUGUUUCGGAGCCAAAAUGGAUGAGUGCCAAGGUUUUCAACAACCAAGGUACGACUGUAUUGGCUUGGCUCUAAGUAUGUCGUUGUGCGAGCGGGAGGCACUUCUGCCCAUGUAAGGUGGCAAAUGUCAACAGCAUUUGCCAGUUAUGCUUUCCCAUUGCAGCUCUUCAUGGCAUCCCUUGCACUGUCCCAAAGACCUGGUUCGCAUGUUGCUCUAAGCCAAACUAUGGCUUAGUGUGAAUGCAUGCGUUCCCAGGAAAGAGGUCCGAGAAACUUCACUCCUCCCUUAUCAAUUUGCUGCCUCGCUAUUGUGAGCUAAGCCAUAGCUUAAUGUAGUGUGUGGACUGAAUUAGGGCUCAUGAUUGAGCUCUGCAUAACCAAGAGCAAACUUCCCCAGGAGCCUGUCUGCUCAUGCUAAGUCAUAGUAUGGCUUAGUGUCACAUGUGGACUAGGCCACUGUGUCUCUGAAUCCUCAGGAACAGGGUGUUUUUGGGGGGGUGGGGAAUAGGGACCAGCAGCAGGAAGCGGGGAGGUUGGAAAGCCCUGUUUUGUGAGCAAUGCUUCAGUCACAGAAUUUAGGGUCAAAGUUUUUUGGUAAACAAUCCUGACAUAAGACAUACCUGUUUGGCGGGUUGCGGGGGAUGUAAUGGAAUGGAGCUUGCUAUUUCCAUAAAUUGAUAUUCCAUUUUCAUAUGAAGGAGCUGUUAAUAAGGAACACUAUAGCCUUAAAAGUUACUUGGUCAUUCUGAAAGUCAUGUUGUGCUUUCCUCCACCUGACAGUUCAGAUUGCAUCAGGAAAGGGAGGGCAGUUUGUUGUGUUUUUGACACGAGCUUUCAAAUAGAGGCAGAGUGUCACAUAUGCCUGCUUCACAUUUUGGGUUUGAUUUAUUUUCAGGAUAAAGCAAUAGCUAUUACUGUUAAUAAUAAUACUGUUAAUAAACAGCAAUAGCUGUUCUCGAGUGAGAAGUGCUAGUUAGUGGUCUAAAAAUCUGGAUUAAAUACUGGUUUUCAGGUUCACAGAAAGCUCGUUGUUUUAAAGCAAGGAAUUGAGUACACCACUAAAUAUUUUAUACCAGAAGUUUCAUAAGUAGGAAAUAUCAGUACAGCAGUCACUGAAGUAUGUGUAUAUCUCACAAAUACUUUUUAUAUUUCCCAUUUCUUCUCUUGUCACAGCUUUUAGUGCCAAUGGUAAAGAUGUCAUUGUUGACUUUCCUCAGCAGUCUCAUUGGACUGGAUUACUGUCAGAAAUGGAACUUGUUCCCAGUAUUCAUCCAGGGGUUACGUGAGUGUGUUUUUUUAAAUAAUAAAAAGCCCUUUAACCAUUUUAUUGUGGCUUUUUCUUUAAGUUGCAUCUUUUUUCUUAUAGUGUUUCUAUAACAUAAAACAUGGCCUGAUUCCCCCCCCCCCCCCAAGAUGCAACAGGUAAAAAAACCUGAAAGAGUAGGCAUUUUUGUAGUAGACGGUAUAGAAUGAGAAUUUGUUUGGAUUAAAUUAUGUGAACGGAAUAGAAAAGCUAAUGUGAUAAUUGAAUUUUUGUUUCAAUUAGGUGUGAUGGCUGUCAGAUGUUUCCCAUCAAUGGACCCAGAUUUAAAUGCAGAAACUGUGAUGACUUUGAUUUCUGUGAAACCUGUUUCAAAACCAGGAAACAUAACACACGACACACUUUUGGAAGAAUAAAUGAGCCAGGUAUUAUACGUUAUAGCUUAAUGAAGUCUGAGACAUUUCUGCACAACUCUUUGUUGUGGGUAAAGUUUUUGGAAACCCCUGCUUCUGAUUAACUUUCAUUGGACCUCCUCUUUCUAAUAAACUCAGCAGAAUUCUUUAUUGUGAACAAAGCUUGUAGGAAGAGCUUUGUGCUGUGUUUUAGUGUUUUUUAUUGUAUUUUAGUGUUUUGUUGGAAACCGCCCAGAGUGGCUGGGGAAACCCAGCCAGAUUGGCGGGGUAUAAAUAAUAAAUUAUUAUUAUUAUUAACUCUACAAAUACAGUUCAGUAUAAUGCUCCAGCCUUUAGGAUAGCAUGCCCCUGAAUUAAAUAGUUGUCUUCAAAUCUACAACACUAACUAUUUACAAUAGGUCAAUCUCCAGUAUUUUGUGGCCGCUCCGGAAAGCAACUGAAGAGGCGUCACAGUAGCCAGAGAGGGAUGCUACUGGAUGAUUGGUCAAGAAUCGUUAAAAAUUUGAAUGUCUCAUCUUCCGUGAAUCAGGCCUCACGUUUGAUUGAUGGUGGGGACCAGUGCUGGCAGUCUUCUGGCUCCCAAGGAAAGGUGAGUUUUAAAGAAGUUGUUCGCGAGCUUCCCUCACAUUUCAGUGUAAUCUCCUCAUUGCUGUCACCAUCAUUUGAUAAAAGUAGAACUAUACCUGCAGAUAUAUAUUUUUAAAAAGCAAUACUGUUUUUAUUAUCUGAAACUACUUGCAAGUAUUGUAUUCUAAGAAGUAGUAGUCAUGUUCACAUGUAACUGUAGUCCACCGUGCCUCCAGAGAAUUUUAGAUAAUUGCAGUCAUUUCCCCCCCAGCACUGGAUCCGUUUGGAGAUUUUCCCUGACGUCCUUGUACACAGACUGAAAAUGAUUGUGGAUCCUGCAGACAGCAGCUACAUGCCCUCGUUGGUUGUGGUUUCAGGUAGGAGACUGUCAGUUUUGACUACAGGGAAUUGGUUUCAUUAUUGAGCAGCUUGUUUUGUUUACUUGCAGUAUGGUAAUACAGGCAGUGUCUGUUUUAGGUGCUUCCGAUACGUGUAUUCCAAACCUGGAAGUGACCUGAAAAUAUCACAAAAAGGGGUGGAGCAGGGCUUGGACAGAUCAGGGUGUUUAAUAUAAUAAUAAUAAUAAUAAAUUUUUAUUUAUAUCCUGCCCUCCCCAGCCGAAGCCGGGCUCAGACUGGCUAACAUCAGUCAAAUAAUACAACAUUCUAAAAUCAUUUCAUUAUAAAAUUAAUUCAAAUCAGAUCAAUGGCAACCAUUGGGCUAGAGUUCUGUGAGGAUUGCCAAAGGAGGGAGGGAGGCUGUGCCCUGGCCAAAGGCCUGGUGGAACAGCUCUGUCUUGCAGGCCCUGCGGAAAGAUGCCACAAGGCCCUAGUCUCUUGUGACAGAGUGUUCCACCAGAUUGGAGCCACAGCCAAAAAAGCCCUGGCUCUGGUUGAGGCCAGCCUAACCUCUCUGUGGCCUGGGACCUCCAAGAUGUUUUUGUUUGAAGACCGUAAGUUCCUCUGUGGGACAUACCAGGAGAGGCGGUCCCGUAAGUACGAGGGUCCUAGGCCAUUUGCAGGCUUUUACAAUGGUUUCAAAUAUACAUGAUUUCACUUAACAUGCGGUGCCUUGGAACAUAACCCCUGCAUAAAUUGGGAGUUGCCUGUACUGAAAAACAACAACUCCCAAAUUAAAAAUAAUCCAGCAUGCAUCUCUUUCCUUAUGCUGCAGGUGGAAGUUCUUUAAACAACCUCAUAGAGCUGAAGACAAUCAACAUUAAUCCUACAGACACCACAGUUCCUCUUCUCGGUGAUUGCACAGAGGUAGGUUAUUGCUGCUUAUAGGGAAGACUAAUUAAGAAAGUUGUGCAUCAAACCCAUGUAAGAUGUCCCGUAUUUUUCGCUCCAUAAGACACACUUUUUCCUCCUAAAAAGUAAGGGGAAAUGUCUGUGCGUCUUAUGGAGCGAAAAUGUGGUCGAUCGCUGGCUCCCUUUCCGGCCCCGUCCCCUUGCCCAGGCCUCCAUUGUUGAAUGUUCUGCAGAUGGAGGCUGUUUGUUUCCCCAGCGACAUGUGACUGGCUAAUUAGUAUCUGUCUGGAAACUGUAGAAACCCUCCCUUUCCUUUCCUAAAGAAGCUUUAGAACUGUGAGUUGAACCCCAUAAAAACAUGAUUUUUUUCCCUUUGCAAAGUAAGCUCAACAACUUUGAGCUGAUCCCCCCCAAAACGGGGCUUUCCCCUUUUCCUCCUCUAAAAACUAGGUGCAUCUUAUGGUCAGGUGCGUCUUAUGGAGCGAAAAAUACGUAUUUUCUCUGUGUUUCCCCCAUGGCUUUCAGCUACAAGGUGUCAGAUUUAAAUUCCCUGCUGUUAUUGUGAAGUUUCUUUUGUCACAUUCUUUUUUGAGCGCAUGAGGAAUUUUUUUGUUUGCCAAGAAACCAUGCUGUGAUAUCUCCACAGCAAUGUUGCUUAAUGAGGACACUGGCUGGAGUUUAUGUAUCUGUUGUUUAAAUCGUGAACAAAAUUAAUGUUUUUGUGAGCCCCGUCCCCUCCUUUUGUUGGGUAUAGUUGCAUAUGCAUACAAGGCAGAUGCCGCGUGUAAAGAAAAAGUAAAAAUCCAUUGGAAUGCAGGAAGACACUUGUCAGAAUCCCAGGGGUCUGUCAGAGGUUAGACCUAUUAUGUGGGUGAGGGUCUCGCUCUGAAAAGUAAGAGUGCCUCAGGUUUACCCAAAGCAAUAAAGGUCUUACCAAGUUAGGAUGGCUCAUUACAGAGCACACCUGAGCAGAAUUAAGAACAGGAGAGGUUCUUUCAUUUAUUCAGGCUUUUUAUUAUUAAAAAGAUUCCCUUUUAUAUUAAUAAAACAGGAGGGAGCAGAAAGGUCAGAAGUAGGUAAAAAUGGAUACAAGUCCAUACAUAUAUAAUUAAUUCAUUUCCCUUUUCAUAGUCUCAAUCAUAAUAUUAAAGCAGGCAGGCAGGCAGUUCUCUAGAGUCUUCUAUCCUUUUGUCACGUAUUUUCUUAAAUUUGUGGCAUUAUGUGUUGGUUCUUACUAUACUUAAUCCUUUUUAAUUUCAGUAUCAUAGGUAUAUUGAAGUGGCUAUAAAGCAGUGCAGGAGCUCCGGCAUUGAUUGCAAAAUACACGGUCUCAGCAUAUUGGGGCGUAUUCGGGCAGAGGAUGAAGACUUGGCUGCAGUCCCCUUUCUUGCUUCAGAUAACGAAGAAGAUGAAGAUGAUAAAGCUAACACUGGGAGGUAUGGAAUAUUAGAGCAAAGAUCUCUUAUAAAACACCACAUGUAACUGCAUACUGCUGAACUUGUUGGGACUUUCAAGUUCAGGAUUAGGAAUACUUUGUCCCAAACGUUCCUCAAUUUUAUUUUCUUUAACAGAUUAUUGAUUUAUUGAUUAAUUUCUAUACUGCUUAAUAUAUUAAAAAAUAUCUCUAAGCGGUGUACCAAAAACUGACGCAACAACCAGAAACUUAAAUUUUUAAAAAUACAGUGUUACGUAUUAAUAUGUUACAUUAGUACAAAGCUACUACAUCUGUCUCAAUUUCAAUUCAUUAUUUUCACAAAAAUAGUUGUGAUGCAGUUGUUGCAAAUAAAUUGUGAAUAGCUGGGUGACAAAUAAAAUUCUAGGGACAAUCCCAAUAUAUAAAUUGGAAAGUUAACUUAUUGCUUGCUUGCUUGCUUAGCCUUGUUAGAAAGAAGACGACAGGCCUGGAAUCAGCAGCGACAAUAAGAACCAAAGUUUUUGUUUGGGGCCUGAAUGACAAAGACCAACUAGGAGGAUUAAAAGGUUCUAAGGUAUUGGGUGUUUUGUUUUUUUUUAAUUGAAAUACAUGAAAACAAUGUUGUGCUUCCUUUCUUCUUUGUGUGUCUCUGCGUGUGUUGCAAGGCAAUACCACCUUAAAUGUCUUGUCAUGCCUCUUUUUUUCUGGAUCAUUUGUUUAUUUAUUAAAUUUACAUACAGCCCUUCAGCCAAGGAUUAGGCCUCUUCUUAACAGCUGCCAGUUGCUGCGGAUUUAACAUCCAUGCAGCAGCUUCAGCUGUGUUAUGGAGGAGACCAUCCUUGUUAAAAAAAACUUGGUUCUAUGCAGUGGUCAGGACCGGAACACCUAAAAUCCUAUAAGCAAUAUGACAUAGUAGAACGUUGUCUACUGUCAGAAGCAGUAUGGCUCUGAAUCUCAGCUGCUGGGAAGGACAAGCAGGGAGAGCACUUGUAUUCACUCACUGCUCGUGGGCUUGGCCAAUAGGAGUACGGGAUGCUGCACAUAGAUAUACUUUGGUCUCAUCUGGCAGGACUUCUGUUCUUAACAGACUUGCAAAGAUGAGUUGUUGCGGUUUUAUUCUUGGGCUUCUUUCGGAAAGCAUUGGCUUCCAUUACUUGAAAGCAUAUGACCCAAACUUGAAAGGUAUUUCAACUAGCAACUUAUUUCUACCUUGAUUAAGGAACAGCUGUUCAAUAGCUAGUCAAUACAUUGUGUGGAGUGGCUUACAGGGUCCUAGUAAUGUAAACAAGAUUAGCAUAUAUCGUGUCAAGCUGGCAACUGUGCAUAUUUCCUGGCGGCCAGGAAAUAAGCCUUUGGUCAAAAGGGAGAUGUGAAUGCUGGUGCUAAAUGAGAUGCAGGGACACUUAAUUCAUAACUUAAAAACCUUUUGAAUAAAAAGAGUACUCUUUGAAUGUGCGGCAAGCAUUCACUCGAUGAUCAGAAGAUGACAGCUAAGAUUGAGAGAACAGUUUUCGGUAUGCCACAGGCAAAUCAGUGCUUUUGAAACACCUUACGCUUGUUUAUUUUCUGUAUAAUUUGCGUUUUACAGAUAAAGGUUCCUUCGUUUUCCGAGACCCUCUCUGCCUUGAAUGUGGUGCAGGUAGCUGGGGGAUCCAAAAGCCUUUUUGCAGGUAGGGGAGCUCUCUGUCACGCAGCUUUUUAAAUCUACUGAUAUGUAAGAUGUCGUGUUUGUUUUAGAAAACAAAGCUGCUUUCGGCUGUCCUAAUUUCUCCGUAAUGGAACUCUGAGUUUCUCCUGUCUUUUAGUGACUGUGGAGGGUAAAGUGUAUGCCUGCGGAGAGGCCACCAAUGGAAGACUGGGAUUAGGCUUAUCAAGUGGAACUGUUCCCAUUCCCCGGCAGAUUACUGCUCUCAGUAAUUAUGUAGUCAAGAAAGUUGCAGUUCACUCAGGUACCAAAUCUGUCCUUUCCUAUCUCUGGGAAUCAGUAAGAUUAUUAUGUCAAAUUGAAAUAGGCUUCUUAUCCAAACUACUUUGGAUGUCAAAAUUACUUUGCAUGUCAGUAUUCUUCUUGCUUUCUCUCUGCACGGUACUCUGCAUAGGGAAGUGUUACGUGUGAAAGGGCAAGUGCCGUAUCUAGUCUUAGAAACUUGUGUUAGCGGGGCACUUUCUCUGUGCUAAUACUGCGAUGAAUAUUGCAAAACUAACUGCUGAGUUUUUAUCAAUAGCAUCUCAUACAGUGGUGAAUGGCACUAUUUAGCGGGAAGGAAGCUCCAUUGAAAAUCCUCGUUAUUUCAUAUUUUUACAUGGCUCUUUAUUUGUAUAUAUUUUAAAAUUUUACAUACGGAUGUUUUAUGAUAGCCUAUAUUUGUAAUGCCUGAUAAAAUUUUGGUGAAGUAAGUAAGUAAUAUUGUGAAAUGUAGAUAAGGGUUUGAAUGUGUGCAGCCAUGUGAUGGGGUGAAAGUACAGAGUGAAAAUAAGCUAAUUGAGUUGUUGUUUUGAGUUCCCCCCAUUUCCUCAUUUAGCAGGGUGGGAAAUACUUAAAUGUAUUGUAAUUACAUUGUGGUGUUUGUUAGCAAACUGAGAUGCUGCACACAGCGGUCUCUAGUUACUUAGACUUGCCUGAUACAGAAAGGAGGCUGUCACAUUCUACAUACGCAUUAAACCAUACUUUAAAACAACGUUCACGAUUGGAGCCACUAUGUUUUCUGGUUGGAAUCACUAAACCCAGUUUCAUUUUUUUACAGCUAACCCUCUGAUCUGAACAUGAUCUUCCUGUUCUGCUUUGGGUUCAACCAAGAAUUUCAAAUGAGCUGUUGAGAGUGUGUUCUGUUUUUGUGUAAAAGCAAAAAUGCAAUGCGGGUUUCAAUCAGUUUUAGUUAGAUAAUUUAAUAUUAGAGAUAUACACAAGGCAUUUUGUCAUGGAAGGGAGUGCAGGGAAGCCACUGUUGCUACCAACUUUUCUGAAGAGGUUUCUUUCUACUGUUUGAUUCUCCCUUUCCCCCCCUCUAAUCUUGGUGUGUUACCUUGUCAACCUUCUCAUAUUCUUAUCCAUUCCAGGUGGCCGCCAUGCUAUGGCUUUAACUGUUGAUGGGAAGGUAUUCUCUUGGGGCGAAGGAGAUGAUGGGAAACUUGGACACUUCAGUAGAAUGUAAGGAUGCCAUUUUUGCUGCUGCUCUGAGCUUGCUGGAUAUUGGACACUCAGUUCAUUUAGCUUGUGAUACCUAAUUUAAAGUUUAAUUAAAUAACCCGACUAAACAAACACAAUGUAUUUUGGGUUUUGUUUUUGUUUUCAGGAACUGUGAUAAACCAAGGCUGAUAGAAGCAUUGAAAACAAAGCGUAUCCGAGAUAUUGCCUGUGGAAGUUCUCACAGUGCUGCCAUCACCUCCAGUGGUGAAUUGUAUACAUGGGGCCUCGGGGAAUAUGGUCGACUGGGACAUGGAGACAACACUACGCAGCUUAAGCCAAAGAUGGUAAAAUCAGAAUAUGUUUUCCCACCUUAGGUCACUUCAGUGCAUAGGCUUGCUGAAAUACAGCAAAAGUAGGAAAACAGCCCAAAUGCCCUCACUCAGUAUAUAGUAGAGGUGACAUUUAAAAAUAAUGCUCUGGGUAUCUGGAUCAGAGAUGGGCCUACCUAAUGAGGUGUGUGAACUGUACACCCCCAUUUAUUGAAUGCCCUCCCCUCUGAGAUCUGGCUGGUGCCAGCGUUCUUUCCUUUUCUGUCACAUUGCCCUUUGGGAGGGGGUUAAUUUAUCAAGUACAGCUGCUGAUGGAUGCAUUGCCUGCUAGAUGAAUAUAUUGGGUAAGGAAUUUUUUAUCAUAUUGGCUAUUAAACUUUGGAUCUCUUACCUAUGUGUUAUUUUGAAAUCCACCCUGAGAUAAUGAAUAAAUAAAAUGGUAAGCUUCUUUCUUCUUCAUUGGAUCAGGAGAAGACUUAGUCAGUGUUGUUGCUUUCUUUAAUUAAUUGCAGCUUACACAGACCCAAGUUUCUGGAUUGUUUUAUUGUUGGUUAGCAGCAAUCACAGAUAUCAAAGCGCUCAGCCACUCUUCCUUCUUCCUCUUUUAGUCUUCCGUUCUUGAGAUCUGGAAUGGGAGCAUACAGACCUUCUUUUUGGGUGUGGGUGGGGUGGGGCUUAAAUCAACUUUUUUCUCUUAAGUUCACUGUGCCAAAUUGAAUUUCUGGCCUAAACUGGUAUCCGUAGAUCAACUGUAUCUCUUACAUUGUGAGCAAAUUGCACACAGUUCAAAAUGAAUGAAUGAACCUGCUGUGUUUUCUGCCUUGUAGGUCAAAGUGCUCCUUGGUCAUAGGGUCAUUCAGGUUGCUUGUGGGAGCAGAGACGCUCAGACGCUGGCCUUGACCGAUGAGGGUAAGUAACCUCUCCUCCUUAUUGCCGCUUUAAUACCGUAUGGCCGUUGCAGCAAUUAACACAAGCCUGUUUUCCUUAGGGCUCGUAUUUUCCUGGGGAGAUGGAGACUUUGGAAAACUCGGUCGAGGAGGAAGCGAAGGAUGUAACAUUCCUCAGAACAUUGAAAGGCUGAAUGGCCAGGGAGUCUGCCAGAUAGAGUGCGGAGCUCAGUUCUCUUUGGCUCUAACCAAGUCUGGGGUGGUUUGGACAUGGUAUGUCACGUUUAACAAAUUGCACCCCCCCCAAUUGUCAUAAAACCAGCCAAACUGAUAGGAAGAAUGGAAUCGUAGGGUUGCAUCCUGAUCAGUCGUCAGAGACACACAUAAUCAUCCUAUCAAUGUUAUUGUUUCGUCUUCAGGGGCAAAGGCGACUACUUCAGACUAGGACACGGAACAGAUGUCCAUGUACGAAAACCCCAAGUGGUAGAAGGGUUGAGGGCGAAGAAGAUCGUGCACGUGGCCGUAGGUGCACUCCAUUGCCUAGCAGUCACUGACACAGGGCAGGUAAGAACCAUUUGUCAGUCCAUCACAAGACCAUUACAUGGCAGUAAGUUCCAUGGGAUCUACUUGCCAUAACUUGUUCUGGACUGAAUUUUGAGCUCCUGGCAAUGAAUAAGUAAGUGCUGGAGCAUGGAAUGCAGCAAUGGAAUUGUGUGAUGAAUCACUUAAAACCAUUGCCAUUAUUGGCUCUUCUUCCAACAGCGCUGUAGGAUGUUUUCCAGUGCAAUUUACAUUUCACAGUUUUUGCCACAUUGUCCAUUAUAUUAAGUGGUUCUAUCUCAGCAAAUGGAAUCAUGUUUGUCCUCUUCCUCUUCCCCUUCCCUUAAGCCAGUAAGAAAGAACAAACAGUGUGUUUUGUUUAUAGUCUUCAUUUAGCAAAUGCAGUUAUUGUAAAAUGAUUAUCUUUGUUCGCUUAGAAUAUUUAUGUCGCCCUCUUAAUCAGUGGAAUUUAUGAGGCACUUGGCAAAUACAAAACCACAGAAAACUUCCACAGAGGUGACAUUUGGCAACAGAAACCAAAUAUAGUAGAAGCAUCAAAUAAUCUUAGAAGAGUAAUAUAUUUGGGUGCCUUAAAAAGUCAGCAACGAGGGAGCCUAAUGAAGGAAUAGGAAUGAUUUUCCAGAGGCAUGUGCUGUAAAGUCCCUAUUCCUCAUUGCCACUCACUUUGCUUCAGAAAUAGUCACCAGGAAGCUAUAUGAAAUUAUUUUGCCAAGAAUUUUAAUUGCAUUUGGAAACACUAGAAUAAAUAUAUCAACACUGCUGGUGAAGCAGUCAGGGAGAUAGAUGCUAACGUGGAUCACCUGCUUUUUUUGUUCCUAAAAUUAUUUUCAUAAUUGUUUGGCCUGUAUUGGGACUUCAUAGCGGCCAGUGAUCUUUGGUCUAGUUCACAUGUACACUAAGCUAGUCUGUGGCUUAGCAUGAAUGAUUUAACAUGCGCACUGCACAUUAGGAAAGAAUUGUGGCUGCUUCAUUCUUCCCCUGCUGCUGCAAUGCCAAGAGUUACAUGCGGACUUGGGCUUGUCUCCCCCAACAAGCUACAAGCAGUAAGCCAAAACCAAACUGUGCUUUGAAGUGAGACACCCCAGUAGCCCGGGUUUGGAGGUAAUAGUAAGCCAAACUGUGAUGUAGCUCUUGAUAGCAAAGCAGCAGCACCAGCAGGAGGAGGGGAGGAGGAGCAGAAACAAAAAUGCACUCCUUGUUCACUCUUAGCCAUGCUAUAACUUGAGCCACUAUGUAAAAUUUUUACUACGCUGUAUUUCUUUUGAGUGUAGUAGCAUGUGCGAUGAACUGUGCCUUUCUGGAAUCAUUAUUCAAGCCGGUUGCUCCAGUUCCAUUUAGACUGAAAUUUAACCUCCAUUGGGUUGAAUUUCAGCAAAGAUAAUGGGGCGUAUGGAUACAAGCAGCAGCUUUUUUUGGUGGGUCUGAAUGACGUGUGACUGCGGAUGUGCGCACAGUGCAGAACCUGAAAAUAGCCCCAAAAUAUCAUAAAGACAUCACAAAAUGGGGUGGAACGGGCUUUCGUUUGCUCUUCUGAUGUGUGUGGGGGUCCAGAAUGUAACCCACACACAAAACGAGGAUUACCUCUACACAACUGAGUUCAGAGCAAGAUUCUGCAUCUGUUAGAUAUUCCGUGGCUCAAUCAUUUAUCCAUAUUACUUUGAGUGUGCUGCAUGUGAAAUUUUCACCGAAAAAGAGAGAUGCACAGAAUGAUUUGAUUUAUUGGCAGGUUUAUGCUUGGGGAGAUAAUGAUCACGGACAGCAAGGCAAUGGGACAACUACAGUCAACAGAAAGCCCACUCUGGUGCAAGGUUUGGAAGGCCAGAAAAUCACCCGUGUUGCUUGUGGGUCUUCCCAUAGCGUGGCUUGGACAACCAUGGACGUAGCUACACCCUCUGUGCACGAACCCGUUCUCUUUCAAACAGCGAGAGACCCUUUAGGAGCAUCCUAUUUGGGUAAUAUAAAUAAAUAAAUGACAAAUAAGUGUAAGAGAGGAAAGCGGUGUGGUGGCAUUGUUGCUGUUGUGUGUGUUUAGCAAAAUAGUAUCGCCAUAGAGAGAAAGCUAGUGGCCAGACCUCAGCCUUGUGGGAUCUACUGGACUGAAGAACAAAAGAUAGACACUUGAGGUUGAAGAAUUCUGAGCCCAGGAAUUAGUUUUGAGGAGCCAAACUGUGAACCGUGUUCACCCGCCUUCCACACAAAAACCCAUUCCUAGUUAUCUGGUUUUAAUUCCUCCCUACUUUUUUCAUUUAAAUCAAAUAAUUCUUUGGAGGGGGGAGAGGAAGGGGGUGUCUGCAAGGUUUCUGACUCUCAAGUUCUUGUUCAGUUUCAAAUAAGGCCUCUGCUAAAAGAGGGUUGCUAACCAGGGCCAUAGAGAAAGAAAGGAGUGCCAGUGCCAGCAUAGUGUGGGUGGGUGUGUAGGUGUGGGUUUGCGUACACAUACACACACACACACACACACACACACACACAUGUAAGGAUGCAUUUGAUGUAAAUAUUUUUUUGUGUAGUCUUCCCCCCCGCCCAGCCUUCUGGUACUAAUUUGAACUGAAAUUUGACAUGCAAAACAGGACUGAAUUAAUUGAAGAGUCAUUCUAAUGGUAAAAUAUAAGUUUUCUUCACAGUGUCAUCUUAAAAAUACUGAACAUAGCAAAAGAUAAAGGUGUGUGUGAGAGAAAUUAAGGGAGAACGAGAUUGUAUGUUUAUGAGGGGGCAGGGAGACAUGGAAUGGAAAUCUAUAAACAAUGACAGAAGGAGCCAAAUAUCUUGCCUAGUUUAUAUUUGCUCCCAAACUAGCUUUGGGCUUCCCUGCUUGUUCUUCUGUGGCUGAGAAGUCUGUGUGUAAAUUUGUCCUAAUGGGAAACCUGGAAAUCUUUUUAUUUUUUCCUGUAGGUGUCCCAUCAGAUGCCGAUUCUUCUGCUGCUAGUAACAAAAUCAAUGGUGCAAACAGCUCUAAACCUAACCGGCCUUCACUUGCCAAGAUCCUUUUGUCACUAGAUGGCAACCUUGCCAAACAGCAGGCAUUGUCUCAUAUACUGACAGCAUUACAGAUCAUGUAUGCCAGGUAAGCUUGGGCGUAAGGAUACAUGGUUAAGUACAUUUUCUUUGGACCUGGCUCUUACACUCAGGUUUUCUGAUGCCUGUUAGAUGCUGUGAAAGGAAAUUGCUCAUUUCACAAAUCGUAUUAGUACACCAUUUGGUUCAGAAGUUUGUCGGUCACUUUUUCAUCUGGAGUAUAGUUGUUUUUUUGGGUGUGUGAUGCAGAUGUCCAUGCAGAUUGGACAGUUCAUAUAAUACGAGUUUUCUGUUUGGUGUUAAAUAAACUUGAUAACAGGUCAAUUUUUAGUGGGUUGGAGGGGGGGAGCAACACUUGUAUGUGUAAUUUUUCAUAGCCAAAGCAGACCUGGUAAAGAUAUUGCUAACUUAUUUAGGGUGUCUUUGUUACAAGUUUUGAAAUGUUUUACUUGUCCUCAGUCUCUUUUGACUUCGUCUUUUCUGCUUAUCAUGUAUUUUAUUUUUAAUUUUUAAAAAGAAUGGUAGGCUAUAUUCUGUUUUGUGGCCUCUCCUGUUAGGGAUGCUUGAACUAAGAGGGUUCUUUAUUUGUGCUACUGCUGGAUCAGGUGCCAUGAUUCCGUGCGACUUUAUCACAGUGUAAUUUUUAAAAAGGCUAAUAAUGAAUCUGAUGUCUUUUCUGCCCAGUGAGGCAAGUGUAAUGUAACACAAUAAUAUUCUGAAUGCUUUCCUUUUUUAUUUUAGGGAUGCUGUGGUUGGAGCACUUAUGCCUGCAAGUAUGAUUGCGCCAGUGGAAUGUUUGUCUUCCUCGCCUGCUCCUCCAGACCUUUCUUCUACGGGCAAUGCACCCAAUGGGGAAGAUAGUAUGCUAGUGGUAGAUGUGGAAGAGAGAUUGAGCCCAACCCCAUGGCAAGACAGGAAAGUGGAGGUAAUUCCCCCCCCCCCCGAACUCCCCACCCCCUCAACUGAAUUAUUAGAAAGAUGGGUAGUAGAAAACUUUCAAUUGAUCGUCUAGAUUUGUUUGCUUGCAUUUAUACAUUUCAGCAUAGAAGGUUUUGUAUUGUUUGCAAUCCAGCUUGCGAGAUUUAAAAAUACAGUGGUACCUUGGUUCUCGAACUUAAUCCGUUCUGGGAAUCCGCUCGACUCCCAAAACCUUUCAAAAACCAAGGCGCGGCUUCCGAUUGGCUGCAGGAGCUUCCUGCACUCAAGCGGAAGCUGUUUUGGAUGUUCGGCUUCCGAAAAACGUUCGCAAACCGGAACACUUACAGGUUUGCCGAAUUUGGGGGCCAAGCUGUUCGAGAACCAAGGUACCACUGUAGUCACUUGCGGAGUGAAUUGCACUACACCCAGAAAAGUAAACUAGCAUGAUUUUUAAGAGUUAGCUCACAUAGUAGAUGCUAAGGAUACAAAUUUAAAUUUCCGCAUAUUACAUAAUUGCUUGAAAAAGGCCGUCUUGAGCAUUUAUCUUACGGAAGGACUCCGGAAGGGAAUUUUUAGUGGAAGAAAGGCUACUGAAGAAGAUGGCAAGCCCAGCUGAGCUUGUUUGGCUUGCAUUUUAGUUGGUAAGCUCUUGCCAUGGCAGCGAUGCUUUGGUGCAAUGAAAAUAAUUGGGCAAAGGUGAACUUCUGAAAAAUGUUAAUUUAGGGUAGUUGUGUACGGUACUGUUGUGGUUAUGGACUUGUUUUUUAUACUGCUUAAACAGGAUGCAAAUGCUAUGCAAAGUCCUGCUGUAUCUGAUUCAACAAGCUUUCUUACUGUCAUGCAACUCUGCUUGGCUAGGUGGCGUCUACGGACGAUGCUGUGACUCCUUCUGCUGUAACUCCUUCAGCUUCUGCAGCCUCAUCUCGUCCUUUUAUUCCUGUUACCGAUGAUCCCGGAGCAGCCAGUAUCAUAGCAGAGACCAUGACCAAAACCAAAGAGGUACCGUUUCUGUUUUUUCCACUGAUAUAUUGCAUUUCCCUGAAAGUAACUGAACGUGGGUGGUGCUUGACAGAGUUUAUGCAGAUUGUGCCGCAGGAUGCACCAUGUGCAGGCUGGGUUCUUGGGUAGCUCCUAUGAUCAUCACAUUAAUCUUCCUUUUUAUGCACUAGUUUGUAUUUAUGCAAAAUACCAAUUUUUAGUUAAUGGCAUUCCGUAGACCCUAGAGCAGGCAUAGGCAAACUCGGCCCUCCAGAUGUUUUGAGACUACAGUUCCCAUCAUCCCUGACCACUGGUCCGGUAACUAGGGAUGAUGGGAGUUGUAGUCCCAGAACAUCUGGAGGGCCAAGUUUGCCUAUGCCUGCCCUAGAGGUAAAUGCAACUUAGAAUUGUUGGGACAAUAAUACGAUACACCACAAUCUAACAGUAUUAUCUGUUUUGGAUCGCUGAACUUGUCCCCUCUAAAACCUUUGCCACGUCUGUCAUUUUUGAAGUGCUAAAAAUACGUAUUUAGCAGGUAGGCUGAAAAUAAGCCUGUGAGACCACAGAAUCCAGGCCCAGAGAUUUGCUUUCUUGAUGGGCUUGUCCAGUGUGUGCUUCUGUCUUUGGGCACCUCCUUUAGGCUUCUGUGUAUUCUCUUCAUCUGCCUUUUCUUCCAUUUUGUUUUGAAGGAUGCAGAAAGCCAAAGCAAAGUCUCUGGUCCGGAGCCCCAGUACUUGGAUGAGUUCACUGGUCUUCUGGUGCCAGAUGACACCCGAGUCAUGGUGGACCUCUUGAAGCUGGCUGUGUCCAGCCGCGCUGGAGAGAAGGGCAAGGAUGUCCUCUCAGCUGUGCUGUCCGGCAUGGGCACUGCUUACCCUCAGGUGACCUUGGGUUUUGCUUCAUCAGUUGCUCUGUACUUGUAAUGCUUCUUAAGUAUACUGACAUUCCUAAUGUGGUUAAUACACAGCUGAGAAGUCAAAGACUGCUGCAGAUAUCUAGGAAUAUCAGUGAACAUUUGUAUACACAAACACACACACCUGAGAUGGCUAAAGAUGUUUACAGAGUAUUCUUCAGCAGCCUUUGCAAUCUGUAACUGAAUUGAGAUGAAACUUUAGAACUGGAAAGAAGUUAAUUUAUUGAACAAGCUGGCAAGGUUGAAAUUUUGUAGGGCAGGUGCAUACAUGCAUAGCAAGUCGGUGGGGAAACCUGGUCCUUGUCUCCUCUGUUUUAUUUAAAAUUUAUUUGUUUACAUUAUUUGUAGCCCACUCUUCACUGAACGUUUUCAGUCCCAGAGCAAGGGAACACAGUAAUACAAAUAAACUGAAAAAGAAUAUACAAAAUCCCAUAAACAGGGCCAAUAAACAAUGAAACAGUUCUACCAUAAGGUAAACAAGCAAAAUUGCAACAGCAUAAAUUAGUAUUUCCAAUUUAACAAAAUAAAGGCCUGAAAGUCAGUAAGGGCUGCUGGGUAAUGAUGUCCAGGUGGAUUUGCUGGCUACCCCCAUCUCUCUUCAAUGUGAUUUAUUUAUUUAGCAUUUCCUUUAUUCUGCACCUUUUUCUUGUUGCCAGCAAAUUACCUCUCAGAGGCAACUUCACUCCUGGACUGAAGGAUCAGCUUGCCUCCUACCCAAUGCCUCCUUGACAUUUAGGCACUGGCGUAGCGUGGAGGGGGCAGGGGGACUGCGGCCCUGGACCCAGAAGCUUGGGGGGUGGCUAGCACCUAGCCAUCAGCAGCAAGGGUUGGGUUAGUGCGCUCCUGCCCCAGGCACUGGCAGACAGCGCUAUGCCCCUGCAUCUAGGGACUGUUUCACCUUGUUUUCUACUAUAGAUUUUGCUUGAAACAACCAUUGCAAAUUUUUAAAAUUUACAUGCCAUUUCUGAUAGCUACCUUAAUGUUUGUUUUAAGCAUGCUUUUGUUGGAACAUCGAUUGACCUGCAAAAAGAAUGAGGAGCAUCUAUGUAUGCAAAAAAUAAAUCUCGCGAGAUUUGUAUUUUCAGGUUGCUGAUAUGCUGCUGGAGCUGUGCGUUACGGAGCUGGAAGAUGUGGCAACGGAUUCACAAAGCGGUCGCCUGUCUUCGCAACCGGUGGUGGUGGAAAGUAGUCAUCCGUAUACAGAUGAUACUUCUACCAGUGGCACUGUUAAAAUACCAGGUACUAAAUUCUCAUAAGGUGUACACUCAAAGGUGCAAAUGGAUUCUAUGCCUUCACUAAAAUUUAUACACCAAAUGAAUAGGGCUACUGAAAGUGUGUGGUUUCAUCAAGUUUUGUUAGGGUAGUAAAUCAUGCAUGUUUGUAGCUGCUAGCGGGGCUUAAAUUUCUCUAAUGUAUAUAAACAACAACAACAACAAAAGCAGUGCAGUUUGUCCUUAACAUUGUGCAAAGAUUGCUUGAUUAUCCCUGGGCACACAGAUGUUAUGAUAGAGGGCAAUACUUCCAUCAUCGUUUCACUAAUGUUUUUUGCAACACAAUGGCUUUUAUAUCAAUUAGGACAUAACUGUUUGGUGGAUAUUUUAGAUUCAUUCAGAAGUAGCUGUGUCCAUAUUUUCCAUUGAAAUCAUAGCAUAUUUCUUUAGUAAAAUAAUAAUUUUUGUUGCAAGUGCUAGUACGCUCAGCUAAACAGCUGAAGUUCAGGUUUGGUGUUGUAAAAGGUACACACAAGCCUAUGAAUGCUUUGUACUUCAGAUGCUUAUCCUGCAGGGUUUUAAAUUAACCUGUCAGAAAGAUGAUGCUCUUUUUUAAAAAAAGAAAAGAAAAGAAGGGGCUUUACUUCUGUGGCUUUCACCCUUUAGGCGCUGAAGGGCUUCGAGUAGAAUUUGACCGUCAGUGUUCCACAGAACGACGCCAUGACCCACUCACCGUCAUGGAUGGAGUCAACCGGAUAGUUUCUGUCCGAUCAGGUAAUGAGACAAUAUAUCAGAUUGAGCGUUGUGCCAAACGCUUUAUUGUUCUUUGUGUUUUAUCAGCAAAAAAACGUAUUACAGAUUGGUCUCUUAACAGGGGUGAGAAACCUUUAUAUAAGGAGGGUGGUAGGUCUAUGGGAAAGCUACAUUGGGGACUACAGCUAAUGGUAGGCAAAGCCGAGAACCAAAAAUGAGCAGACGCACCUCUUCUCUCCCCCAUUCGGUUCUUUCUGACACCCCUUUCUCUUUCUUCAUUGCUGCUUUUCCGACUUCCAGGCAGUUAGCGCUCCAGCUGCCCAACAGGGAUACACCUCUAUCCUUCCUCUGCAGAUGGGAAGGCAUGAGAGCUUGUCUCUGUGCCUGCUGCGUAGUUUGCAGCUCCCAGGGGAAAAGUUGGGCGACUGGAAGCACACAUUGUUGGCUGCUGUUUCCCAAGGAGCUGGGAGAGUGCCUUUAGGCAACAACACCCAAUGUUCACACUGCACCCAGAGGGAAAGACUGGGUGUAGGGAGCACGUCUUUGUUAGUCCUAGAUCCCAAAGCUGCACAGAGUGCAUUUGAGCUUUCAGCCUUUGCUGACCUCUCUCAUGCAUUCCAUUGGAUAGGGUGGCUGUGUGGACCAGAUGCAGCAGAUCCCAUAGGAUUUGGCUGUUGGCCACAUUCAUCACUUGAGCCUCAUGUUCCUCACUACUAGAUGAUAGGUUGAUUUUUUGGGAACAGUAGCCUGGGAAACUAACAACAUAAAUGGUGUUACAGAAGCAUGAUAAUAAUCAUUAAUCCACAAUCAAUUUGAUAGAUUGUGAGCACUGGAGUUGAAUAUUUCCACCCAAUCCUUCUGGCAUGUGCGGGUGGCGCUGUGGUCUAAAUCACUGAGCCUCUUGAGCUUGUUGAUCAGAAGGUUGGCGGUUCAAAUCCACGUGACGGUGGUGAGCUCCUAUUGCUCUGUUCCAGCUUCUGCCAACCUAGCAGUUCAAAAGCACAUCAGUGCAAGUAGAUAAAUAGACCACUGCGGCGGGAAGGUAAAUAACGUUUGUGUGCGCUCUGGUUUCCGUCACGGUGUUCUUUUGCGCCAGAAGCAGUUUAGUCAUGCUGGCCACAUGACCCAGAAAGCUGUCUGUGGACAAAUGCUGGCUCCCUCAGCCUGAAACCCUUAUGAGCGCCACACCCCAUAGUCACCUUUGAGUGGAUUUAACCUUCCAGGGGUAUUUUACCUUUUACCUUACUAUUUUUAUUAAUAUUUUUGGGCAAUUUGUAUUAGCUUUUAGUUUCUAGUUUCAUUCUUUAUGCUCUUUCAGGCUUUGUAAGGCUGUUUCCUUUGCAUCUCUGGUGACAGAACCAGUAAUAACAGAUUCUGGGUUCAUAUUAAUUCUUACUGAUAGAGCCACAGUGGCACUUUGUUCAUCAGCCACAUUAUGUUUUAGUAGUAGUAGAUACUAGUAGUUAUUAGUAGUCUCCAGUGAAAUUGAAUUUUAUUGGCAGUGGGUACCAUCAUUGUGUGUGGCGCUUUAGUGAGUGACAUAUAGCAAACUCUGCAGCCGUUUGUUAACUCAUUGUCUCAUCCAAACUUGUAGGUCGUGAAUGGUCUGACUGGUCUAGUGAACUGCGCAUUCCAGGCGAUGAAUUAAAAUGGAAAUUCAUCAGCGACGGUUCUGUGAAUGGAUGGGGCUGGCGCUUCACAGUUUAUCCCAUCAUGCCGGCGGCCGGUGAAUGUUUUAAUUGCUUAAUUGCACUAGUAUAUUUGUUCCUUUGUUUUUCACAGGGAUCAGGGAUAGUUGUGCUAGCAAGCUAAGAAAGAAAAUCUGGACUCCAGGUUGAGCUGAUAAUUGUCUAUUUUUUAAGUUGUAAGGUGCCUCAGGGAGAUUUAUUUACAUCAGAAGGCCAGGUCUCAAAUAAAUAGUACAAGCCCAAGUGUUAGACUGAGGAAUGGCUAAUAUUAAUCCUGUUUCUGCCCGUAGGUCCCAAAGACCUUCUUUCAGAUCGCUGCAUCCUUUCUUGCCCAUCAAUGGAUUUGGUAACAUGUUUGCUGGAUUUCCGUUUGAAUUUUGCUUCCAAUAGGAGCAUAGUUCCUCGCUUGGCAGCCUCGCUGGCAGCAUGUGCUCAGCUGAGUGCUCUGGGUAGGUGCAGUUUUGGAAAAGUUUCUGAUUUGUAUGUUUAAUGGAUUGCUAAGCCGAUCUGCUUACAUAUAUAUGUAUCUUACGCAUUUUUAGCUGCUGGGCACAGAAUGUGGGCCUUACAGAGACUGCGGAAGUUGCUAACUACUGAAUUCGGCCAAUCAAUUAACAUCAACCGAAUACUGGGAGACAACGAUGGUGAAGCACGAGCUAUGGUAAGAAGCUCAGAUUUCCAGUAGCAUCGUGAGUUCUUGAGAUUGCUCUAAUGCUGGCGUAAAUUGUAAGACACGAAUAGCUCACAGCAACCUUCCUGUCAUUAAUCAAACAUGUAAUACCACACCACCUGGGGCUUUUUAAAGCUCUAGCAAUGCUUUGAGUAAUGUUUCGCUUGUCUUUUGGAUACUUGACAGAUGGUUUUCACACCAUUUAGCAAGUAGCAGUCAGGAGAAUUUCCUUCCCCUUGUACAAAUCAUGAUGAAUUCUGUGAUAGCAGCCACGUAAUGGGGGGGGGGGGAAGAGAAAUACUAUUAUUGAUAUGUUUUAUUAUAUUACUGAGAUUUAUAAGCUGCUCUGGGAGCCUUUUGUUUUCUAGAGGGGUAUAAAAACACUUUAAACAGGAAACAAAAAUGCAUUAGAGUUGGUUAGGCAGUACCAGCAAAUCUUUUAUAGUUACACAGAUGAGUUCAUUCACGACCCCCACCCCCAAUCUAGUGAUGUUUGGCAGUACAGUGGUACCUCGGUUUACAUACGCUUCAGGUUACAUACGCUUCAGGUUACAGACUCCGCUAACCCAGAAAUAGCACCUCAGGUUAAGAACUUUGCUUCAGGAUGAGAACAGAAAUCGUGCUCUAGCGGCGCGGCAGCAGCAGGAGGCCCCAUUAGCUAAAGUGGUGCUUCAGGUUAAGAACAGUUUCAGGUUAAGAACGGACCUCCAGAACGAAUUAAGUACUUAACCCGAGGUACCACUGUAUAGGUUUACAACUUCUUCAUUACAAAAAUGCAACCACUGUCAAGUGCCGCUUAGAAACUAAUACUACUUUAUUCUGCUUCUCCCCCCACCCUAGAGUUUCACAGGCAGUGCCUUAGCUGCUCUUGUUAAAGGCCUUCCUGAAGCAUUGCAGCGGCAGUUUGAUUACGAAGACCCCAUUGUCAGAGGUGGCAAACAACUUCUCCACAGUCCUUUCUUUAAGGUAGGAUGACAUGGGGUACAAACCGUAGAAGCCCAGAGUGGCAUUACUUAGCAUUACUUAAGGGGAAAUUUGUCAUUACAAUCCUAACUGUGCUGCGUGGAUAAAGGGGGAGAGAUGUUCCUACAAGAAAAGAAGAAAGCCAUAUCUUUUAAAGAGAACUUAAAAAAAAAAUUAACUUAAAGAACAGCCAGAAAAUAUUUUAAUUUGAAUAGCCAUCAUAUUACUGCCUGGUCUGGCUGAAGCCUUGUGCUUUCAAACUAUGUUGUUUUUAUUUGUAGGUGCUUGUAGCUCUUGCUUGUGAUCUGGAACUGGAUACCCUUCCCUGCUGUGCAGAGACACACAAAUGGGCUUGGUUUAGGAGAUACUGCAUGGCUUCGAGAGUUGCUGUAGCCCUUGAUAAGAGGACACCAUUGCCUCGCCUCUUCCUUGAUGAGGUACUUGGAGAACUGGUUCAACUUCAUGCUUAAGAGUGUGUGUGUACACACAUAAAAAAAAUAUUAUCAUGGACAAUGGUGCAAGCAUGCAGACAUUUAAGUACAUAUGCCAAAUAAGACCACCAGGAUAUAUAGUUUGAGAACUUCCAAUAUUUGGCCUAGUUAACAGUUCCUUCACUCUUUCAGUGGAGAGUCCAGUGCCUGAUUGGCUGCUGUUACUGUCAAGGAAAACUCAAACCAUGAAGAAAACUGCACUUUCUUUAACCGAUCACUAAAUUGUGCGGUUUAUAUUGCAGGUGGCCAAGAAAAUUCGAGAACUAAUGGCAGAUAAUGAAAACAUGGAUGUUCUGCACGAGAGCCAUGAUGUUUUUAAGCGAGAGCAAGAUGAACAGCUUGUACAGUGGAUGAACAGGUAACCUGAAAACGUUACAGGUUUUUUUUGGGGGGGGGAGGUGUUAAGGUGUUGGUACUGCAUUUCUUCUUUUGAAUAUAUGAAAAGUUUGAGGGAAGACGGAAUUUCAGGCCAUUCACAGGACUUCUCUUCUCAACAGGCGACCGGAUGAUUGGACGCUUUCUGCUGGAGGCAGUGGGACUAUUUAUGGCUGGGGCCAUAAUCACAGAGGACAGCUUGGAGGCAUAGAAGGUGCUAAGGUCAAAGUUCCUACUCCCUGUGAAGCCCUUGCCACGCUUCGGCCAGUGCAGUUGAUUGGCGGAGAGCAGACACUUUUUGCAGUGACUGCUGAUGGGAAGGUAAGAUGAUGUUAAUGUCAAGCUGAGCCGUUGACAUUGAAAUUGUCUGUGAAGUGGGACGGGAACAUGCUCAGUGAAUGAAAAGAAAGAUUUGCAAACUUGUAAAGAAAAACGUUGGCUUAUUUGGGCAAAAUUUGUUAUGUGAGAUCAGAGCUGCAAAGCCAGUGACGAUCACAGGAAACCCCUCUAGGUUCCAAGCCCUGCAGCAAUAUUGGCAAUUAAGCAUGAGGCACAAAUCACCACACAAUUGGUUUAGAGCUUUCGUUGUAUCAUGAAUAUGCAGAUUGUAUAUUGAAAACUCUAAUCUGCUAGAACUAUAGUCAUAGUUUGUUUCGUUUUGUUUAGACAGGCCACAAGCCACUAAAUGGUUGUUGUGGCAGGGUCUUAUGAGGGUGGAUGUAAUGCAUUUUAUCUUCUUUUUACGUUUUUAAAUGGUUUUAAGUGUUCAAAUUCAGUGCUGUUUUAACAGGGUAACUUACUUAUUUGGUUUAAAAAUAUUUAUGUUGAUUAGUGUGUUUUUAGUUGUACGUGCUUUAAUUCACGUGAGCUGCCUUGAGUUCUGCGCUGGGAGAAAGGUGGGAUAUAAAUAAACAAAUGCACCAUAAAAGCGGAUUCAUGAGAACUACAAAAAGAAGAAAGCUGGUUCAUAGAACAUAAGAACCAAUUCUUAUUGUUGCCUGUGCAGUGUGAUUGCACAUUCUCUGUGAUUUAAUUCCCUUGCUGUAUCAAUUAAUAUUUUUAAAAAAGCAAUCAGGUGAAUGGCAAAGUUAUUUUCUUGAAAUCCCCAGUGUUGUGGGGAAGAACUAAAUACUCCACCUAUUCCUUACGGUUUCUGUCUGAAACUUGACCAUGCAGAAGAGCUGAGUGUGCUCCACAGAGUACCUAAGAAUCAGCCCAAAAUAUGUAGUGUAAGAAGACUGAGAGCGUCUGCGCAACACAGAUAAUUUUGCAAACCAAUAGCUACAAAGCUCAUCCUUUCCAUGUGACUAACAAUGCAGGUCUCCAUAGAACUGUAUUCAUGCAAGUAGAGUUUCCUCAACCCCACCUUAGGCCUCUUGAUCCCCUCUUCUUGUGCAUAGGUUGUGCUGAUUUUGCUGCAUAAACAACGACAUUCAAAGCAUGAAUAGCAGAAACAGAAUGAAUGAAACAACAAAUUCAUAUGAUUGACAGAUCCUUUCUUUUUUUUAGUUAUAUGCCACAGGAUACGGGGCAGGUGGAAGGCUUGGAAUUGGAGGGACAGAGUCUGUUUCUACACCAACGUUACUAGAGUCCAUUCAGCACGUGUUUAUAAAGAAAGUUGCUGUGAAUUCUGGAGGAAAGCACUGUCUGGCGCUGUCUUCUGAAGGAGAAGUCUAUUCCUGGGGAGAGGCAGAGGAUGGCAAGCUGGGUCAUGGCAACCGAAGGUAAACACAGUAAAUUUUUAACCGGAGAAUAUAUUAUAAGCACAUGGGAGGCAUUGCAGAAUCUUAAAACAGAGGAAAAUGUGUGCCUCUGUGUGGAACUUUGGCUGAAUGGACUCCUGCUCCACGCAGUCUCUCAUGCCAUUUCACAGGAUGGGAAUGGAAUGAAACAUUUGACCUCUGCAUUACGAUCCUCUAUUUGCAGGCAAAACGCUUCUUUAGGGGGUGGUUUAUGCUGUGAGAUUUUUUCAAGCUAUGAUUUAAUGAUUCCCAUCGCCGUCAGUUACUUUGCUAUAUUUACACUAUAUAAAUAAGCUGUAUACUCAUUUUCAUUUUGUUUUCUUUUUUAGUCCUUGCGAUCGUCCUCGAGUCAUUGAAUCCCUGCGGGGCAUAGAAGUUGUCGACAUUGCAGCAGGCGGAGCGCACAGUGCAUGCAUUACUGCCGCAGGGGAUCUUUACACGUGGGGCAAGGGAAGAUACGGACGACUUGGCCAUGGGGAUAGCGAGGAUCAGCUGAAACCGAAAUUGGUGAGAUGGUGUCAUAUGCUUCAGUCACUUUUUAAAAAAUGGUUACAAAAGCUUCCUAUUCAUUACAGUGGACGAUGAAGUUUUUGGAUUGGGCUAUUCCUCUUGCACAAGACUCAGGCAGGAGCAAAGAAUUGUGGGACAUAGACUGCUUCUCCUCAGUUUUUUCCUCCUGCCUGGACAGAGCAGUUUGACACUCCCGGCUCUCACUGUUUUACUGUUUUCUGAUCAGUUAAGUCUUCUCCUUUUCUGAUAUUCCUCUUUAUUUAUUUAUUUCUCUGUUACUUUGCCUGUAUUUUGGUUCCCUUCUGUGUCUUCCCUUACAUUUAUCCACCGCUGAGGUAAAAUUAAACAACAGCAACAAACCUUUCCUCCCUACUGUACGUCUUUUACUGUCCUGGGUUCAUUGAUUUCCUCUUGUUUCUUACUUAUUUUUUUCUUCAUUCCUUCUCCUUCUUUGUUGGCCAUCGCCACUUUGGCAGUUAAACGACCAUUUACUUCAAUGAAAAAGCCUGCUGGCUUUUGGGUGUGUGGGAACCACAGCCCUGUGCUCAGGAAUAAUGCAUCUUCUAGUCUCCCUUUGGCUGCAUGCACCUUUCGCUGUUGGGAAUAUGCAUACACGGCCAAGCCGAGCAGGAUUUUAACUCCUGCACAUAUCCGUCAAGUGGGGGUUAAAUCCUGCUGCUUAGGCUGCAGGCACCUGCCCCUUGCUGGCAACAGGCAGCUGCAGCCAAUGCAGAAUUGAACCCUGGCCUCCCACCCACCCACCAGCUGACAUAAGUGACACCAGCUGAUUGGCAGGUGCGCGUGGUUUGGUGGGGAAAUGGCCUCACAGGCCAAAUUUAGACCCCUUGGCAGGUGAAGCUUCCACAGCCCUGGCCUAUUGCAGAUAAUGAGACUUAACUCCCCUGUGUCUUUCUGGUUUCCUGUAGAGCCUAUGAAAAGUUUCCAUUUUCAUAGACAGCAGAGUUUGUUCAGUGCCCAAGUCCCUGAGGUGGCAUGAGGCAUAUUUGGGGGGAGGGGAUCCUUACUUUCAUUCAUGACAUUUUGUACAGCUCUUGCUGUGUCUCAGAGAAAGAAAGAAUCUCUCUAAGGCACUCCACUUCAUUCGGGGAAUUGGGAUUCAUCUGAACCUGCUGCAUACCCCCAAGAUCUAUACUUUACACCAUGGGUAGGCAAACUAAGGCCUGGGGGCCGGAUCCGGCCCAAUCACCUUCUAAAUCCAGCCCACAGACAGUCUGGGAAUCAGCGUGUUUUUACAUUUGUAGAAUGUGCCCUUUUAUUUAAAAUGCAUCUCUGGGUUAUUUGUGGGACCUGCCUGGUGUUUUUACAUGAGUAGAAUGUGUCCUUUUAUUUAAAAUGCAUCACUGGGUUAUUUGUGGGGCAUAGGAAUUCGUUCAUCCCACCCCCCCCCAUAUAGUCCAGCCCCCCGCAAGGUCUGAGGGACAGUGGACCGGCCCCCUGCUGAAAAAGUUUGCUGACCCCUGCUUUACACAUUUAGUUUACUUGAUACAAGUAUUCUGGAUUAUUCAUUAUUCCUAGUAUAAACUUGUCUUACAAGAAAGAACUAAUAGUAAUAAUAAAAUUAUUCAUACCCUGCCCAUCUAUCUGGGCUUCCCCAGCCACUCUGGGCGGCUUCCAACAAAGAUUAAAAAUACAUUAAAACAUCAGUCAUUAAAAACGUCCCUAAACAGGGCUGCCUUCAGAUGUCUUCUAAAAGUCUGGUAGUUGUUGUUCUCUUUGACAUCUGGUGGGAGGGCGUUCCACAGGGAGGGCGCCACUACUGAGAAGGCCCUCUGCCUGGUUCCCUGUAACUUGGCUUCUCGCAGUGAGGGAACCACCAGAAGGCCCUCGGUGUUGGCCUACAUAAGGAUGAGGGGACCUACAUAAGUUAGUGUCUGUCUUGUGUUAUUUUUUGCUGCCUAAAGCUCAGGUUAUUGAGAUUUCUUUCCUAAAAAACCUCUUGCCUAUCUUCUAGGUGGAAGCACUACAGGGCUACCGUGUGAUUGACAUAGCCUGUGGCAGUGGAGAUGCACAGACACUCUGCUUGACGGAUGAUGAUACUGUUUGGUCAUGGGGAGAUGGAGACUAUGGGAAACUUGGGAGAGGGGGCAGUGAUGGCUGCAAAGUACCGAUGAAGGUAUUUUGAGUUUCAAACUUUUGAAAUAAGAGAGACAAAACUCGACAACCUGUAAAUAGAACAGAUUUUAUUUUAUGUUUGGCAUUAGAAUGAAUGCUAUGACUUUUAUAUGUGCUGUUGAGUUAAAAGUAUUCCAUGAAAAUAUUUUAAUUUUUUUGAGAUGAUUUGCUGACAUUUCAAAAUUUCCUAUUAGUGUUUGAGUAUGAAAUUGCCAUGCCCGUGAUAAAAGGGACCAUAACUUUUGCACCAUGGUUAAGAAUCACUCUGCUAUAUAUUACUUUUUAGGUUAGAAUGAUCCAUUAGCUGUUACAAAUCAAAAGUUAUGCAAGUGUCUUAACAGCAUGAAUUUUGACAUACUGACAUCCAGUGGGGAUUUAUUGUUCCACCAGCAUAGUUACCAAGAUAUUUCCUUCCAUUUCUUAAACAAUACACAUAAGAGGAAGUCUUAAGAGAGGCGCAAUGUCAUUUCCAUCACAAAAACAUAUGUACACCAAUCUGUUACCAUUUCAACAAAUUCUAAGACUUUGACAGAUUGAUUCUCAAAAUGUGAUUUAUAAGAACAUGCAGAAGUCUCUUGAGGGUUUCAUCCUCCUUUUUUUGUUAUUACAAUAUUUUGUCCCUUUGGGCCUGUACAUCCCUCUCCAAAAAGUUUAAAUCAAAAUUUCAAAAUCCACCAUAGCGUCCAGUUAAAGUAGUCAGAAAAUUUUCCUCGUUUUUGGUAUAUUUUGCUUGUUAUAUUCCCACUACUUCAGUAAAGUCAAGCGUAUCCUUCUCUUUCCAAAUCUCUAAUGCACUUCUUGUCAAGUUUCUAUGUGAGAUUUUACCAUAUGCUAUUGCCAACCUGCUUGGAGAUCACUUUGGGAGAACAACAUUGGCAGUUGUCUCCAGAUGUUGAUUUCAUUUCCUUAGUUUAUUUUUUCUGUGGGUGAUUGAAUAGUACCUCUUUAAAACAAGCCCUCAGGAGAAAAUAGUUAGAGCGGUGAGAAUCAGAUCAUUUUAAAUUAUUUCUCUUAAGUUACUAUAAUAAAAACUUAUUUUAGUCAACAUUAAAAUCAUUAUCUGACUAAGAAUGCCAUUUUAUUUUUAAGCUGUGUCUAUAUGCUGUGGGCUAUGAAGUUGUCCUGUCCUUUGAGUUAUGUUCAAACAUUUCUUCCCUAGAUCGAUUCUCUCACAGGAGUUGGAGUAGUCAAAGUAGAAUGUGGCUCACAGUUUUCUGUAGCCCUUACUAAGUCUGGAGCAGUCUAUACCUGGUAAGUGAGCCAGUGAUUGCGGAUGAAUUCAUAUGAGAAAUGUAAAAAUAGUUCUUUGUGGUUCUUGGGUUUUUUUCUGCAAAAGUGCCAUCAGGUUAUACUAGUUUUGAUUUCACUUUAAUUUUAAAAAAUGCUAUUUUGGAAAAAAAGUUAAAGAACAAGUGGUACUUUAUCUUAAAUUUGUUCCCAACAGAUAUUGCAUUGCAAAGCCACAUUUAUUUAAUACGAAAACUAAGAGGCUUUUGUGAACAACCUAUCUAGCAUUUUGCUGGUUAAUUCUAGGAGAGGAAACUUUAAGAUCUGAGUGUCCUAAUUCACCCAAGUCAGGCUAGUCUAACUAAGAAUUGCCAAUUGAUUGAAGAGAAAACAAAUGCACUGAUUGAAACUUGUGUUGCGAUUACAGGGGCAAAGGAGAUUACCAUCGACUAGGGCAUGGAUCAGAUGAUCACGUCCGGAGACCUCGACAGGUCCAGGGGUUGCAAGGAAAGAAAGUCAUUGCUAUUGCAACUGGCUCUUUACACUGUGUCUGUUGCACUGAAGAUGGUAUGUAAAAAACCAAACAACCCCAUGACUUCUUUUAUUUUGAAUGUGGAAGGGAGAAAGGAAAAGAUGUUCUAAUUACGAAUAAUGAAGCAUCUUUGUUUCAAAUAUAUAAUUGUGAUAUAAGAGAACAGUGUACCUCUGAUCAACAAUUGCUCCGAGAUAAAAUGUUGAGGAAGGAAGGCUUCAAGUCUUGCUUUGUAGGCUUCCCAGCAACAUGCCAGAUUUGACUGAGAUAUUCCUCCUCUGAUCCAGUUGGUUCCCUAAGCUCUCAAGGGGGACCAAAGCAGACAUAACAUGGCAAGUUUUGUAUCAAUAUCUUAAUGGGUUGGGGUUGGCUUUUUAAAUUAAAAGCAGCAUUAGGAGGCUGUGACGGGAAAGAGGAGGACAGCUAUUUAACAAGCAUACAUGGGAUGCUGUUUUAUACUGACCCAACUGUCCAUGUAGCUCAGUAUUAUCCACACGAACUGGCAGGACCUGUCCAUGGCUUUUGGGCAGGAAUCCCUCCCAAAUUUACCUGGAGACGCCAGGGAUUGAGUCUAGGACCUUUGCAUGCAAAGCAGGUGCUCUGCCAUUGAAUGGAGGCUCUUCCACGAAUAAAUGUUCAUACUCACAAGCGCAAAUAAAUAAGUAAGGCAGAUGUGGCCCUUUUGAACAUUUCACGCCCAGAUUAUCUCUCAGUGACUUUGUAUGCAAACUCCAUUACAUUAUUCCCACUCGAUUAGCACUCUCCCAGCACAGUCCCAACCUGGGAUCCACGGGGGUAAUAAAGUUUGGAGUCAGCAGUUCUUGUGCUUUCUUGGCUGAGCUGUUAUAUGUCCCUCACCCCAACUGAGCCAGAGCUACACCGGGCUAUGUCCCUCCCCCCAGUUCAGCAGGGGCUUAACCAGGAACUUUACACCAAUAUAAGUCCCCAAAAAGAAGUGCUCUGGGACAUGGCAAAGAGAGAUGUACACCAAUUCCAAAUGUGGUUCAGUUCAGUCAUGCAACUUAUGACCGUAUCAUCAAAAUUUGGACCCACACUCACCUGCUGAUGGUAGCUCCUCCUGGAGGCUCUUGCAUGGAGUUUUGAGUUAAGGGCAAAAGCCCAAGUUACACUAGCUUCCUGUAGUUAGCGUUGCUCUGCAAAUCCUUUCUCUGCAUUCAACAAUUUAUUUCAGUUUGUUUUCCACAUAGGACUAUAUUAGCACUAAGUCGCUCCGAAUUACCUUUUAAAAGAUUGUGCUUUUUAAAAUAAUAAUAAAAAACGUUUAAAUGUUGAUAUUGGUAUGUUGAACUGAUCUACGUUGUCUGUUCUUGUGACUUUUUAUACUGGUCAUGAUUUGGUGGCGAAAUAACGAUUUUGAUUGUCUUAGGUGAAGUAUAUACUUGGGGAGAUAACGAUGAAGGGCAGCUUGGAGAUGGAACAACCAAUGCUAUCCAAAGGCCACGCCUGGUUGCAGCGCUUCAGGGCAAAAAAAUCAAUAGAGUGGCCUGUGGCUCAGCACACACCUUAGCCUGGUCCACCAGCAAGCCUGCUAAUGCAGGCAAGCUCCCUACCCAGGUAAAAUUAUGCUUUUUAAACCAUAUGUCUUAAGCCAGGUGUGGGGACCCUUUGAUUAUCCAUUUGUUGCUGCAAUGCAAUUUCCAUCAUCCCCAGUAAGCAUGGCCCAAUGGCCAGGGAUGCGGUGGGUUCAGCAACAUCUGGGCAACCAAAUAUUCCCCACAUCUGGUUCAAACUCUUGGGAAACUGUCUAAACUGUUGGCACUCUAUGGCUCUGUGUUAAUAAUUAUUGGUUCCCCCCCACUUACCCAUUGGUAACAUCUUCUUAUCGGCUGCCUACCAUGAUGGUUAAGGCUAUGCUGAGUAUUUUCCAGUUUCAGCUUUUUGGUCAAAAGUAGAUUUUCUUUUGAAGUGGUUGAAGAGCCUAGGAGUGAGGCGGCACCAUGUUGCUAAGUCGGUAUGAGAUGCGGUUUUGUUACACCACUGAGGACAAAGCCAUUUGAAAAUGAGAGCAGUGCACCGUUGUUCCCAGUCGGAAGGCACAUGCCUAACAGAAUACAAUUGCAGUGCUCCAAUAGUCAACCAUAUCUGGCUUUGUGGCGACUUCACUGAGGGGCAAGCGAUGCUGAGGGUAAACAAACUAGUUAAGAAUUUAGGAGACAUUGGUGAAAAAACACUGAAAGGCUGUGCAUGGGUUGGGGUUUUUUUUACAUUGCAAUAAUAAGUACAGUGAAUAGCUUGGGCUCUGCUGUGUCUUUCCUGAGGCCCCUCUUGUGAGUUUUAUACCUGUUCACACUGUAAAGCCAUGGAAACUUCCUGAAAACUUGCAUAAAUCAAAUGUGAGCUUUUGUCAAUCCAAACUGCUUUGCAAUGACUAAUAUGAUGGGAGGAGCAACAUCCGUACCCUUGGAUAGCAAGAAAUUAGAAAAGUGCCAGAAGGAUGUUUAAGUUUUACUACAAGAGCCAUGAAUAUAUCGAUGAAAUAUGGGAUGGAUAUUGUGAGGGAGAGCAGAAGGAUUGUUUUUUGGUUUUUUAAAACAUGCUGUGUAUUAUGCAGUGUAGUCGUAAUUUCACCAACAUUGAUAGGAUAUCUUUUCUGGCCCCUAACAGUAUUCAAAAAUUCCUUCUUGGCUAUGCCAUGUAUAAACCUUUGGAGAUAACAAAUCUCAAGCAAAGGCAAUAUCUGGAUAUUCAGUAGAUAGGCUAGCUAAAUGGACUGUGCCUGAUACUAUCUCAUUUAGCGUAUGACUUAUUCAGUGCUCAUUAAAUCCUAACAACAUGCUUGUUCCAGGUUCCUAUGGAGUACAACCAUCUACAGGAAAUUCCUAUAAUUGCUUUAAGAAACAGAUUGCUUCUCCUUCACCACAUCUCCGAACUCUUUUGUCCUUGCAUCCCCAUGUUUGAUCUCGAGGGACGCCUUGAUGAAACCGGCCAGGGUCCUUCCGUGGGCUUUGAUACGUUACGUGGAAUUUUGAUCUCUCAAGGAAAGGUAUCUAUCCCAACGUCAGCUUCUCCACUAAAAAUGACCUUCUAAGAAAAAUAUGUCACAGUAAUGACAUGCAAACGGUGCCCUAAUUUCUCUUCAGGUCUUCUGUACAGACCCAAUUAUCUUCUGUAUGAACUUCACGGGUGCAGACGCAGGGAAUCUUAAUGACAAAGUUUUCCCCUGUUGCGUUUCUGUCCAUAUCUGCUUAACAGCAUUUCACAUUUUUACCAGAAAGCGGACUGCAUCUUUUCCUCCUGAGUGAGUCAGACGCUAAGGGGAAAUUUACAUCUUCAAAAUGUGAUUGCCAUUGCUUUGCUUACUUACUUAUGGUACAUGAAAUCAAAAUUGUAACAGUUGAGGUAUCUUGCGAGUGUUCGUGUCCGGAGUCCUGAGACAGGGUGCCUGUAAGGAUUCUGAGAAAUGAAGUGUUGUUCACAUGCUGCUCCUUUUUGUUUUGUUUUCCACUCUCACAUGUUGGCUGUUUGGAGAUGGAACCCUUGUCGCUAUAUCUUUUGUCACUGAGUUCCUAUCUGCUUGCUCCUUGUUUUUUCCUGACGCAUGGGGACAGGGACAUCGGGACAGUCAUUUGUGGCUGCACAGUUGGGAUGAGGGCAGUUGUAUGGAGCUUCCAAUUGAACAAUGGGAGUUCUUUUUUAUUUAAAAAAACACGUCACUACCUCUUUUGCCGACAUAAUGUUUAUGCUGCUUGAAAAUGGCUGUGGACUGAUCCCAAGGAGGUUUCAGUAGCAAUGCCAACCCCACCCGGCAAACAUAACUCAAGAAUAGGAUUGCAUUCUCAACACCUUAUUUUCUCCUUUUUCUAGGAGGCGGCUUUCAGAAAGGUUGUGCAAGCAACUAUGGUGAGAGAUCGCCAACAUGGGCCUGUGGUAGAACUCAACAGAAUUCAGGUCAGAAUGCUGUGCUCUCUGAGUGCCUUGAAUAUGAAUCUGUUGUUGUGCGAAAACUUUGCAGUGCUUUGUGCUCAGGCAAUAGGCAUGGUAGUUGUUAUCAUAACUGGUUAGAAAAAAGACGGCCCAAGAAGUUAUUAGCAUUACAAGUGCUCAGUUUGGGGAGGGGGGUGAGCACUUGUAAUCCUAAUAACUUUGUGUGCUGCUCUCUUCUAACAAAUUAUGAUGACAGCAGCCACGUUAUGGUCCUUUGGAACAGCUCCAAGUUGUAUAUUAAAAAAUGUUUCGGAGGCGAUAAGACACCUACGCAGAUGCGAUUCCAGCUCCAUUUAUGCGUGAUAAAGGACUGAAAUUGUGGCUACCUGAUGCCCCAUAAAUAGGGUUUUAUGUACAUAAACAGUCUGAACUUAAUUCAUUUUGUUAAAAUAUUCUCAUCUGCUGUUCAUUGUACAACAGGCCCAGAGCGGGGUACACAAAGCAUUAUGAAAUAAAACACCUAUAGUAAAAUUCCAACAAAUAUAUUCUCAGCCUUAACCAGCCGGUAAAUGGCUGGGCCAACAAAGGCUUCGUCAGCUGGUGAAACUGAGAAAAGUGAAGCCCAUCUUUAUCAGUGAUGCACCUCAAUGGUUGUGAAUGGUAAAGAUUGUGCAGCUCAGGCUUUCUAAGUUAGGUUGUGUGCCUGGGUAUCUCCUCAAAAGUGAUGUUCAACAGACAUGCGGCACCAAGCAGGCUGUGGCAGGUGAAUGCAGACCUGAUCUUUCAUCAAAUAUGAUUUCAGUGUUUGUGAGAUGGAACCUUUUCUUCCAAGCCUAAUUAUGACCUCCUCUUUCAAAAUCUGCCCCCUGCAGGGCAAUUAGGCUUUUAAGAAAAGCUUCCUUAGUGCCAAUAGGAAUUUUUUCAAUGACUAAUGGUUGUAUAGGUGUUAGUGUGUGUGUGUGUGUGUUACAGCUGGGGAGGGUUAUCCUUCUACAUGCCCCCCAAAUCCCUCCCCAAUGCAGCAAUUAGAUUUGUCUGGAGGAAAACUAUGUGCUCCCCACACCCCCAAAGCUUAAUUAUUAUACAAGGAGAGGUGAAUGUCAGGGACAGUGAUAGAGAAUGGAAUGGAUUGAUGGGGAUGUGAGAGAGGGGUGGGAUGGCUGUGUCCCCUACCACCAUUGGCAUGCUGCCCCCACAACAGAUUUCUUCUGAGGGAAUGCAGCCAUUUUUUUGUGGGGGUGGGGGUGGGGAAGGGUCCCAAGCCUGACUUAUAAAGUACUUAAUGCUUUGAGUUAACAUGCUGAAGAGAGUGCUUCUUAACCAAUAUUCAGUGAAUGGCUUGGAUCUUAAAAUAUAAGUGAACAAGGGCAAGUCAAUGUAACAAAAGCUUGCCAUUCCUUCCUCUCCCAUGCAGCCAUUUUGCUCCCUGAGUUAACUUCUAGAGGUGGGGGGGAUGAGGGGUAUCCUGGAAAAUAUGCAGUUGGGUAGACAAUAAUAAUUAUACUUUUAUUAUUUAUACCCUGCCCAUCUGGCUGGGUUUCUCCAGCCAUUCUGGCGGCGGCUUACAGAUUAUUUGCCCCAAAAUCUCAUGGGGCUCCUCCCAAUUUUGAAUGGUUCCUCCCUCUGUCAGCAACCUCUAAAAUUUCACAGCAGGGAGGAGCAAAUGGACAAACUUUUCUUCCAUGAAUUUUCUACUGAUCGUGUAAUAUUCUUUACUUAUUUGUGAAGUUGGCUUUUAUAGUGUGCUUGUUCUUUGUUUUGUUUUAAAAAAGGAAAGCUAACCUGAAAAGAACUAGGGAAGCCAUCAAACGGCCACUCCUGUACUCUGUGUGUAGCUUUUUUUUUUGUUAAAGCCCUGGAGUCGGAUAUGAUAUAAAAAGUGUGCUUUCUCUCAUCUUUGUACCUUUUAUUCCCACAUGAUCUUGGGCUGCCUUUGCUUACAUAGCUCGGGAGAACUUCAAAUUGCCUUGAGUACUCUUAAGACCCAGGAAACAAACAUUUGGGCAUCACAUGGGGUCACAUUGAGGAGGAUGUGGGUUAGGAGAAGAACUUCCAGUGACGCGGGAGAGCUGAAUGCCAAGCCUCAGGCCAAAUGUGCCUUUUCAAAAGAAAUUUCUUCAAAGGCUGAAUAUGAAGUAUUGUUUUAAUACACUGACUAAAACGUAGAAAGGAAGCUUGGCUUGCUUUUGUGAUAUAAUGUGGAGCAUAUUGCCAGGUCUACCUGAAUGACAGAGUAGUCUGCCUGCCUGCCUGCCUGCCUGCCUUUGUGGCAUAGGGAGGGGUGGGAGGACUGAAUUUAUGGCAGGGGUAUGGUGGGAAAUGCUCUAAAUUUCGCAUAUGCUGUGAAGCGUAGAGGAAUAUUUUAACACCAACACUGCAUUGGGAUUUGGUCUGUCGUAAAGUUUAAACAUUGCAAUAGCCUUACUGUGGUUUUCAAAGAGAGGUCUAAGGUAUGAGAUGGAAAAAGUUUUUUUCCAUAGGAAAAUGUAAAUGUUCUAAGGAACUUCAGAACACUAAAGAUCUCUACCUCUGUCCGUAUCCCUCUACGGUCGUACCUUGGUUUUCAAACAGCUUAGUUCUCGAACGUUUUGACUCCUUAACGCUGCAAACCCGGAAGUGACUAUUCUGGUUUGCGAACUAUUUUAGGAAGCCAAACAUUCGACGGGGCUUCUGCGACUUCAGAUUGGCUGCAGGAGCUUCCUGCAGGAGCUAAUCAGAAGCCACACUUUGGUUUUCGAACGUUUUGGAAGUCGAACGGACUUCCGGAACAGAUUCCGUUCGACUUCCAACGUACGACUGUAUAAGUAUUGUUGACUCUAUCCAGAAGUGAUACUCCUGAAUCUCAGGCAGAGUGUUCAAUCCGUCUCUGGAGUCAUCUUUCUUAACUGGGAAUGCUGAAUCUGGGGCCCAAACAACUGCGGAGCAUUUAUUACGGAAAAACAAUUCAGGGGAAGUUGCAGGAUUAAAAAGCAACUCUUGUGCUCUCUUAAAAGAAGUUCUAGGGGUCGUCACUCCAUCAUUUCACUACCUCUUUUGGGUCACAAUUUCCUCUAUGUAGGUGCUGAGCUCUUUGUUAUUUUUUUUCCAUAAUAUGUAUGCCUUCAAAAAUUCCUUCUGAAAUAAAGUCACUCCUUUGAGAUGCACACACAGACAGAGAUUCCACAUUACUACAAGUAUCCCAGUACUGUUCAUUAAGCAUUAAGUGUUUGGUCUGUGAAAUUUGAAUUGUGUGAUUAAGGUGUGCUUUCUUUCUUUUUACUAUCAGGUAAAGCGUUCCAGAAGUAAAGGAGGAUUGGCUGGCCCAGAUGGCACAAAAUCUGUCUUUGGACAGAUGUGUGCUAAAAUGAGCUCCUUCAGCCCAGACAGUCUUCUCCUACCUCAUCGUGUUUGGAAAGUCAAAUUUGUGGGUAAGUAUUCCCCCCAAUAUGUCUUAACUUGUCCAGCAUUUUUUCCCCUUUUUCUUCAAUAGUGUGUUUUGCAAUAGAAGAGAAAAGUAGAAAUGUAAAAAACGCAUGAACAAGCCACCCCUGGCAAUUGUAGUAAAAUUUUGUAAACUAGUUGUCAAUAAAAAUGAUUCCAUACUUGUCAUACUCAAAUGGAAAGCCAUGCCAGCUAAACAAUAGUUGUAAAAAUCAAACUCGCAGCGCAAAUGUACAGUGCCUUAUGAAUUGUAUUUCACUUUGUACUAACGGUGGGGGAAAAUGAAUUUCAGAUUAAAUCUGAAAUUAAUUUAAUUUAGGGCUGAACUUGGAUUCUUAUAGCCAUGGUGAAAUCAAUUAUUCAUAUUGGAAAGUUUUCCUUUGGUAUUUUAUUUAAUAUGUUGAUCUGGUUCAUGCAGCGCAGAAAGCUGCAUGAAGGUGCAAACUCUUGGAGAGGAGCUUGCAACUGCUUUGCUCCCAAUCCCCCUAACCUGCCCUUCUUUCUGCAACCCUAUGUUUAGCUAAACCAAGGUUUGGCUUAGCAUGUUGUCCCAACCAUCGUGGAUAAGCCUUUUCCUCAUUAACUGUGGGCUAUACCUAAGGCUUGUUCACAGUUGCAGCUUGUUGUUGUUGUUUUGUUUUAUGGGAAGCUAUUUGCUAAUUAAAUAAAUAAUAACCCCUAUUUGGGGACUUCCCUGGCUUUUCUGGCCCACGUAGGACCAGUCUGGAUAGUUGGCCUUGGGGAAGAUUUGACGUUUUCUCCCCCCAAGCAGUUUUUGAUCUGGGCUUCCACUGAAAUGAGGCUGCAUUUUAAGUAGUAUUUUAAUCUUGUUUUUAAGUUGUAUUUUAACCAAUUGUUUUUAUACCUGAUGUUAGCUGCCCUGAGCCUGGUCUUGGCCAGGGAGGGCAGGGUAUAAAUAAAAUAAAAUUAAAUAAAUAAAUAAAAUAACAAAAAACAAAUACUUCUGCAACAUAUGAGUCCUGGUAGGACUAAUGCAUUCCUAUGGCCAAUAAAUUCUUUGAAAUAUGUGACCUGUUCUGUCCCUGGAGAUUGGAAGUGAGGCCACAACAAACAAAAAAACGACACAUUUGGGAAUUAUUCAUUUGCACUGCAUGUAAUCCCCACCUGCAACCUGACAUAGCUGUAAGUGGCUCUCAAAUUAAUUUAUCCUUAACACUGAAGUUUAUGCCUCUUCUUCUUUUUGCCUUAGGUGAAUCUGUAGAUGAUUGCGGUGGAGGCUACAGCGAAUCAAUAGCAGAAAUGUGCGAGGAACUUCAGAACGGGCUGACGCCACUUCUGAUUGUGACUCCCAACGGACGGGAUGAAUCUGGAGCAAACAGAGAUUGCUUUCUCUUAAACCCUGCAGCAAAGUCUUUGUUGCACAUGAACAUGUUUCGUUUCCUCGGUAAUUGCCACAUCGUCAUUGCCACAUCUUUAAAGUCUUUGCAAAGCUUUCAUUGAAUAACACGUACAAACUUCUCUCUUUGUCUUAAAAAAAAGGGGUUUUGCUGGGGAUUGCCAUUCGGACUGGGAGUCCUCUGAGCCUCAACCUUGCAGAACCUGUGUGGAAACAGUUGGCAGGAAUGAACUUAACCAUCGCUGAUCUCAGUGAGGCAAGCAUAAGCUUAUGUUCAUCCGUGUAAAUAUUAGUGAAAUGUAAGACCGUUGCUUGGUCUGGUUAUUACUACAGCUAGGGGGCCAUGUUUAUUGCCAGAAGCCUACUCUGUAUUUGAAUGGGUAAGAUCCUGCUUUCCAGCUGUGAUAAGAGAUGGGGUAGGAAAAGAGGGAGGGAGCGACAGGUGAGUGAGUGUGAGCCAGUGGCACACCCCACCUUAAAUCACAUUGACAAGUUAAUGUCUGACUAGUGUGUAAUUGCAGUUCACAUUUGUGGAUCUUGGUUACCCUUAGUCUGUAACCUAAUACAGCUGAGUGGUGUGUGGGUGGGUGUGAAUAAAUUUCUGCUCUGCCACAGGUCAGCCCUCAGUUAAACUGAAUUUAACUUAAUCCAGACUUGAAUGUUUCUGCUGGUGGUUCUGCCACUGGUGGCUUUCUGGGUGGAGAAGAUGGUAGCUGCACACCAACUUUUGUAACACAAGAUGGCUGCCAUGGAGAAUGUAGGAUUGCACAAAAAUGGACAGGACCACCCCAACAACUUUAUGCUUACUGUGGGAAGUCAGUUAUGCCCUGUUGUACUGAUUAUGGAGAUCUCUCUCUCUCUCUCUCUCUCUCUCUCUCUCUCUCUCUCUCUCACACACACACACACACACACACACCCACCUGUGCUGCUGCUGCUGCUGCUGUCGUCUUAACAACAACAGGAAGCAUUCCUUAGUAACAGGAAAUAUAUACAAGGUGUCCAUGCCACUCCCAUUUCACAGAUGUUGCUUAAAAAGGACCUGCACAUCUUGUCUCAUAGCUUUCUUUCUAGGAGGACUAAAGGCUCGCUUUUUUUUUAAGAAAAUAAAGUUCAGAAUCUGGGGUGCCCUUCCAGGGGCAGUAUGUGGUGCUUGGCAACCCUUGCUGAACACACCUCCACUGUGUCUUCUGGAUGUCAUUUCUUAGAAAAUAAGUUCCUUACGAAAUAAUUUCUUUUUGGAGAUUUUCUAUUUUGCUCAUCUCCUCUGUGUAUUUUUAUUCUCCUGUUAUACUUAACAAUUGCUGGAGCCCAGAAUAGCUCUCCUAUAAUCUUCUGUACUUCAGUGACUGUGUGCCAACAGUUCCCGCGUAGGAAUCUUCAGGUGACUAGCAAAAACAGGGCUUUAUAACAUCUCUGGCUGGUUUUUAGAAAUAAUUUCCCACUAUCUCCUGCGAUUCUGCAAGCGUUGCAGGCUUGCUUACAGAACCAUGAAGACCCCAUGUUGGAUUUAGAAGUAUUUUGUGGGAAAGGCUUUACGUGGGGGUUUUUUUUUUUUCGUUUGAAAGGUUGAUAAGGAUUUCAUUCCUGGGCUUAUGUACAUCCGAGACAAUGAAGCUACUUCCGAAGAAUUUGAAGCCAUGAGCCUGCCUUUCACAGUGCCAAAUGCGAGCGGUCAAGACAUUCAGCUUAGUUCCAAAUACGCCCAUAUUACACUGGAUAAUCGUGCGGAGUAUGUGAGGCUGGCGAUAAACUAUAGGUUUGUGGAACACUACUAUUUUCCUGCUUUCCUCCCGCGAUCAUUUGCAUUUCCCCUAGAGCCCUGAUCAUGGGUUAUCACGGGGGAAGUCUGUAGCUCAGUGGCAAAGCCUCGUGUCUUGCAUGCAAAGAGACAGAGAUUCAGUCACUGCCAUCUCCUUGUGGCGCUGAGACACUCCUGCCUGGAAUCAUGGAGAACUGCUGUCAAUCAGUGUAAAUAAUGCUCACCUAGGUGGACCAUUGAUCUGACCCAGAGUUUCUCAAACAUGGGUCUCCAGCUACAGUUCCCAACAUCCCUGACCACUGGUCCUGCUAGCUAGGGAUAUUGGGAGUUGUAGUCCCAAAACAGCUGGAGACCCAAGUUUGGGAAACCCUGACCUGAUUUGAUAUAUAAGGCACGUUCUUACAUUCCUAAAAGCUCUUGGGAUCAUGGACCAGUUUAUUAUGAGUACUUGCGCCAGAAUUCUUUUAAGCCUCUUUUCAUUCCUCCUAUAGAUCCAUAUAAUUAACAAGCAUAUCAAUGACUAUCCCUUUCACUCAUAAAAUGUGUGUAUUUUGGCAGACUUCAUGAAUUCGAUGAGCAAGUCGCGGCAGUUCGGGAAGGGAUGGCCCGCGUUGUUCCUGUUCCACUUCUUUCCCUUUUCACAGGAUAUGAGCUGGAAACAAUGGUAUGUAUGUGCAGCCAUCACUACUUCGGGGCAACUUAGUAAAAAGCGAAAGGCAAAAGCCCAGGCCAAAUAUUAGUACAGGUGACUCCCUGUUUACAUGGGGUUUACAUUCCGGCCUUCGUACAAAAGUGAAAUCUGUGUAAAUGGGGAGCACCUUCUGUACCUCUCGCUCAGAGUUCUUCCUCAGAGCCCAAACGGGACAUCGUCUUUGGGCUCUGAGGAAGGUCUCCUUAUGGACUGGAGGCGUAGCGGGGCUUUGUUGAGGCUCUUUAAGUCUCCCCUCCGGACUUCCAGCCUUCUGGUGCAGCACAUGACUUGAGCGCACGUAAAUUGGCGGCGGGGCUGCCUAUAUGUGCAGAGGCGGUUUUAGGGCUGCACGACUAGUUCAGCUGCAAGGGGCGGCACAACAGCGCUGGCGGAGCAGAGCGUGAGAGACAGGGGGGGGGGCAGAAUUUAACGGUGCACAGGGUGCCAAUGAAAUUUGAGAGUCCAAAGUAUGUGAAUCGGGACAUUUCCUUGAACUUGUUAUGUAGCAAAAGAGUUGCAGUAGGUUAUGCCUUGUUAUUGGCCAAAGGUUAAGAUUACUCUGACUUACACAAUUGCCCCAUCGGCAUGUGCUACAAGGGUUGCUUUGUGCACUUUUUUUUAAAAAAAAGCAUGGAUUAAACUUUGGGCCAAGUCAUUGGCUUGCAGUCUUAGCGGCUGCUAUAUAAUGGAGAGUGGGGGAGAAUUGGCCCAAGUCAUCUGUUACUUCUGUCGGGAACAGUGAAUUCCUUUUUGCUCCUUUCGGUUUGUAGGCCAUCCUCAAAGGUGGGGUAUGCUUAUGGCUGUAAAGCCAGGCUCUCCUGUGCAGUGCUAGUACAGCUACUGUGUAAUACAGCUUUGCAUGUUUAAAAAUGGCAACAACAGAUAGCUCUAAAUAUGCUCUAGCUUGCGCAUACUGACAGGUGAGGUGAGGAACUAAAACUAAGGACCUGGUUGGACUAAUGACAGCAAACCACUCCACGUUUUUCAAUUCCUGGCCUCUAAAAAUGGAAUAUGACACCCCAGCUUCAGGAAAAAAUGCAAAAUGUGAAGAAUAAAAUUGAGUUAGGCUAGAUGCUACUUUGAACUCUGAUCCCCCAUGUUUUCACAUGCAGUAUUAAGAAUAUACAUUCUCUGUUCAGUGGUCCUAAAAAAUCCAUGUUUACCUUUAACAUGACAGGAUUUCAGGAAAUAGUGGGGCACUUUUUAAAAAUAGAAGACUCUCUUGUUUUUGCUAUAUUUUGAGCGAUUACAAAUUAAGAAACAUUUUUUUUUAAAAAAAUCACAAAUACAGACAACCCCCAAUUCACACAGGGGUGUCAGUGAAAUCGUGUACAUUUGAACCACCAUUGGAAAAGCCUGCAAACACCUUGUUCUGUCCCUGCUCCAUCCCACCCCUUUUUGUGAUGUUUCCUGGAUGCUUGUGGGUUCAGUGCGAUGUGUGUUUGCGCACAUGUGUAAAUGUGCGUACACAAUUUGAAUGCUUAAAAAAAAUACAAUAUAAAUGCAUUGGUUAUUUAAUGCAUUCAUUGAAAAAGAAUUCUUCCUCUACCAAGGGUUUGUAGACAUGGCUCUAAAUUUUGGGAACCAGGGGCAUUUUAUAUACACAAUAUUAUCACUCAUACUCACCUGAUCUUAAUGCAUCACUGCAGACUAAUCAUUGUUAUCGGUUGCUAAAAGCUCUCCAUUUCUAAUGUGCUUUAAAACACAGUCGUGCUGAUGCAUAAUAGUAAGUAGUAAUGCUCUCACUGGAAAAAAACCAACGUGUGCACACACACAUUUAUGAUAGAUUCCCUUGGCAUUAUUCUGUUCUCUGCUCCCCCCCCCCCGCAGGUCUGUGGAAGUCCAGAUAUCCCUCUUCAUCUUCUGAAAUCUGUGGCCACAUAUAAAGGGAUCGAGCCCACCGCUUCUCUUAUACAGUGGUUCUGGGAGGUGAUGGAAUCCUUUUCCAACACAGAACGCUCUCUCUUUCUGCGCUUUGUGUGGGGCCGGACCAGGCUACCUCGAACAAUUGCAGAUUUCAGAGGCAGGGACUUUGUCAUCCAGGUACGACAUGGAGAGUUUCAGAUGGAUUGUGGACUGCAAUGAGCGCUAAUGAAAUUCCAGCCUGUACCAUUUUUAUUUAUUUUUUUGAUUACCAUUGCUCCUUUUUCUCUUGGAUUCUGCAUGUACUGUAUGAAAUCCUUGUGUGUGCAUGGUGCUCUACAAGAAAAGAGCAGGCAACUCUUAACCUCCAGAAUUGCCUGGAAAAUUUGUACUUUUAGAGAUUUUCUUGCUACAGUUGCAGUUUGCCCUUUCCUCUAUAACUGCUGUUUAAAUUUAGCCUGAAUGCACUAGCUUGCUCCAAACUUACUGUACAAUGCAUUGUUUGUGAUUACAGCAUUAACAGACAUUUCUUGAUCUUAUGAUUUUUCUACUGAAUAGGUGACUUGUGUUUCCACUGGCAACAGUUGCCUACUUUGAGGUGAACUUAAAAAGUUAAAUAUUUUUCAUGAAGGAUUAUUGUUUUUUCAUAUUAAUGGCUUAAGUCAGCCAAUGACAAGGAGAGGGGGGGGGAAGGAUGGCAAGAUAGUGUAGGCUGAAAAAGUUCAGUUUUUCAAACAAUGUUUAAGAAGGCGUGUGAUGCACAUAAUAAGGAAGUGAAAAUACAAAUUGUAAGGGGCUUGCUUUUCUUGGCGAGAGGGUGAGGAAAAAACACCCAAGUGUGUUCAUAUGAUUUGCUGCAAAGGUUCUGUUUGUGGUGGCUGAUUCAGCAAAACUGACAUUUCCAUUUCUCUUUUGACCUGACAGGUUCUCGAUAAAUACAAUCCUCCAGACCACUUCCUCCCAGAGUCUUAUACGUGCUUCUUUCUGCUGAAGCUGCCUAGGUAUUCUUGCAAACAGGUGCUGGAAGAGAAACUGAAAUACGCCAUCCAUUUCUGUAAAUCUAUAGACACUGACGACUAUGCCCGAAUAGCGCUGACGGGAGAGCCGACCGCUGACGAUAGUAGCGAUGACUCGGACAACGAGGAUGCAGACUCUUUUGCUUCGGAUUCAACACAGGACUACCUGACAGGCCACUGAGCAGGGGGAAUGCUCCUUGCCGGAGCUUGAUGUUACGAGCACUGAGGCCAAAGCGCCACAACACGUAGCAUUGAGCAGCGGGCCGUCGUAGUGAAGAGAGCAGAGAGGCAUAUAAUAACCAGAGAACUACUAAUUAUUAACUGAACACAGGGAGCUUGCGUUACUCAUUGUAGGAAUGAUGGCUGAUAAAUGAAGUAACUUCCUUUUAGAGUAAAUGGGUGCCGUGAACGGGCACUGAACUGUCUAUUUUGAUAGCUGAAGGGUCCCCUUCUCUCCCCCCCCCUUUAUGCUGCACUGCAGGUAGAACUUUGUGUUUACUGAUGUGUUGUAAAUGUUUAUAAAAUAUUACUAGAGUAGAAUUCCAAAAAAAUUGAAAAAAUUUAAAUUGUGGGUGCAAUAGGUUUUUUUUCUUCCAAAUUAAGUGUUGUGUUCUCUGCAUCUUCUUGAUUGUAUAUUGGAACUACUGUGCAAUGACUGAAUAGUAUUAUAAAUAUUUCAAUUAACUUUACUAGUUGUUUUGUUUAUUAAAAGAAACUUUUUGGAACACUCCGUUAUCAGUAUUCCUUACGUUCACAAACUCAACGCCUCAUUAACCUCACUCCACUUUUCAGUGUCUAUAUUUUAGCUUCUAAAUAUAUACAUAAAUAAAUAUAUAAUGUAUCUUGGACUGAUAACUUUCUGUGCACUCCAGAAUUCUUAACAUGGGAAAUUUACUGUACAUAAUGGUGCAAUGUAUAUGCAAAAAUUAUAAUUUCCCGCUGAAUAAAACAUCUGUCACAAACAGUUUAGUAGGGCUUUUUAAUGUGAGAAACCUUCCACGGGAUUUUGAGGUACCUAAAGAUGGCUUCUAAAGAAUCACUAGGUGCCUACAUGAGACAAGUCAGAUUGCUCAGCUAAAACUUAAAAGAAUGGG